AUGGCAAUCAACAUAGACACUGAAUUCGAGAAAUCUACCCUGGGAGAGAGCCGCGGCGCGCCCGCCAACGAGUCUCAGGAGACGGAGAAACUUCUCAGCACCGUGACCACCAAGCCCGCUGGGGGCAACGGUAUGAAAAUGUCCUCCUCCUUCACGGUCAACGUGGGGAGCGACAAGAACCUGGAUGUAGACCAGAACGGCCACAGUGUGCCCUUUAGGUCGGGCUCUGCAGGGCACCUGGCCGCUGCCCCCCUUUCCCCGUCCCGGGUCAGUUUGAGUCGCAGUUGCACCUCUUCCAUCGGGAAUGCCGCGGUCCAAGAGGCGCAAAAGCCCAAAGACUAUCUCAUACUGGUCAUAUUGUCCUGCUUCUGCCCUGUCUGGCCCGUCAGCAUUGUUGCUUUGGUAUUUUCAAUUAUGGUAAGUGGAUAUCUAUUGUCUGUCUAGGAAAGUGGGGUCUAAAAACGCCUGUCGUUUCUUGUCAAUUCACUGUUCAUCACUGUCCAUGCUGUAUUGAUAUAGAAAACAUUGCGGGAUAAGGGAAUCAUUAUUUGCAAUUAAUAUUUAAAAUAGACCUAGGAUAUUAACACUAGUAAUAACCUCAAACAGCGUAAGGUCUACGACCUUUUGCCACUAAAUCGUAGCCCUAUAGCCCAGUUGAAUUCGAAAGCCCCUUUUUACCCAUUCAUGAUCGAGUGUAGGCCUAAGGGCUCUAUACAAGCUGUAUCGCUGAAGCGUUAAAGAUUCCACGCUAGAACUGUAAAGGUAAUUUCCGAUUUUUCCAACAUAUGCAGUGUUUACCUUGAAUGCGAUCUCUGCUAACACGGGAACAUUAUCUUAACAUUUCAAUCAUGCUGUAACGCUGAAUUUCCGCGAUAUGGAUUGAAUAGAGCCCUAAAUCUACAACUGUUCAACAAAUCAUUUUAUGAUAAAGGGAAAAGGACAGUAUAUCGAUCACAUUUCCGUUCCCAGUAUUUUUUCAACUGUCUUUAGCCUACCUUGUGGGAAGGGAGGGGGGUGAGGGCCCACUCAAUUACACUCCUGCUGCUUCAUUAAGAAAAGAUCUGCAGCAUACCUGCACUUCCUGUACCGGGUGCCAUGCAUCUUCCAUGAUGUCCCAGCUAGACACUAAUAUGGCAGGUGUUGGCACAUUGAUGUAGGCUUUGUUGCAGCAGAUUUAUUAAUGAGGAUGUUGACCAGAAUUAUAUUGUUUUUAAACAACAGUGUUUCUGGUGCCAAAAAAUGGGGGCAAUUUAGAGGCCACUUACACUAGGAAGAGACAUAGUGCGGUGAAACAUCGGAAGCCAUUUGCUUUCAACGGAAGCAAAGCGAGAUAACGUGACCUGAGUGACUAAUCGAAGCUCACCAUAGCUUCCAACCCCUACUGGAUUGGCUGACAAUGGUGGUUGAUACGUAGCACAACCUAGCUUUCUUGCUAGCUUGUUAGCACCCACAUGAGGGCGAGGCUAGCAUGAGUAGGUGAGUGCUGCUUGUAUAGUGUACAUGGCCGGUUAAGCCCUGACUUGGCAAAUAUUGGAAGGAUAAAAAUGACCUCACUGAAAAAACGGUCGUAAACAAAAAAUAGCAAUAUUCUUACCUCAAUUGAUAUCCAAGUACAAUGUAUUCUGUAGAAACAUACAUGGACAACAACAUCAUUUGGUGUUGUAAUGCAAGCACAACAUUAAGUGCAUCCAGUCUGCUUAAAUCCGGAGGGAUCGCGAAAACUGGGAUCACAUGACAUAUCCAUCACCCUCCAAUUUGUCUUUUAUUUUACAAUUAAUUAAAUAGCACAUGGAGAGAGGCUAGGGCUGUUGCGGUGACUGUAUUACCGCCACACCAGUCAUGACCGCAGUAAAAUUCGAUGUGACUGUUGAGUCAUGGUAAUCUCCUCUUAUGCACUCUGGACAUGUGUUAGUAGUAACCAACUAACAUUAGCCAUCUAGAUAGCCUAGCUAAUGUUAGCCACAACAAAGUGGAAUUUGUGUACACAAAUGCGUUAUAAAGAAAGAAAAUCAAUGAAAUGUGUGUAAUAAUGUGUUGGAUUGAUCAAUUUGAAGAAAGAAGUUCAACAAGUUCAACAACAGGUUGAAACUGAGUGGAAAACAUGGUCGAUGUGGAUGUUGUUUCAAAGCCUAACACAACGAAAUGGACAGUGCUUUCUAAGGUGAUGAUUAAUUCAAAACACCCAUAUGCAUAUUAUAGCUUAUGCAAAUGCAUAGGCCUAUAUAUGAGCCCAAACCCAUUUUUUAUAAAAUAUUUUCAUAAUUAACAGGCUGACACAUUACCUUUAGCUACAGAAUAUCUCACCACGCUAGCGGAGUGGAUGUCACGUUCGUUGAGAGACGGGUCAGACCAAGGUGCAGCGUGGUAUGUGAACAUGUUUAUUAAACUUCAUAAACAUAAACAAAACAAGAAACAACGUAACGUGAAGUCCUCAGGCUAUACAAAUACAAGCCUACACAUGGAACAAGAUCCCACAUCUAAGGUAGGCAAACAGGCUACAUAAGUAUGAUCCCCAAUCAGAGACAACGAGCGACAGCUGUCUCUGAUUGGGAAUCACACCCGGCCAAAUAUAGACAUACCAUACCUAGAACAAAAACAUAGAAUUUCUAGCAUAGAAUCUCACGCCCUGACCAAACCAACUAAAGACAACAGGCCUCUCAAGGUCAGGGCGUGACAGUACCCCCCCCCCCCCCCCCCCCCCCCCCCCCCCAAAGGUGCGUACUCCGGCCGCACCAACCUGACUCAUUAGGGGAGGGUCCGGGUGGGCUUUCAGCCUCGGAGUCGGAUCCAGCUCCGGGCGUGACGACCUCUUCCUCUCUGCCUCUCCGUUGCGCCCCAUGUCUGGUCUGGACCUUGGCGUGAUGCUUCCCCUCUCCUUCCUCCCACGAUGCACCAAGCCCUGUCUGGACCCUGGUGUGGGAGACCCCAAACCUGGAGAGGGGCUGACGUCUGGGCCUGGAUCGGCAAUCCCCCCACGAUGCACCAAGCCCUGUCUGGACCCUGGUGUGGGAGACCCCGAACCUGGAGAGGGGCUGACAUCUGGGCCUGGAUCGGCAAUCCCCCCACGAUGCACCAAGCCCUGUCUGGACCCUGGUGUGGGAGACCCCGAACCUGGAGAGGGGCUGACAUCUGGGCCUGGAUCGGCAAUCCCCCCACGAUGCACCAAGCCCUGUCUGGACCCUGGUGUGGGAGGCCCCGACCCUGGAGAGGGGCUGACUUCUGGGUCUGAAGUAGAGUCGCUGACCGGAGCUGAACUGGACCCCGGUGGAGCGGAUUGCUCUGGCUCCGGAGUGGAGCCGCUGACCGGAGCUGAACUGGACCCCGGUGGAGCGGACUGCUCUGACUCCGGAAUGGAGCCGCUGACCGGAGCUGAACUGGACCCCGGUGGAGCGGACUGCUCUGACUCCGGAAUGGGGCAACCGACCGGAGCCGGAUCAGGCACCGGUGGAGCAGGCCGGGCCGGACUGGGGACACGCACCACUGGUCUGGUGCGAGGAGCAGGCACGGGCCGUACCGGACUGUGAACACGCACCACUGCCUUGGUGCGAGGUGCAGGCACGGGCCGGGCCGGACUGGAGACACGCACCACUGGCCUGGUGCGGGGAGCAGGUAUGGGGCGUACCGGGCUGGCGACACGCACCACUGGUUUGGUGCGAGAAGCAGGGACGGGCCGUACUGGACUGGGAACACGCACCACUGGCUUGGUGCUGGGGAGCAGGUACGGGCCGUACUGGGCUGACGACACGCACCACUGGUUUGGUGCGAGGAGCAGGGACGGGCCGUACCGGACUGGGGACACGCACCACAGGUCUGGUGCGAGGUGCAGGAACGGGCCGAGCCAGACUGGGGACACGCACCACUGGCUUGGUGCGAGGAGCAGACACGGAUCUUACCGGACUGGGAGCACGCACCACUGGCUUGGUGCGAGAAGCAGGCACGAGGCGUUCCGGACUGGGAACCGGCGCUGGAGGUCUACGACUGUACCAGUCCUUUACUCUCCGCGCCCAAUCCUCCUCCAGUGAGGACUCCUCCGGGAGCCCCCACGAGUUAGGGAACAGAAACUCAUCGUCGUCGUCAUCCUCCGACUCCUCAGUAUAAAACUGUUCCCAUUCCUGUUCCCAUGGUCGUAGGGACUCAAACUGGAAACCCACCGGGUGCAGUGGUCGCGGCUCUUCUCGCUCGCUCCCUGACCACCCCUGUAGCCCCCCCACAUUUUUUUAUUGGGGCUGCCUCUCGGACUUCCUCCUCGGCCGAGUCCUUUUGGGUCGCCGUUUCUCCUCUCCUGCCUGGCCUCCCAAGACCACAUCUUCCCCACCUGUGUCCAGGGUGUUUGCUCCUCCUGGGCACGCUGCUUGGUCCGUUGGUGAUGGGAUCUUCUGUCACGGUCGUUGAGAGACGGGUCAGACCAAGGUGCAGCGUGGUAUGCGAACAUGUUUAUUAAACUUCAUAAACAUAAACAAAACAAGAAACAACUUAACGUGAAGUCCUCAGGCUAUACAAAUACAAGCCUACACACGGAACAAGAUCCCACAACUAAGGUAGGCAAACAGGCUACUUAAGUAUGAUCCCCAAUCAGAGACAACGAGCGACAGCUGUCUCUGAUUGGGAAUCACACCCGGCCAAACAUAGACAUACAAUACCUAGAACAAAAACAUAGAAUCUCACGCCCUGACCAAACCAACUAAAGACAACAGGCCUCUCAAGGUCAGGGCGUGACAGUGGAACUGAUCUUCCACAGAGUUGCAUUAUUUUCCAGAGAUUACAUAGAGCCCCGAGUUGAUUAUCACUUUUAUACCAUGGCUAUAAGUAAGCAAUAAGGCCCGAGGGGGUGUAGUAUAUGGCCAAUAUACCAUGGCUAAGUGCUGUUCUUUUGCACAACACAACGCAGAGUGCCUGGAUACAGCCCUUAGCCCUGGUAUAUUUGCCAUAUACCACAAACCCCGAGGUGCCUUAUUGCUAUUAUAAACGGGUUACCAACGUAAUUAGAGCAGUAAAAAGUAGUUCGUUCGAUUAGUUCAAUAUUUAUGGACGCGACCCCGUCGUUCGUUCUUUAUGUGCCGUUGCCAUGCUCAGUGGCAACGUUCUUAUCCCUUGCUUGCUGCUAGCUAGCCAAGUAGCUGUUUUCUAUUGACAUUCAUUUGGAUACAUCCAUAACAAUGAGCUGAUAAUUCCCGAUUUUGUCUGGCAUAGCUAGAAAAGUUUGCCUUCUCGUCAGGACACUCGACACUGUUAAUUACGAGGAGAUCGCACUGCAAAUUCACAAUUAGGCUAGAAGCUAGCUAAAUAGUUUGUUGCUAGCAAAGCUGCCAAUAUGACCAAAUAAACCCCCCCCAAAAAAAUCAGUUGCUGAAAACAGCUGGUCCUUCCAGAAACGUGGGAGGAUUUGACAGCAUAGCGCCACUUGCAUCAUGACUGCAACACUGCAGUAAGGACCAGAGAAAUUAAUGUUCAUCACUCACCACGUUACGUCAUCAGAUGCUCAAAAUAAAUAUGUCUCUGCAAAAACAAGUUUUUCCUUGUUGGACCUGCGUUUACAAUGUAUCCAAUUUCGGUUUGUGUGGUUGUUGGUUUAGCUUUCUGUAACUUUGUAGCAAGUAUGGUCUGCAUGUGUAGGCGCUUAUUGCGUCAUGAUUGCAAGAUGUCCCAAUAUCUUUUCCAACUGUCCCGACAUCUUUUCCAACUGACCCGUUAUCUGGUUUUAAUGUCCAUUCUAGAAUGCCCUUCUAGCCAAUCAGAAACGAGUAUUCAACAAUGCUGUGGUAUAAUAUAAAAUAAUGGCACAGGACUUAUAAGCAUAUCUUGUCUGCUAAAUGAACAAGCCUACAGCCUAUGGCAUAGCCAGAUAACAUACAGUAGGCCAACUCAUAUUCGUUCUUCUGAAAUAAAUGUUCUUCAUAUCAUAAUGUUUCUUUAGACCUGCCUAAAAUAAAUAAUGGAUUUAUUGUUAUGGUGUAUAUUAAAUUUAUGGAAUAUAAUUUUUUUAAUGUAGAUGUUACAAAGGCACGCAUCAGCGGCUUGUAUGUGUGGUGUCCUGGAGAUGCUAAACGUGUUUAUGUUAAUUAACGGUACUUUACCGUGAGACCGGAAAACUUCUGCAUGACAAUAACCGUCUGACAAAAUAUCAUGACUUCCAUAGCCCCAAGAGAGGCACAGUGUAGGUAGGCUAAGGUGUUAAGCCUCACGCACACUGGUUGUGUACACUGUAUGCGUUCUGGUGGAAGUCCAUUAAUUUCAAUGGGAGGCAGUGCUGUGACUCAUCUGCCGGAGUUACGGUGUGUGGCACUGCAGGCAGUGUGUCGCAUGCAUUGGAAUUUUCCAUCUUGUGUGCGUUGCUUUGCCGUGCGGUAUCAGACACGGAAGUAGAUAAACCACAGAAGAAGUUGCUAAUGUGUAGCGUGAUUAUUUUUGUUGUGAUGCAGCGCAUGGAUUGCGAAGACUACGUAAAAUGUACCAGACAGCAAUGUAAUGAUGCAACCUGUGUGCACGCGGCUUUAUGGUGGCCAAUCUCUUGUGCUGGACACAAUCAAUGCUGUGGUCGUGUCGUAAAAAUUCAAAGCAUUUAAAAUCUAUACUUAUAGAGUUCAUAGAGACCGCUGAGAACGGAAAUAAUAACAAAUCUCAUAAGCAACAGAAUGACAAAAGUCUUACCAGACUUUAUACAUAUCAAUCAAACAGGGUUUUAUUAAAAAUAGACACUUCCAAACAAAUACAAGAACAUGUUUCAGUUUAAUACAAUACAAUAAAAAACAAGAUAAAGAUUUAUCAAUAAUGGCUGUUGAUGCCAAAGAGGCUUUUGACCGUUUUGAAUGGCCUUUUCUAUUCAAAACAUUGGAAGCUUUCAACCUUCCAGCUGAAAUAAUACAUUUAAUACAAAUAUUACAUAAAUGUCCUCAAUCUAAAAUAUACACAAAUAAUACAUUAUCUAAUGAAAUUGCUUUAGACAUGGAUGUCUUCUCUCCCCCCUCCUGUUUGCACUGGCAAUUGAACUGCUUGCAGAAAUAAUUAGUCAGGGCCCAAACCUAACAGGUAUCCGUAUUAGUAAACAAUAACAUAAACUAAAUGUAUUUGCAGAUGGUCACCUGAUGUACCUGACCAAUAUUGAAAACUCAAUGCCCCCCUUGCAAAAAAUAUUUUCAGAAUACUCUAAAACCUCAGGAUAUAAAAUGUAUGUGGAAAAAAACUAAAUAAUGGCAAUAGGCAAAAUAAAAAAAGUAACUCAAGAUCUAGAGAAAUCCUUUAAGUGGACCACAAAAAAUAUCAAGUACUUAAGAUGUUUAAUAAGUGACAUCAAACAAAACAUAUGUAAAGAUAACUUUAUCCCAUUACUGAACAAUAUGAAAGCAGAUCUAAUUAAAUGGAACAAUAUUCCCAUACAUCUUACAGGUAGAAUAAACCUCUUCAGAAUGGCAUGACUCCCAAAGUCUUUAUAUUUAUUCUCGGUAAUACCAAUUACCCCACCAAAGACAUUAUUUUAAAAAGUAUACUCGUCAUAAAAUACUUUAUAUGGGCAAAUAAAACUCAUAGAAUAAAAAGGAAGGUAUUACAUCUUCCUAAGUCUGAGGGUGGUUUUAAUCUUCCGGACUUGGAAUUGUAUCAACUCGCGACCCAAGGCUUUUACUUGUGACAUAUAGUUAUAACCUUUCACUGCAGUGGGCUUAUUCAGGGUCACACAGAGUGAUUAUUGGUAGUCUUAAACAAAUCUACUUUGUAACAAAAGUAUAAACGUCACAUUCAUAGUUAUGAGCUUAAAACAAAGAAGAUACCUGUACCAUGUCAGAUAUAGAGUUAAAAUGUAUUCAAUUUUGAGUUUGCAUCCCAAUAUUACACUUGAUAUACAUCACAGAAGAAUGAAAUAUAACAAAACUGUUUGAAAUAGAAACACCGGAUUUUCUUCUGUUUUUUUGAAAUAGUCUUUGUUAAUGAUGAAAUUAUGAAAAAUAUUAAUAACAUUCCACCCAUGAGGCCAAAGAGGGCACUUUUGAUCAUUGAUUGCAGGAAAGGGCUACAUGCACUAAAGAGGAACAAUGGGUACAUAUUGAAGAGACGCAUGCUCAUCCCCAGAAUCUUUUCACAUGUCUAUUUUCAAAGGAUAAAGCUAAGAACAUAAAAAACUUCAUAGUUAAGAGCACUAUUACAAUAUGGAAGAAAAUGUAACGUAUUCUACAAGAACCAAGAUCACACCCUAAAAACACAACCCUAUGGAACCUUCCUUGGAUAGCUUUUCAGAAUUCACGGAUAAAUUGGUCCACAUGGAAAACUAAAGGCAUAGAAAGCGUAAAUGACUUGGUAAUAGGACAUGUACUUAUUUCCAUGACAGAAUUAAAAAGCCAUUUUGGACUGACCAAUGUAGAUAUUUUCAAGUACAUUAAAUUUCGAUUUGAAAUCUUUUGGACAUCAGAGCAAUCUUGAGGGAAUCCUAUUUGAGUCAGAAAAUAAUAUUCAUAUGAUAGGUAAGAUAUACAAAACAUUGCAGAGAGCCUAUCCAACUGUCAAUCUCUUAGAAAAAAAUCAAAAUAACUGAUAUUGGCACAAGAUGGAGGGAAUAUGGGAACAUAACCAACGAAAUUACAGUUAACUAAAAUGUACACUAAAUCCAGUAUAAACUAAUGUAUAGAAUGUAUUAUACAAGAGACACAAUUCACAAGUUCUACAGCACAACAGCAGAGUCAUGUCUUAAGUGUAAAACUAACAAUGACUUAUUAAUCCAUAACUUCUGGGAAUGCUAUAAAGUCCAAAAGUUAUGGGCGGAGUUAGAAAGUUGGUUGUCAGAAGCAUUAAAAUGUAAAUGUACUUUUAAUCCGUCUGUCUGCAUAUUUCAAGACAUGUCAUAUGAGGGUGCAGUGAGAUACCCGAUGGGUUGGAUGAUACUUGCCUCAUCAAUCAUCUUGAAAAAACAUGUACUUAAAAACUGGAAAUCAACCAAUCCUCCAUCGUUAACACAAUGGAAAGGUCAAAUGCUUUAUUAUCUAAAUGUUGAAAGUGCGUGUGCGACGGAGAGAAACAAAAUGGUGCAGUUUGAGGCCAUGUGGCGGAGAGUAAUGAGGGCGCUGGAGAUGGGGGUGUGGGCAGGUAGGUCUGGGCAGGGGUGAUGUUGUUGAUGUUUGUGUGAGUCUGUAUGCUGUCGUUUGUAUGUGUUUUGUGUUGUAUUUUUUUAUAUAUAUAUACAGUAAACAGUGCCUUCGGAAAGUAUUCAGACCCCUUGACUUUUUUCACAUUUUGUUACGCUACAGCUUUAUUCUAAAAUUGAUUACAUCGUUUUUUUCCCUCAUAAAUCUACACACAAUACCCCAUAAUGACAAAGCAAAAACAGGAUUUUAGAAAUGUUUGCUAAUUUAUGGAAUAAAAAUAAAUAAAAAUAAAAUGAAAUAUUGCAUUUAAAUAAGUAUUCAGACCCUUUACUCAGUACUUUGUUGAAGCACCUUUAGCAGUGAUUAAAGCAUCGAGUCUUCUUGGGUAUGACGCUACAAACUUGGCACACCUGUAUUUGGGGAGUUUCUCCCAUUCUUCUCUGCAGAUCCUCUCAAGCUCUGUCAGGUUGGAUGGGGAGCAUUGCUGCACAUCUAUUUUCAGGUCUUUCCAGAGAUGUUCGAUCGGUUUCAAGUCUGGGCUCUGGCUGGGCCACUCAAGGACAUUCAGAGACAAAUGUCCCAAAGCCACUCCUGCGUUGUCUUGGCUGUGUGCUUAGGGUCGUUGUAUUGUUGGAAGGUGAACCUUCACCCCAGUCUGAGGUCCUGAGCGCUCUGGAGCAGGUUUUCAUGAAGGAUCUCUCUAUACUUUGAUCCGUUCAUCUUUCCCUCGAUCCUGACUAGUCUCCCAGUCCCUGCCGCUGAAAAACAUCCCCACAGCAUGAUGCUGCCACCACCAUGCUUCACCGUAGGGAUGGUGCCAGGUUUUCCUCCAGACGUGACGCUUGGCAUUCAGGCCAAAGAGUUCAAUCUUGGUUUCAUCAGACCAGACAAUCUUGUUUCUCAUGGUCUGAGAGUCUUUAGGUGCCUUUUGGCAAACUCCAAGUGGGCUGUCAUGUGCCUUUUACUGAGGAGUGGCUUCUGUCUGGCCACUCUACCAUAAAGGCCUGAUUGGUGGAGUACUGCAGAGAUGGUUGUCCUUCUGGACGGUUCUACCAUCUCCACAGAGGAACUCUGGAGCUCUGUCAGAGUGACCAUCGGGUUCUUGGUCACCUCCCUGACCAAGGCCCUUCUCCCCCGAUUGCUCAGUUUGGCUGGGAGGCCAGCUCUAGGAAGAGUCUUGGUGGUUCCAAACUUAUUCCAUGUAAGAAUGAUGGAGGCCACUGUGUUCUUGGGGACCUUCAAUGCUGGUGAACAUUUUUGGUACCCUUCCCCAGAUCUGUGCAUCGACACAAUCCUGUCUCGGAGCGCUACGGAUAAUACCUUCAACCUCAUGGCUUGGUUUUUGCUCUGACAUGCACUGUCAACUGUGGGACCUUAUAUAGACAGGAGUGUGCCCUUCCAAAUCAUGUCCAGUCAAUUGAAUUUACCACAGGUGGACUCCAAUCAAGUUGUAGAAACAUCUCAAGAAUUAUAAAUGGAAACAGGAACAUUUAUUUUUUAUUUGAAUUUAUUUACAUUAGCAAACAUUUCUAAAAAACAGUUUUUGCUUUGUCAUUAUAGGGUAUUGUGUGUAGAUUGCUGAGGAUUUUUUAUUUAUUUAAUCCAUUUUAGAAUAAGGCUGUAACAUAAUAAAAUGUGGAAAAAGUCAAGGGGUCUGAAUACUUUCCGAGGGCACAGUAUAUGUCUUACCAAAAACAAAGAGAACGGAAAUGGGUUGUUCAAUCAAGAUGAGGCUUACAGCAACGCUUAAUAACUUCACCAUCAGAGAUUCAUUCAAGAUGUUGGGCGUGGCAACAUAGGCUACAGUAGAAACUACAAAGGAUGCGUUUUUUCUCAACUCAGGACUCAGGAGAGAGACACUGUCCUAUUUCCACUUGUUCCACUUGAAGUGAUGGAUGGAUAGGUCGUAUAAAUGCAGCGGCUAUCAGUGACAUCAUUAUAUCCAGCCAUGGUCACCUGAAGCCUGCUGGACCGAGACAAUUGGCCUAUAAUGGGAAGAUGUACAAUGUGGUUCCUACAGCUCCCUGAAUAAGGGUUACAGCGAUGUGUGUGUGCUCAAAUCCGUACAGUAGCUGUUUCUUAUCAGUGGUACAUGUUUGAUGGUUCUUUAUGUGACUGUCUACAUUUGAAUAUGUAGGCUAUAUAAAAAAUGUUUUGCAGCACAUAACCUGUACAUAAUGUAUAGUGGGCAUGUGUGUGAUGGUAUGUUCAUGUCUAUCUCCCUCUCAAUGCCGGUCCUACCUCCCUGAGGAGACAGCUGCUUGCGGUCAGAUAUGUAUUGUCAUCCAGUCGAAGCAUCUGGCGUCGAACUGGUUUUCCAGCCAGAGCCAGUCAGUCAGUAGCAGUCUCCCCAGUGUGUCUGGCCUCGUAGUCUGAGUCCCAAAUGGCACCCUAUUCCUUAUAUAGAAAUCUGGUCAAAAGUAGUGCACUAUGUAGGGAAUAGGUUGCAAUUUAUGGAGCAGCCAUAGUCUUACUGCCAGGCUGGUGGUUCAUGUCUAGUCCCGUGGGCCUCUCUAUCUCGCUCCUCACUGCAGUAAGGCCACAGCUCAGUGCUCUGCAGCCUCCACUUCUCUCCGGCUUUAAGGAAUUUGAGCUUUGCUGUUGCCACUCAAACACAACGACGAACAAAAUCCAAAGCUGUAGGUGCUGUUUCUUUUAGAGGCAUUGAGGUUGUAGGGACUUUUGGAUGGUCAUGUACACUCUUAGAAAAAAGGUUCCAAAAAGGUUAUUUGCUGAGGGAUAGGGUUCUACCAAGAACCGUUUUCAUUUGGAGAACCUUUUUGGAAGACGAGGGUUCAUUAUUUGUUCAUUUGGAUCCCCAUUAGCUUUUGCAGAAGCAGCAGCUACUCAUCCAAGGUAAAGGGUAAAGGUAUUCCUAAAACCUUUAUCAUCCUAAGAACCAUUUUUGGAAGAAAGGUUUCUUUUGAUGAUUCUUUGGAAGGCAAUAAUUAUUUUUUGUUCUACAUAGAACCCUUCUGAAUCUGAAUACGCUUUUUUAUUGUAUAAAAAUAAAUACAAAAUAUUUUAAAUAGUGCCUGAUCAUUAGUGUUUACCUCAGUGUUUAAACUUUAACAUCAGGAGUUUGAGUAAUCUGCUUAUUUUAAAAAGAGCAAAUUGGCCAGUUUUACCUAGUGUUACUUUUUCUCAAUAUAACAUUCAAUUAACUUAUCACUCAGUGGUGUAAAAUAACCCCAGUGUUGGUUCUAAUAACCAGAGUUUAGUGUGAUUGUGUCCUUUUUACUCAUUUCCCAGCAUGCUCUAUUGCAGGUUGAUUUUCGAAAAUUGUUUGUUUCAAUAUCUGUGUUUUUGCAUGUACAUUGGUUGAUUACAUUACAACUAAUUCAAUCUGUUAGUAGUUAGAUUUAUUGCACCUGUUACUGAGAUGGUUUCUCCAGUUUAGAUGACUUAGACAAUCUUCUCAGUCUAUCUUCCCUACCCUGGCAUUCAUUCUGAAUGCAGGAUGCAGGGAUUAAAAGUUAUAAUUCUUGGAUAUCCUAACUCCGGCUGGAUUGCAAUAGGAAUUACACAUCACUUUGCAAGCCAGCAUAAUGUUACUUACAGGACCCGAUGUGGCCUGUAAACCCGGAGUUUCCUAACACCACUGUGUUAGAGUAUAACUAGGCCCUCAAAAAAAGGCCUUAUGAUAUAGGUUAUGUAUUGUCAUAAAUAAUUGUAAAUGCUAAUAAGGCAGGUGGAACCACUCAUAGAGGGUUCUAGGAAGAACCCUUCAAAGAUAAAAGGGUUAUUAGUUUUACAGGGGGUUCUAUGAAGCACCAAAAAGGGUUCCCCUGCUAUGGGGACAAACGGAAGAACCAUAUAUGGUUCUACUUAGCACCUUUGUUUUCUUAGAGUGCAGUAACUAGAGAAGUUUUGGAAAGGGUUGUGUUGAAACUACUGAGAUGUUAAAGGUGUUUUUUAUAGAUCUCAUUACACUGCUGUUAUGAGGCUGAAACCUCCACAGAGUUUGUGUCUGACUUAAGUUGUGACUGACCAACAUUUUGGUGGCUGUCCUUGCUGCAGGCUACAUUUUCUAUUAUAGUGUUCUAAUAAGACUAGUUUGGUCCAGAUAAAAGUGUCUCUAGCCAGGUGAGAAGAACCAGAUUUGGCUCAUGUGUCUUCUAUCUUUGGGCUUGCAGAAUGACUCAAUGACAGGGACAGCACACAAUAAUUAACAAUUCAGUUUACAGAACAUGGCAGUUCUGACAAUAACAGUUUUCAACAAAUGGACCCAGCAUCCUAGCUGAAAGUCUUUGACAUUAACAACUGUUCCUCAGUCUCACCAAAGACACUCCCAGUGAGACAGAGACAGAGGGAGGGAGAGAAACCAGAGAUGGCCACUAACUCAAUAGAAGGCAUUUGAAGUCAAUUGAGCUUUUCUGCAGAGGGCAAAUUGCAGCAGUUAGCCAGCUACGCAGCUCUGAUAAACGUCCUCUCAGUCCUGAGGGGAGCAAGACACACCCACACACACCCACACACACACACACCCACCCACACACACACACACACACACACACACACACACACAGACACACACACACAGACACACACACAGACACACACACACACACACACACACACACACACACACACACACACACACACACACACACACACACACACACACACACACACACACACACACACACACACACACAGACACACACAGGAAAGGGGGUUACGGGGCUAGUAUCAGGAAGGAUAUUACAAUAUUACCUGUCCGUCACAGGGGUGGACUUGGAAAGAUUAUUCAGACAGCCUACAGAAUGGCUAGAAUGAAUUUUCUAACACUGAAACGGAAUGGAAUUUAAUCAAAAGGGAAAAAUAAUACAGUAUAUUGCUCAACCACCUAAGGCAUAAAAAAGGUAAUAUAUUUAUAUAUAUUAUAUAUUGUACAUUAUAAACUGGGUGGUUCGAGCCCUGAAUGCUGAUUGGCUGACAGCCGUGGUAUACAGUUGAAGUCGGAAGUUUACAUACACCUUAGCCAAAUACAUUUAAACUCAGUUUUUCACAAUUCCUGACAUUUAAUCCUAGUAAAAAUUCCCUGUUUUAGAUCAGUUAGGAUCACCACUUUAUUUUAAGAAUGUGAAAUGUCAGAAUAAUAGCAGAGAGAAUGAUUUAUUUCAGCUUUUAUUUCAUCACAUUCCCAGUGGGUCAGAAGUUUACAUACACUCAAUUAGUAUUUGGUAGCAUUGCCUUUAAAUUGUUUAACUUGGGUCAAACGUUUCGGGUAGCCUUCCACAAGCUUCUCACAAUAAGUUGGGUGCAUUUUGUCCCAUUCCUCCUGACAGAACUGGUGUAACUGAGUCAGGUUUGUAGGCCUCCUUGCUCGCACACACUUUUUCAGUUUUGCCCACAAAUAUUCUAUAGGGUUGAGGUCAGGGCUUUGUGAUGGCCACUCCAAUACCUUGACUUUGUUGUCCUUAAGCCAUUUUGCCACAACUUUGGAAGUAUGCUUGGGGUCAUUGUCCAUUUGGAAGACCUAUUUGCGACCAAGCUUUAUCUUCCUGACUGAUGUCUUGAUAUGUUGCUUCAAUAUAUCCACAUAAUUGUCCUUCCUCAUGAUGCCAUCUAUUUUGUGAAGUGCACCAGUCCCUCCUGAAGCAAAGCACCCCCACAGCAUGAUGCUGCCACCCCUGUGCUUCACGGUUGGGAUGGUGUUCUUCGGCUUGCAAGCCACCCCCUUUUUCCUCCAAACAUAACGAUGGUAAUUAUGGCCAAACAAUUAUAUUUUUGUUUCAUCAGACCAGAGGACAUUUCUCCAAAAAGUACAAUCUUUGUCCCCAGGUGCAGUUGCAAACCGUAGUCUGGCUUUUUUAUAGCGGUUUUGGAGCAGUGGCUUCUUCCUUGCUGAGCGGCCUUUCAGGUUAUGUCGAUAUAGGACUCGUUUUACUGUGGAUAUAGAUAUGUUUGUACCUGUUUCCUCCAGCAUCUUCACAAGGUCCUUUGCUGUUGUUCUGGGAUUGAUUUGCACUUUUCGCACCAAAGUACGUUCAUCUCUAGGAGACAGAACGCGUCUCUUUCCUGAGCGGUAUGACGGCUGCGUGGUCCCAUGGUGUUUAUACUUGCAUACUAUUGUUUGUACAGAUGAACGUGGUACCUUCAGGCGUUUGGAAAUUGCUCCAAAGGAUGAACUAGACUUGUGGAGGUCUACAAUUUUUUGGCUGAUUUCUUUUGAUUUUCCCAUGAUGUCAAGCAAAGAGGCACUUAGUUUGAAGGUAGGCCUUGAAAUACAUCCACAGGUACACCUCCAAUUGACUCAAAUUAUGUAAAUUAGCCUAUCAGAAGCUUCUAAAGCCAUGACAUCAUUUUCUGGAAUUUCCCAAGCUGUUUAAAGGCACAGUCAACUUAGUGUAUGUAAACUUCUGACCCACUGGAAUUGUGAUACAGUGAAUUAUAAGUGAAAUAAUCUGUCUGUAAACAAUUGUUGGAAAAAUUACUUGUGUCAUGCACAAAGUAGAUGUCCUAACCAACUUGCCAAAACUAUAGUCUGUUAACAAGAAAUGUGUGGAGUGGUUGAAAUACGAGUUUUAAUGACUCCAACCUAAGUGUAUGUAAACUUCCGACUUCAGCUGUAUCAGACCGUAUACCACGGGUAUGACAAAACAUUUAUUUUUACUGCUCUAAUUACAUUGGUAACCAAUUUAUAAUAGCAAUAAGGCACCUCAGGGGUUUGUGAUAUAUGGCCAAUAUACCACGGCUAAUUACUAAUAACAACAAAAUAACAAAACUAAUGUAAAACAUACUGUGUCCAUAAUAAGUAUAUAGGUUAUAGGUUGAGAACUUUUGUGAAAGAGCACAGUUUGAAAGAUACGGCAUAUAGAAGCAAACCGGAUGGACAUCAUGAAAAUGAUCGGAGAGGUUGAGGGUAGAGGAAGUUCAGGAGUAAAAACAAACAAAAUAGAAUGAUUGUAAAAUUGACUGUGUCCAUAAAAUGUACAUGUAUAAGCUCGUUUACUCCAAUUAGGGGAGGGGUGGUGGGGUUGGAAAGUAAUAAAGGAUAGAAAAUAAUAUACACACAGUACCAGUCAAAAGUUUGGACACACCUACUCAUUCCAGGUUUUUCUUUAUUUUUAAUAUUUUCUACAUUGUAUUUUUAUUUGAAGAAUCUCAAAUAUAUAUAAUAUAUUUUGAUUUGUUUAACACUUUCUUGGUUACUACAUGAUUCCAUAUGUAUUAUUUGUCACGAUCGUCUAAUGAGGAGGACCAAUGCGCAGCGUUGAAGGUGAACAUGACUUUAUUAAAUUAAAGCCUAAACACGAAAACAACAAACAAUGACGAAACGUGAAGUCCUCCGUUACAAUGACUGACAAGGAACAAAAACCCACAACACUAAGGUGAACACUGACAGUUUAAAUAUGGCUCCCAAUCAGAGAUAACGAGCCGACAGCUGACACUCGUUACCACUGAUUGGGAGUCACACGACCAAACAAUGAAACACAACCAAAUACAACACAACCAAAUGAACACACCCUGGCUCAAAAUACACAGUCCCGGAGCCAGAGCGUGACAGUACCCCCCCCUAAAGGCGCGGACUCCGACCGCGCAUACACCCCAAAUAGGGAAGGGCUGGGUGGGUAUUGCUCCUCGGAGGCGGCUCCGGCUCCGGGCUUGACCACCACCCUACUACAAUCCCCCCGCAGUGUCCCCAGUCCGAUCUGACCCAGUUAGCUGGAUCAGGACUGCCGAUGCGCACCCCUGGCUUGGCGCGUGAGGCAGGAAUGGACCGGACCUGGCAGACGAUACGCACCCUUUGCAUGGUGCGUGGAGCCGGAACAGGCCUCACCAGGCUGAAGACUCGCAUCCCUGGCUUGGUGCGAGUAGCAGGAAUGGGCUGAAUCCGGCUGACGACUCGCACCCUUGGCUUGGUGCGAGUAGCAGGAAUGGGCUGAAUCCGGCUGACGACUCGCACCCUUGGCUUGGUGCGAGUAGCAGGAAUGGGCUGAAUCCGGCUGACGACUCGCACCCUUGGCUUGGUGCGAGUAGCAGGAAUGGGCUGAAUCCGGCUGACGACUCGCACCCUUGGCUUGGUGCGAGUAGCAGGAAUGGGCUGAAUCCGGCUGACGACUCGCACCCUUGGCUUGGUGCGAGUAGCAGGAAUGGGCUGAAUCCGGCUGACGACUCGCACCCUUGGCUUGGUGCGAGUAGCAGGAACGGGCAGAGCCGGGCUGACGACGCACACCACUGGCUUGGUGCGGGAAGCUUGGAUGGGCCGGACUGUACUGGGGACACACACCACUGGUCCUACACCGGGAUCUGGAACGGGCCGGACCGGACUGGCAACACACGCCAGUACCUCUCGCCGUGCCUCUACUUCCUCCAUCCCCUCUUCGACCAGUGGCCCCCGUAACCCGGCGGCCUUCUCCGGCAACCCACUGGGCCGCUCUAUCGCGGCCUCCUGCUGGUCCGACGUCGUGAGCCCCCCCCUAAAAAUUUUCGGGGCGUCUCUCCUACCCGUGGACCAGGUCUCCAUAUCCCUCGCCAGCCUCUCGCCCUUCUGCCAUAGUGUCAAGCCCUUCUCCUCCUCACUCGGCUUGACCCAGUCCAGGAGGCGAAGGAGAUCUGUGAGGGAUCUCCCUGGCGACGGCUCCUGGACACGCUGCUUGGUCCCAUCUUGGUGGGUUUUUCUGUCACGAUCGUCUAAUGAGGAGGACCAAUGCGCAGCGUUGAAGGUGAACAUGACUUUAUUAAAUUAAAGCCUAAACACGAAAACAACAAACAAUGACGAAACGUGAAGUCCUCCGUUACAAUGACUGACAAGGAACAAAAACCCACAACACUAAGGUGAACACUGACAGUUUAAAUAUGGCUCCCAAUCAGAGAUAACGAGCCGACAGCUGACACUCGUUACCACUGAUUGGGAGUCACACGACCAAACAAUGAAACACAACCAAAUACAACACAACCAAAUGAACACACCCUGGCUCAAAAUACACAGUCCCGGAGCCAGAGCGUGACAUUAUUUCAUAGUUUUGAUGUCUUCACUAUUAUUCUACAAUGUAAAACAUUAAAAAAUAAAGAAAACCCUUGAAUGAGUAGGUGUGUCCAAACUUUUGACUGGUAGUAUAUAUAUAUAUAUAUAAACUCAGCAAAAAAAGAAACGUCCUCUCACUGUCAGCUGCGUUUAUUUUCAUUAAACUUAACAUGUGUAAAUAUUUGUAAGAACAUAACAACAUUCAACAACUGAGAGAACAGAAAUUGAAUAAUGUGUCCCUGAACAAAGGGGGUUCAAAAUCAAAAGUAACAGUCAGUAUCUGGUGUGACCGCCAGCUGCAUUAAGUACUGCAGUGCAUCUCCUCCUCAUGGACUGCACCAGAUUUGGCAGUUCUUGCUGUGAGAUGUUACCCCACUCUUCCACCAAGGCACCUGCAAGUUCCCAGACAUUUCUGGGGCGAAUGGCCCUAGCCCUCACCUUCCGAUCCAACAGGUACCAGACAUGCUCAAUGGGAUUGAGAUCCGUGCUCUUCGCUGGCCAUGGCAGAACAUUGAUAUUCCUGUUUGCAGGAAAUCACGCACAGACCGAGCAGUAUGGCUGGUGGCAUUGUCAGGCUGGAGGGUCAUGUCAGGAUGAGCCUGCAGGAAGGGUACCACAUGAGGGAGGAGGAUGUCUUCCCUGUAACGCACAGCGUUGAUAUUGGCUGCAAUGACAACAAGCUCAGUCCUAUGAUGCUGUGACACACUACCCCAGACCAUGACGGACCUCCAUCGAUCCCGCUCCAGAGUACAGGCCUCAGUGUAACGCUCAUUCCGCCGACAAUAAACGCGAAUCCGACCAUCACCCCUGGUGAGACAAAACCGCGACUCGUCAGUGAAGAGCACUUUUUGCCAGUCCUGUCUGGUCCAGCGACGGUGGGUUUGUGCCCAUAGGCGACGUUGUUGCCGGUGAUGUCUGGUGAGGACCUGCCUUACAACAGGCCUACAAGCCCUCAGUCCAGCCUCUCUCAGCCUAUUGCGGACAGUCUGAGCACUGAUGGAGGGAUUGUGCGUUCCUGGUGUAACUCGGGCAGUUGUUGUUGCCAUCCUGUACCUGUCCCACAGGUGUGAUGUUCAGAUGUACCGAUCCUGUGCAGGUGUUGUUACACGUGGUCUACCACUGUGAGGACGAUCAGCUGUCCGUCCUGUCUCCCUGUAGCGCUGUCUUAGGCAUCUCACAGUACGGACAUUGCAAUUUAUUGCCCUGGCCACAUCUGCAGUCCUCAUGCCUCCUUGCAGCAUGCCUAAGGCACGUUCAUGCAGAUGAGCAGGGACCCUGGGCAUCUUUCUUUUGGUGUUUUUCAGAGUCAGUAGAAAGGCCUCUUUAGUGUCCUAAGUUUUCAUAACUGUGACCUUUAAUUGCCUACCGUCUGUAAGCUGUUAGUGUCUUAACGACCGUUCCACAGGUGCAUGUUCAUUAAUUGUUCAUUGUUAAUUUAACAAGCAUGGGAAACAGUGUUUAAACCCUUUACUUUUACUAAUUAUCUUUGAAAGACAGGGUCCUGAAAAAGGGACGUUUCUUUUUUUUGCUGAGUUUAUAUAUCACGGCUAAGGGCUGUGUCCAAGCAGUUCGUGUUGCAUUGUGCCUAAGAACAGCCCUUAGCCGUGGUAUAGUGGCCAUAUACCACUCCCCCUCUGGCCUUAUUGUUUAAGUAUAUCUUGUACAAUCACCAAUGGCCAACUCAUGCUGAUCUGUAAGUAGAAAAGCAAGUUAGGCUUAACAGAUGUAAAACAAUUAUGUGGAGUGGAGAGGCAGAGAGAGGCAGGGUUAUAGGCUUUUAUUGGCCGUGCAGGCCUCUCCAGGUAAUAGGACUGACUGCUAGGCCCAAACUGCUACUGCACGCUCGGCACAUUGGCUGGUUAAAUAUGGGCUUCAGGCUUCAGCCCGAUGGAUAUUUUUCUCUUUCUGUUUAGGUGUGGGAAGUGGGAGCCGUGUGUGUUUGUGUGUGUGUGUGUGUGUGUGUGUGUGUGUGUGUGUGUGUGUGUGUGUGUGUGUGUGUGUGUGUGUGUGUGUGUGUGUAUGCGUGUCAAAUGGCUUAUUAGUAAUCUUGUUACGUUGGGUAGUUUUGAAGUCAGCAUUCCCUCUGAAAGCUUGGAAAUGACAGUGGUGGAAAAAGUACCCAAUUGUCAUACUUAAGUAAAAGUAUAGAUACCUCAAUAGAAAGUUACUCAAGUAGAAGUGAAAGUCACCCAGUAAAAUACUACUUGAAUAAAAGUCUAAAUGUAUUUGGUUCUAAAUAUACUUAAGUAUCAAAAUUAAAUGUAAUUGCUAAAAUAUACUUAAGUAUCAAAAGUAAAAGUAUUAAUAAUUUAAUAUUCCUUAUAUUAAGCAAAGCAGACGGCACCAUUUUCUUGUUUUUAAAAGAUAGCCAGGGGUACAAUCCAACACUCAGACAUAAUUUACAAGCGAUGCAUUUGUGUUUAGUGAGUCUGCCAGAGCAGAGGUAGUAGGGAUGACCACGUGUUCUCUUGAUAAGUGCAUGAAUUUGACCAUUUUCCUGUCCUGCUAAGCAUUCAACAUGUAAUGAGUACUUUUGGGUGUCAGGGAAAAUGUAUGGAGUAAAAAGUACAUUAUUUUCUUCAGGAAUGUAGUGAAGUUAAAGUAAAAGUUGUCAAACAUAUAAAUAGUAAAGUACAGAUACCCCAAAAAACUACUUAAGUAGUACUUAAAAAUAUUUUUACUUAAGUACUUUACACCACUGGGAAAGGACACCUGAUGUUAACAGAUGGGGGUGUGAUACUGAAUGUAGAACAAUGGACAUAUGGUAAAUGUACAGAGAAAUCAAAACAAUGACAGUGCAGAUACAGGAAAAUGGGUAUUCAGUGCUUAGCCAAAGCUUGAUAGCAGUUACAGGACUAAGGCAUUAGAUCAUUUUGUAUAGAAGACUCAUAACAUACUGCAGCGUUGUAGCAGCAAUUUAGCCAUUACUGAAGUAGGCCUGCUGAUAGAGUACUAAAUUUAACCUGGACAUUUAACCUGGACUAAAAAGCAUUUUCAAUGGCGAUUUUCCAUUGAGCUUGCUUUUUACUCCUGAACUAGGCUUAAUCUGUCCCCUGGAAACAGACCCUUCAUGUUGUAUGGAUAAAACAAUGCACCAUUGUCAUUUAUUUUUCCUCAAAAACAUGACAGUGGAUUUAUUGGAUUCCCAUUUAAUUACCUUUCACUAGCAGAGUGUUAAACUAUGUGAAUCAUCAGUCUACCUCUGGAAUAGAAUAAUAUAAUGCUUUCUCCAGGCCUUCUCUUCCUUAGAGAUACAGUCUAGCCUCAUACAAGCCUUUUACGCACCAUCCAACAUACUGUCCACAUGAACCACCUCCCAGCUCUUUGACAUUUUGCCCUGGGGGAAAACAACCAUUGAUGAUGAUUCAUGAUGCCUUAUGUGAAUACUUCAAAGGUGUAUCUGUCUAUCCUUGAGGAGAAAUCUGAUUUGACAUAAUGAGAUUGUUGUAAGCAGAAGGGUAGAAACAUUGUUUUCACCGAUCCAACUCGGUCAGAUCAGUGAUCUCUUAACAUGGCGUCCUAUAAGUUCAAGUACCAAUCACAAUGGGAAUACAAAACAAAACAUUAUGUGAUUGGUAAAUUAACUCUCAAAAUCAAACCAAUUGUUUUUAGACAUAGACUGACCAAUCGAAUGUGGUUAAGAUCAGUGGUCUUUUUAGGGACGUAACAUCCAACUGAUAAAGGUGUGGAGUUGUUGAAUCAGGUGUUUCAGUGAACUCUUACACACCAGGGUUUCCUACCCCUGCCCUGCCCUUGGGCUCCGUUCCAAUACUGUAGAAAUGUGUCCUGUCCUUCCUCCCUUAAAGUGGUCACUGAUCUGACGUGACUGGAUUGGUAGAAGCUAGGUCGUAGUGGAACUCUUGAUCUCGCCUAUCAAAUCAUGUUAGAUCAGCGAUGACUUCAAGGAGGGAGGGAAGGAAAGGAGACAUUUUAGAGUUAUCUGAAUACACACGGUCAUACACACACACACACACACACACACAUGCCAGGGUUGGGCUCAAUUGGAAUUGAAGGCAGUCUAUUCAGGAAGUGAUGUGAAUUAAAAAUUCAGAAAUGUAAAAAAAAGUUUGAAAUAAAUAGAUUCUACGUUUCAGUUUAUUGAGAAGUCAUUGAAAAUAAAUGCAAUUUUGACUGCCUUCAAUUCGAAUUGAGCCCAACCCUGACACACACACACAGACACAUACACACAGACACAGACACACACACACACACACACACACUCCUGUCAGGCCCUCCCUACAGUACAGUAGCUUUCCUACUCCCAUCCAUGGGACCACACUCUUCAUUAUUAAUGACAGCAGCAGGCUAGAGGGAGGGAGAGCACCUUCUUAGAGACUUUCUCCCUCUCUCUCUCGCCCUAUCCUCCCUCUUUCUCGCUCUCUUCCUCAUCUCUCUCUCUCCAUCUAUCUCUGUGUCUCUCUCUGUCUCUCUACCUCCAUCUUCCUCUCAGUCUCUUUCUAUCAUCUCUCAUCUCUGAUUCUCUCCUUCUCUCUCCAUCUAUCAUCACCGAUUCUCUCUCUCUCUCUCUCUCUCUCUCUCUCUCUCUCUCUUUCUCUCUCUCUCUCUCUCUCUCUCUCUCUCUCUCUCUCGCCACCUCUCGCCAGCCUCAACUGCAGUGGGAACAACCACAGGGCUGGGGGAGAGGAUGUGGUGUGUGUGUUUGUUGUGUGGGCUUGCCGGGAUGUACUGCAGAAUGACAAUCACAUAGGUGAGAUGAGAGGCCAAGUUUUUGCUGAAUUUCACAUUCAUAAGAAAAAUAUAACAUAUAUAUAAUUACUCUUUACUCUUUCUGAGAAUACAUCUGAUUGGCUGGCGGUUUCUGACCCAGGCUUAUCUGACUACCAGUGCACUGUGUGAGUUCCUGCCGCACUAGAGACAGCGAGGCUCAUGGGUAGAGGGAGAGGGAGGAAGGACAGGAGAAGGGUAGGGGGGAGAGAGGGAGGGAGAGGGAUGAAGGGAGGGAUACACAGAGGGAAAGAGGGAUGGAGAGGGAGAGCGAGUGAGAGAGAGAGGGAGGGGGAAGGGAGGGAGUGUUGCUCCCUGCAGUGAUAAAAGUGUAAUCUCAUUCAUCCCCAAUGGAGGGAGUGUCUCCCAGCUCUCCAGCCCUCCUGCCUCCCUCUCCAAACAUUCCUCUCCCGCCUCCCUCUCCCUCCCUCCCCUCCUGCCUACCUCUCCCUCCCCUCCCCCUCCUGCCUACCUCUCCCUCCCUCCCCCUCCUGCCUCCCUCUCCCUCCCGCACCCUCCUGCCUUUCUCACCCUCCCUCCCCCUCCUGCCUACCUCUCCAUGCCUACCCCUCCUGCCUCGCUCUCCCUCCCUUACCCUCCUGCCUACCUCUCCAUCCCUCCCCCUCCUGCCUCCGUCUCCAUCCCUCCCCCUCCUGCCUACCUCUCCAUCCCUCCCCCUCCUCCUCCCUCUCCCUCCUCCCUUUCUCCUCCCAGCCCUGAGCAUACACACCUGUCAUCUAGGGUGCUCUCCCCGCACACACACAUAACAGAGGAUAACCAGGGAAACACAAUGGUUCAAUGCUUUAUUUCACAGGAACAAUGGUUCACUCACACAUUACUCUACAGUACCUUCAAAACAACAAUGAUGUCCUACCUGAGAACUACAAUGAGUCAUUUGGAGAGAUGCCUGUUGAGUAGAGAUCUGUUUGUAGCUAUUGAUCUCCAUAAUGUAGUGUAGUGGAAUGGAGUGGGGGUUGUGUGUGUGUGUGUGUGUGUGUGUGUGUGUGUGUGUGUGUGUGUGUGUGUGUGUGUGUGUGUGUGUGUGUGUGUGUGUGUGUGUGUGUGUGUGUGUGUGUGUGUGUGACCACAGGAGGUGACUGAGAGACACAAAAGACAAAUACCUCUGAUUAUGUCACCGGGUUGCAAUUACCCAGGCCCUUAUCCACUCCACUCCAGUCUGUCAACCUGUCUCUAUGGUCUGCAGCAGAUAUACGUAUAGUACCAUAGUACCGUAUAAAGCUGCCUUGUGUGAUUUACAGUAAGGCCCAAACUACACUAUUCAUCAACUUCAACCAUUAACAUUAAUCAACUUCAACCAUUAACAUUAAUCAACUUCAACCAUUAACAUUCAUCAACUUCAACCAUUAACAUUCAUCAAUUUCAACCAUUAACAUUCAUCAACUUCAACCAUUAACAUUCAUCAACUUCAACCAUUAACAUUCAUCAACUUCAACCAUUAACAUUCACCAACUUCAACCAUUAACAUUCACUAACUUCAACCAAUGAAUAGGCCUCAGUGUCAUUUCCAAAUAUUGGAUAUACUUUAUACAACAAGAAUAACCUCUUGCAAUGAAACGGUCCCAAAUUUUGUAGAGCUGUAGGAAAUCUCUCAGGUUGUGUUUGUGUUCAUUCCCCUUUAAAGCCAUUUCUCUGUGGAUUAAUGGACUAGCAGCUGAUAAAUAUGUCACAGUGGAACACUUAGCGAGACUGAGUGAAACUGCCAAAUUCAAUCAUGUCCAGGUAUGUUUGAGAACAAGUUUAAAGCUGUAAAUUGCGGUUAAACCGUGAUCAUGUGAAUCUCUGGAUGGAUUUAAGGGUUUCAGUUGUAAGAUUCCGUUUUCCAACAAGAGCACAAGUCAUACAGACAUCAGACAGUUUGACUAUACGAUAACUAAAAGAUGACAUGAGAAAGGCAUAGUUCAAGAUUUGAGUUCAAGUUCAUAAGUUGCUCUGGAUGAGAUUGUAUGUUAAAUGACCAAAAUGUAAAAUGUAACAACUCAAAUAGUGUCAUGACUGUUGUGUGUCUCUGUGAGGGUGUAAAUGCACCUUGCCUUGUGUUGUGUGUCCUCUCCUCUCCUCUUCAGUCCAGAAACAGCCUGCAGUCGGGAGACAUGGACGGCGCUAAGAGACUGGGUAAACUGGCUCGACUCCUCAGUGUUGUUUCCAUAAUCAUAGGUGUGCUCAUCAUAGUCGUCUAUGUAACGGUCUAUGGUAAGUAACAUGCACACACAUAUGUACACACACACCGCUGCAAUGCAUAAACACAUGCACUUACACACACACACACACACACACACACACACACACAUACUGCAUAACAAUUCCAAGGUAAUAUAUGAACAUACAUAAACAUACACCAGUCUGUCAUCAAUCAUGUUGAUGCCUGGAAAGUGUGUGUGUCUGUGUGUGUGUGUGUGUGUGUGUGUGUGUGUGUCUGUAUGUGUCUGUGUGUCAGCUCAGCAGAUUUGUUAGCUCUGUGUGGAUUGAUUAAAGACUGCAGCUAUAGCAGGCUGGGUUUGUGGCAAGGAGAGUAUCCCUCCUGCUGUUUCAGCUACAGACCAGCCUGUCAUACUGUAGGAAUGACUGGACCUUAACCUUUCUCUCUCUCUCACCUCCCCCCUCUCUCUUCUCCAACAGUAACCAGUGUAUAGACCAUGAAACAAGAGCCCUGCUGCAAGCCAAGCAGAGGAUGCAGCAUGAAAAAAUAUAUAUAUAAUCUGUUGAUUCCGAGAUGAAAAAUAAAAAAUCAUCACCACCUACUCCACACUGUAAUUAAGAUCAAGGCAAACAAUUAAAAAGUUUAAAGAAGAGUAGGAAAUACAGUAGGAAAUACAGUAGCAAAUUAAUCAACCAAACCAAAAAGAUCCAGAUAUGCAUGCAUUAGAUUCCAGUAACAUUUGCUUGAUGAAGAAAAAGAAAAUCCUUGAUAUAAAAAGUGUACUUUAAAAGAACGUUGGACGAUUGACUUUAGGUUUGAGGCACUUGCUACUCUCAUUGGAUUCUAUGUGGAGUAAAAAAUACACUUAAGAUGAAGAAGACAGGGAUGAACAGAGGAAAAAAGUGAUACAAACUUUUCUGUAUCAAGAAUGGAAGGAGACCUUGAAAAUGGACUACAAGCUUUGGACUACAAACAUCAAGAAUAAUAACCUACAUAUAUACCUGGUUGGCCUGGCCUCCUGCAUUGAAAUCAUAUACAACUAUACAGAUAUAUUUGCAAUAUAAAUAUAUAUAGAUGUAUAUCCAUUUACAUUUUAUAAAAGUUGUGUAUGUUGGGCUAAGCUGCGAUGAUUGAGACUGUUAAGUUAAGAUGGCUGCCUGACCGGCAGUGGCUGUCGCCUAAUAUGGUUUGUCGAAGGAUGUAAUAUUUGACCAGGGAACACGAUUCAGAGAAGAUGUUUUUGAAUUUAUGUAGUUUAUUUUGUAGGUUUCUGACAAAAAUAAGAGACCACUUGCAUGCAUGUCUUGACUGUAGAUAGCCAACCUUUUUCAUUUUGUUUGUGAAUUCAUAUUUGUUUGUCUGUGUUUUUACUUGCUUAGAGACUUUGGAGAGUGAGUUGUACAUAAUGUGAGCGUUUCGGCCCCAUGUGGGUUGACGGUGGGUAAGGACUCCACAGAAACAGAAUACCCCCUCCCCCUUUCUUCUACCCCCCUCUCCAACCCUCCUUUCCCCUGCCUUGCUGUGGGAGGGGUCUGACUAUAUUGAUGCGCAUGCCUACCCUACCCUCCCCAUCCCCUCUCCAAACAUCCAUUGCAGAGCAUGGUUAUAAGGUCUGAGGAUAUUCAAUUUGUCAGAACCAUCACUCUCCCCUUGCCCACCACCCUCCUAGCUCCCCCUCCAACUCCAACACACCCUACCCCAGUAUCUUGCCUCAUUACCUGGACUGUUAAUGUAACUUGUUUCACUGAAUAUAUUUUGUAGUACUUCAGAGACCAACGCCAAUCCUUAACCUAUUGCCACCGUGCUGUAUCGGUAUGACAUGUAUUUAUAUGAAGAAUAUAUAUGCAAUAUUAUAUAGGCAUGCUUUGGGCUAAACAGUACCCAGGUUUUUGUAUGUCACUGUAAGGACCUGCUGUAACGUUAAAGGAACAUUGUUUUGAGGUUUGAUUGAUUGGCAGCAGUUAUCUCUGUACAUGUACUGUAGCACACCAAUGUGUCACCAUGCCAUCUGGAAUAAGUCACACAGUUUGUUCAGAUCCAACUAUGGUAACACAACAAAGGACUGUUAUAUUGACAUGCUUCAGAUGUUUACUGCAAGGUCAUAACACCUCUUAUAAAACCUUCAUAACCACUACAUAAUGCUUCAUAAAACCCUUGUUUGGACUUACAUUCACGUUUGUAUUACUACUCAUAACUCAUUCUCUUCAACUCCAAUUUGAUUUCAAUACUGUAAGUUGACAUUAGCGAUUAUCAAUGGUUCCACUGCUUGUCUUAUCCUGGCAGAUAAAUGCAAUCAAAUCAUUAUCAUAUCAUUCUCUCUCUGGCCUCCUACACGAGGCCAGAGAGAGAAUGAUAUGAUAAUGAUUUGAUUGCAUUUAUCUGGCCUGAAUUUAAAAUCUUAAAAGAGAUAUAAAGUGAUUGAUAAAGCACCUGUAAUUGGUGAAAUAGGUCACCAUAUUAACAUUUUCGAGGUCUCAUUUAGAGGAUUCAAACUAUGAACACCUAUUGGUUAAUUCCAAUACUGCCCCUGUAUAAGCAUGCAAAGCACUUGGUCAAUCCAGAUCUAACCCAAAGCGAGCAUUGACAAAACAUUUCCAAUCAGAAAGUCACAGCAAUUAAAACCUGGAAACUCUCUUGACAAUAUAAUGUUAAAAUUUUUGGCAUCUGUACUGUAUUUCUAGAAACAACAAAUAGAAAUAGGACCACAGCUGGUGAAUGACUCAACAUGGUCAUGAUGUUUAAAGGCACUGAACUCAUGACAGUACAUCUUUGGGUAUGAUAACCAAAAGGGCAGCAAGUUUAUGUUGCUAUAUAAGUUAUAUUGUACAGUAGGAAGCUCCUGCAGCCACAGUGUGCUUCACUGGACAGAUGGGCUGAAGAGACAUCCCUGUCUAAAGAGCUCUAAUGUUUAUCUCUGGGCAACAGGCAUGCACAAACUAACUUCCCACACACACCUAAAGGGCUUUUAGAAAACUAUCUUGGGGGGAGAAAGUAGAUGGCUGCUUUUAUGUCAUACAGUAAGAGCAAAUGGCAGAGAGAGAGAGAGAGACCCCAAUCAAGCAGGAGAAUUUCAGUGACUCAGUCUGCCAUUGAAAACCCAAAAUUCAACUUAAUUCCCAUAAGACAAAUUUGUAUGGUAAUUUCUCUGUUAUCACAUGAAAUACCACACUCACCUUCCACACUUUUCCAACACAUACUUCCCUGACAGUCUUUCUGCUGUGAGAUAUAUACGUGCUGUUCUGUGUCAGUAAAACAGUGACUUUCAAUUAAUGUCUAUUUUUUUAUGUCCUGAUUUUCCCCCCUCUAUGUUGUGAACAUUCUACAUGUCUGGAAUAAACAUUACAAUGCAUGGUCUAUGGUGAGUUGGACUGAUUUAUGUUGGUUGGGAUAGCGUUGAUCGAUGAGUGUUUGUGCUUGUGUAUGUACAGAGUAUGACAUAGAGGAAUGGUCUAGGGGGAAAACUACUGAGUAUUUUAUUUUACCUUUUUUUAACUAGGCAAGUCAGUUACGAACAAAUUCUUAUUUACAAUGACGGCCUACCCCAGAGGACGCUGGGCCAAUUGUGCGCCGCCCUAUGGGACUCCCAAUCACGGCCGGAUUGUGAUACAGCCUGGAAUCGAACCAGGGUCUGCAGUGACCCCUCUAGCACUGAGAUGCUAGAGGUGUAAAGGGUCAGACAACCUGCCUUUUAAAGUGGCGUCUGGAGUAAAGCAGCAGCAGCUCCACUGACAUAAUGAUCAAAGUUAAUGUUCCUGUCUGGAACAGGGAAAGGUGUGGAGCUAAACCCUCAUGUUAGCACACACACACCCUUGGACUACUUCACUCCUUUUCCUCUCUCACACACACACAACGGAUAACAGAAUACUCACGCACCGACACACACCUCCAGUUCUCUCAGAAAACCCAAAAGCACAGUCAGCACAAACAAAUAAUACCUGGAAUUAACAUUUUUAUAAGUAUUUUUUAUUGAUUAUUACAGAAUAAGAUUGGGUCUCUUUAGCUACAGCAGUAGCCCCUUGGUAUACACAGUUGAAGUAGGAAGUUUACAUACACCUUAGCCCAAUACAUUUAAACUCCGUUUUUCACAAUUCCUGACAUUUAAUCCUAGUAAGAAUUCCCUGUCUUAGGUCAGUUAGGAUCACCACUUUAUUUUAAGAAUGUGAAAUGUCAGAAUAAUAGUAGAGAGAAUGAUUUAUUUCAGCUUUUAUUUCUUUCAUCACAUUCCCAAUGGGUCAGAAGUUUACAUACACUCAAUUAGUAUUUGGUAUCAUUGCCUUUAAAUUGUUUAACUUGGGUAAAACGUUUCGGGUAGCCUUCCACAAGCUUCCCACAAUAAGUUGGGUGAAUUUUGGCCCAUUCCUCCUGACAGAGCUGGUGUAACUGAGUCAGGUUUGUAGGCCUCCUUGCUCGCACACGCUUUUUCAGUUUUGCCCACACAUUUUCUAUAGGAUUGAGGUCAGGGCUUUGUGAUGGCCACUCCAAUACCUUGACUGUUGUCCUUAAGCCAUUUUGCCACAACUUUGGAAGUAUGCUUGGGGUCAUUGUCCAUUUGGAAGACACAUUUGCGACCAAGCUUUAACUUCCUGACUGAUGUCUUGAGAUGUUGCUUCAAUAUAUCCACAUAAUUUUCCUUCCUCAUGAUGCCAUCUAUUUUGUGAAGUGCACCAGUCCCUCCUGCAGCAAAGCACCCCACAGCAUCAUGCUUCACGGUUGGGAUGGUGUUCUUCAGCUUGCAAGCAUCCCCCUUUUUCCUCAAAACAUAACGAUGGUCAUUAUGGCCAAACAGUUAUAUUUUUGUUUCAUCAGACCAGAGGACAUUUCUCCAAAAAGUAAGAUCUUUGUCCCCAUGUGCAGUUGCAAACCGUAGUCUGGCUUUUUUAUGGCGGUUUUGGAGCAGUGGCUUCUUCCUUGCUGAGCGGCCUUUCAGGUUAUGUCGAUAUAGGACUCGUUUUACUGUGGAUAUAGAUCCAUUUGUACCUGUUUCCUCCAGCAUCUUCACAAGGUCCUUUGCUGUUGUUCUGGGAUUGAUUUGCACUUUCCGCACCAAAGUACGUUCAUCUCUAGGAGGCAGAACGCGUCUCCUUCCUGAGCGGUAUGAUGGCUGUGUGGUCCCAUGGUGUUUAUACUCGCGUACUAUUGUUUGUACAGAUUAACGUGGACCUUCAGGCGUUUGGAAAUUGUUCCCAAGGAUGAACCAGACUUGUGGAGGUCUUGGCUGAUUUCUUUUGAUUUUCCCAUGAUGUCAAGCAAAGAGGCACUGAGUUUGAAGGUAGGCCUUGAAAUACAUCCACAGGUACACCUCCAAUUGACUCAAAUGAUGUCAAUUAGCCUAUCAGAAGCUUCUAAAGCCAUGACAUUUUCUGGAACUUUCCAAGCUGUUUAAAUGCACAGUCAACUUAGUGUAUGUAAACUUCUGACCCACUGGAAUUGUGAUACAGUGAAUAAUAAGUUAAAUAAUCUGUCUGUAAACAAUUCUUGGAAAAAUUACUUUUGUCAUGCACAAAGUAGAUGUCCUAACCGACUUGCCAUAACUAUAGUUUGUUAACAAGAAAUUUGUGGAGUGAUUGAAAAACGAGUUUUAAUGACUCCAACCUAAGUGUAUGUAAACUUCCGACUUCAACUGUACUGCUGCGCUGAAAAACUUACCAUGGGGAUGAAAUCAUAAAUAGAACGAGCCUCGCAAGUCAAGUGUGCUUGAAAGGUCUAUGGAACCACAAAAACAAAAUGUUUGCUUAUUUCUCAAAGUGUUUUUUGUUGAUGCCACCUUUACUUCUUUCUUGUUUGUGGUUCUCCUAUACCUCAUUAGAUUCCCUCCUGUGUAUUGCAUCUGUGUGCUAUGCUAGAAUCAGCCUUUUACACUCACUUACUUUCUACUUCUUUGUGGAAGAACUUGAGUCACAGUGAAAGUACACAAUACUUAGUUCUGCUCCAGUGAUCUUCAAACCAGACCAAAGGAUCUGAAAUAUUCAGGAGUGCUACACUGUAGCACCAGAGUAGGCUAGUUGUGUUUACUGUAAGGAUGUUUGCUGAACCAGUUAUAGACCAACAGCAGUACUGCAUUCAGAUGCCAAAAUACAGUCCCCCAUUUGCCCUCAGAGAAGAGCGAGAAACCUGAAAAUAGUGAUAAAGAAUUACAUUUACGUCAUUUAGCAGACGCUCUUAUCCAGAGCGACUUACAAAUUGGUGCAUUCACCUUAAGAUAGCCAGUGGGACAACCACUUUACACAUUUUUUUUGUUUAAAUUUUGAGGGGGUGGGGUGGGUAGAAGGAUUACUUUUAUACUAUCCCAGUUAUUCCUUAAUGAGGUAUGGUUUCAAGUGUCUCCGGAAGGUGGUCAGUGACUCCGCUGUCCUGGCGUCGUGAGGGAGAAUGAAUGAAGAAUGAAAGGAAUAAAGUGGAUAGUGACAUCACAUGAAAAAGGGGGAAAUUGGUGUACUUGGAAUAUUUUUAGGUAAUCCCACUUCAUGUAGCUAUACCAAUAACAAACUUCAAUAUUUCACAGUCAACUGAGAAAAUGUAAAUCAACUUUGUGACUAAAACGUCCUUGUCUAGUUACCAGAUGAUAAAUGGUGAUAUGUAAGGUGUGACAGACAGAAAGACGAGGUCAUUAAUUAAAAACUUGGUAGUUGGCUAUGGAGAUGACAGGGGAGUCAUGACAGGUUCCUGUAGAGUCCUGGGGGGAAUCCUUCAACCCCCACAGACUGCAGUUAUAUCUCCCCUGCAGUGUGGCUGUCAUGACACACACACUUGUCACAAGCAGGCAGGUGCACACACAGUUUUACAAAACAGAGGUCUGAGGGAUUGAGUGUGGGUGACUCAGAUUCUGUCAGAGUGAAUUCAUGUCAGAGCACCUGAUUUCUCCAACAGUAAUCUAGCUGCUGCAGCCUUGUUUACUGUAACAUCUGCAGCCUCUUCCACUGUAAAACCACUUAAAAUGCCACUGACAAUUUCAAGCUAGAAAAACUAAACUCCUUUCAACUGUAGCAUCUUUCAAAUCAACAUUUAUGUUAGGGAUGUUAAAUGUUAGUCGAAUAACCGAUUAUUCAGCCUAGAACUGGGGUGGGGAUUACUGGGAAUGAACCAGAAUGAUCAGAGGGUUUGGCCAAGACUAUUGAACAGAAGCUUUCCUUUGUUAAGACUCUGAUCUCAAUAUGGUUUCUACUACAGCUGCUUAAAGUGUGAGACACAAACAGACUGGUGUUUCUCACAGCUCUCUGAGCUACAGUAGGAUAGGCUUCCAUCCAAAACUACAGCCAAGCCCUUGGUGGUUAGCUUAGUUAGCGCUUAGCUUAGUUCUGCUCUGAGUGUCUACCUCCCUGCUCACACAAACAUCUCCAGUGAGCUCCUUUCAGUUCGUAUCAUCAAACAUUGACUGGGAGUUCCCUGUGAACUAAUACUCCACUUUAUCUUCUCCAGGAGGCAGUAUAAGGUGAGGCAGAAGGGGAGACAGGUUUGAGGUUCUGUAUUGCGAUGGGCACAUACGGUAGAACAGAAUCAUAACUUAUAAAAUCUGUGUUCAGAACUAAAAUUGGAGCACAGAUUUUCAGUUGACAUCAAUGUAUGACUUAACGUUUGUUGACUAUCUCAAGGUAGGCCUUAGCAGGAUACGGUCCUAGAUCAUGACGAAGCACAAAGAAGCCUGAAUGCUGAUCACUCUUACAGAUCUCUGGAUUUUAGGUGAUCUUGUGUGGCUCAGUUGGUGAGAGCAUGGUGCUAGCAACACCAAGGUCGUGGGUUCGAUUACCACAGGGGAGCACAUACACGAAAAAUGUAUGCAUGCACUCACUGUACUGUAAGUUACUUUGGAUAAGUGUCUGCUAAGUGGCAUAUUAAGCUAAGUAGAUGAAUCUUAGAAUCGAGAGGGAAACACGUAAUGAAAGAAGUCUUUCAGAGUUUUAGUUUAACCAUACACCUGUAUGUGGCCAUUGUUUAAAGUACUACAGUGAUUAUGAAGUCAUCCAUGCAGCACAACAGAAUAACGGUACUUGCAGCACUAGAGUUCCAUCAAUGGUCUUCAAUGCAAAACACAAUUUCUCAAUCAUCAAGUUAAAAAAAUAUACAUUGAAAAAUAAAAUGAUAAGUGCCUAGUAUCACAUACUGUAAAUGAAUAAUUUAUUAAUAAUGCACAUUGUACAGCCCAUGAGGAUGAACCUCCUGAAUCUGCAGUCACUAAAAAAAAGGACCAUUCAACUAAAAAUCCUUCCACCAGAGAAAUCAACAGACAGCAAACAGUCUCGCUUUCGUUUUCACCAUCUGUCUUCAGAGCAUUCAACUCCUUCUUGAAGCAAGUGUUCAUAUAUAUAUAUAUAUAUCUAUAUAUAUCUAUAUAUAUAUAUAUAUAUAUAUAUAUAUAUAUAUAUAUAUAUAUAUAUCUUUAAAAUCUAGUCAUGUUAGUAAAUUUGGUCUCUGUUCCCUUAACCAGAGUUGAACAGCACAUUAACUUGUGAUAAAAAAUAAAAUAAAAUAAAAGCUGCUGCUCCAUCUCCCAUCUCCUUCCCUCCCACUGCUAAAUACAAAUCAGGUAGUCAAUGCUGGCUUCGAUCAAUCCUGUUAACCGAUUGGGCCAAGGGGGCGUCUGUCUGUCCGUCUGUUCAGUAGCCUCCAAUCACUAAAGCACAUUCUCCAGAGUUCUGAUUCCGAUGUCACAAACGCAGAGUAACAAUUGUUCGACAGGUCUGUCCGUCAUCAGUGGAAGGCAUAGAGCAGCAGGAGGAUGGUGCAGAUGCCGAUGACUCCGCCCAGGAUUAGGGAGUCUCGCCUCUUUCGCAGGUUGAUUCGCUGGAUGAGGUUGUUGAUGGCUGGGAAACGAUCUGGAGUAGGAAGUUAAGGGAAACAGAGAACCAAGUGCCAACCACCUCUUAUUACAAGUAAUGUUCAGAUAAUCAUUAAAUUGGAAAUAUAAACUGGGUGGUUCGAGCCCUGAAUGCUAAUUAGCUGACAGCCGUGUUAUAUCAGACCAUACACCACGGGUAUGACAAAACAUUUAUUUUUACUGCUCUAAUUACGUUGGUAACCAGUUUAUAGCAGAAAUAAGUAUCCCGAGUGGUGCAGUGGUCUAAGGCACUGCAUCGCAGUGCCACUAGAGAUCCUGGUUCGAAUCCAGGCUCUGUCGUAGCCGGCCACGACCGGGAGACCCAUGGGGCGGCGCACAAUUCGUCCAGGGUAGGGGAGGGAAUGGCCGGCAGGGAUGUAGCUCAGUUGGUAGAGCAUGGUGCUUGCAACGCCAGGGUUGUGGGUUCGAUUCCCACGGGGGGCCAGUAUGAAAAAAUUAUGUAUGCACUCACUAACUGUAAGUCGCUUUGGAUAAGAGCGUCUACUAAAAUGUAAAUACGGCACCUCAGGGGUUUUUGGUAUAUAUAUUUUAUAUUUAUGUCAUUUAGCAGACGCUCUUAUCCAGAGCGACUUACCGCGCCUAAGGGCUGUAUCAAGGCACUGCGCGUUACGUAGUGCCUAAGAACAGCCCUUAGCCAUGGUAGAUUGGCCAUAUACCACACCCCACCCCACCCAGGCCUUAUUGCUGAAUUAUAAUUUUUAAAAAGCCAAACUGCCUGCUUUUCUGGUGUCUUUGCUAAAAAUACAUCUGUAUCUCUGAAACUAAAUCUUCUCUUUUGACAACAAAGUGAAAUAUGAUCCUAUAUGUUGUUCACAGCAAACCCUAGCAGCAGUGAGGAAUGGAGCAAUUUAAACCCCUCAAUCCCCCCACAAUUAAAUGGACCAGAUUGCUCAGCAUGCUCAGAUAUUUCCUUAGAAUCAAUAGUUUUUCCCUCCAGAGGCUGGUGCCCCAUGUGAGGAAGAUGUUGAAUCAUCCGGCCGGAAGGCCUGAUAACAAUGCUCUCAGAGCAAAGAGAAGAGACCAGACAGAAUCAGGCCCCCAUUAAAGUAGCACUCCAGUCUCCUUUUCACCUCAUUUAACACCUGAUUUACUUAACAAAAGGCACAUCUCAAUAGGUGGUCCAGGUGUGUCAUGACAUAGCACAAGGGAGGGGGCCUUCUCUUUUGUUCCUCUUUUUCUUUAUUGUUCCUCAAGCAAGGGGGAGGCAGAUGACAUCACAAAUUCCCAUCAGACCAACUAAUUGAACGCCCUACUCCUUGAAGUUUGCAGUUGUGUCUAAAAAAAUUUUUUUUUACCCCUUUAGUGCGUUUACUUUACUGUAUUUAUACUUGGGAUAUCACUUUCAACAGGAAACGUUUGAAGAUCACUGGAGGAUGUCUUUGUAGCCUCAGACUGAGAUAAAGCUUUUUAAUUGAAACAUGCUCAGUGUGCCUUUUAAACAGUUAGGAUGCGUAAUGUGAACUGACAGGCACUUCAUUGUCUGGUUGCAGCUCACAAGAGAUAAUAGUAUGGUAAAUAGGAAGCCUAAUGAGUAAGAGUUUAGCACUAACAAUGCCAAGGUCGUGGGUUCAGUUCCUGCAGGGAUCACUUAAUAUGUAUUCACUUACAUUUACAUCAUUUAGCAGACGCUCUUAUCCAGAGCGACUUACAAAUUCUGUAAAUUGCUUUGGAUAAAAGUGUCUACUAGGUGGCAUUAAAAGACAAUUAUAAUCUAAUAAAAGUUAAUCUCCAGAAUUUCUUGUCUGAUUAAAAGGCAAAAUAAGGUAUAUUUGUGAAUUUGUUCAUUCUUAUGUGAAUUUGUUCUCAUGUGAAUUUGUUCUUUCUCACACAGACAUGAACAUAGGGUUGGCUUCCCAGACACUGAUUAAGCCUAGUCCAGGACAAAAAAACAUUAUGUUUAAUGCAGAAUCUCCAAUGUUCAUAAGGUUUGCUUGGUGUUUUAAAGGAUACUGGCCAGAGUGUUGACCCUGCUCUGUAUGGACUUCAACAGCCCUCUCUGGGAUGUCAUGUUCUCCUUGGUCGCCAUGGCAAUACUGAAGGGAGAGAAGAAGAGAAGGAAGAAGAGUGCCAGGUUAAAAUCAGGGGAGAGGUGACCCACCCUACAAUAUCAACCCUGUAAGUCUUGUUAUAAACAGAUUUUCUCUAGCAGAGAGUUUGAGGCACAAUUGUGUGUGUAGGUCCCCCAGGUGCAACUACCAUGACAGACAGAAGGCAGGUGGAGGAGGAGAAACCCAUUAGAGGGGGGGGACUUUCACAUCAAUUUAGAAUGCAGAGAGAGCGAGAGAGAAAUACAGGGGGAGGCCUGGUGGAUAUUAGUGCACAGACACACUGAGGCAUUGUGGAAUAAUACUGAUGACAUCAAAACUAUGAAAUAACACAUAUGGAAUAAUGUAGUAACCAAACAAGUGUUAAACAAAUCAAAAUAUACACUGCUCAAAAAAAUAAAGGGAACACUUAAACAACACAAUGUAACUCCAAGUCAAUCACACUUCUGUGAAAUCAAACUGUCCACUUAGGAAGCAACACUGAUUGACAAUACAUUUCACAUGCUGUUGUGCAAAUGGAAUAGAUAACAGGUGGAAAUUAUAGGCAAUUAGCAAGACACCCCCAAUAAAGGACUGGUUUUGCAGGUGGUGACCACAGACCACUUCUCAGUUCCUAUGCUUCCUGGCUGAUGUUUGAUCACUUUUGAAUGCUGGCAGUGCUUUCACUCUAGUGGUAGCAUGAGACGGAGUCUACAACCCACACAAGUGGCUCAGGUAGUGCAGCUCAUCCAGGAUGGCACAUCAAUGGGAGCUGUGGCAAGAAGGUUUGCUGUGUCUGUCAGCGUAGUGUCCAGAGCAUGGAGGCGCUACCAGGAGACAGGCCAGUACAUCAGGAGACGGAGGAGGCCGUAGGAGGGCAACAACCCAGCAGCAGGACUGCUACCGCCGCCUUUGUGCAAGGAGGAGCAGGAGGAGCACUGCCAGAGCCCUGCAAAAUGACCUCCAGCAGGCCACAAAUGUGCAUGUGUCUGCUCAAACGGUCAGAAACAGACUCCAUGAGGGUGGUAUGAGGGCCCGACGUCCACAGGUGGGGGUUGUGCUUACAGCCCAACACCGUGCAGGACGUUUGGCAUUUGCCAGAGAACACCAAGAUUGGCAAAUUCGCCACUGGCGCCCUGUGCUCUUCACAGAUGAAAGCAGGUUCACACUGAGCACAUGUGACAGACGUGACAGAGUCUGGAGACGCCGUGGAGAACGUUCUGCUGCCUGCAACAUCCUCCAGCAUGACCGGUUUGGCGGUGGGUCAGUCAUGGUGUGGGGUGGCAUUUCUUUGGGGGGCCGCACAGCCCUCCAUGUGCUCGCCAGAGGUAGCCUGACUGCCAUUAGGUACCGAGAUGAGAUCCUCAGACCCCUUGUGAGACCAUAUGCUGGUGUGGUUGGCCCUGGGUUCCUCCUAAUGCAAGACAAUGCUAGACCUCAUGUGGCUGGAGUGUGUCAGCAGUUCCUGCAAGAGGAAGGCAUUGAUGCUAUGGACCGCCCGUUCCCCAGACCUGAAUCCAAUUGAGCACAUCUGGGACAUCAUGUCUCGCUCCAUCCACCAACGCCACGUUGCACCACAGACUGUCCAGGAGUUGGCGGAUGCUUUAGUCCAGGUCUGGGAGGAGAUCCCUCAGGAGACCAUCCGCCACCUCAUCAGGAGCAUGCCCAGGCGUUGUAGGGAGGUCAUACAGGCACGUGGAGGCCACACACACUACUGAGCCUCAUUUUCACUUGUUUUAAGGACAUUACAUCAAAGUUGGAUCAGCCUGUAGUGUGGUUUUCCACUUAAAUUUUGAGGGUGACUGCAAAUCCAGACCUCCAUGGGUUGAUACAUUUGAUUUCCAUUGAUAAUUUGUGUGAUUUUGUUGUCAGCACAUUCAACUAUGUAAAGAAAAAAGUAUUUAAUAAGAUUAUUUCAUUCAUUCAGAUCUAGGAUGUGUUAUUUUAGUGUUCCCUUUAUUUUUUUGAGCAGUGCAUUUUAUAUUUGAGAUUCUUCAAAGUAGCCACCCUUUGCCUUGAUGACAGCUUUGCACACUCUUGGCAUUCUCUCAACCAGCUUCAUGAGGUAGAAUGCAUUUCAGUUAACAGGUGUGCCUUGAUAAAAGUUAAUUUGUGGAAUUUCUUUCCUUCUUAAUGCGUUUGAGCCAAUCAGUUAUGUUGUGACAAGGUAGGGGUGGUAUACAGAAGAUAGCCCUAUUUGGUAAAAGACCAACUCCAUAUUAAGGCAAGAACAGCUCAAAUAAGCAAAGAGAAACGACAGUCCAUCAUUACUUUAAGACAUGAAGGUCAGUCAAUACAGAACACUUCAAGAACUUUGAACUUUUCUUCAAGUGCAGUCGCAAAAACCAUCAAGCGCUAUGAUGAAACUGGCUCUCAUGAGGACCGCCACAGGAAAGGAAGACCCAGAGUUACCUCUGCUGCAAAGGAUAAGUUCAUUAGAAUUACCAGCCUCAGAAAUUGCAGCCCAAAUAAAUGCUUCACAGAGUUCAAGUAACAGACAUCUCAACAUCAACUAUUCAGAGGAGACUGUGUGAAUCAGGCCUUCAUGGUCAAAUUGCUGCAAAGAAACCACUACUAAAGGACACCAAUAUGAAGAAAAGACUUGCUUGGGCCAAGAAACACAAGCAAUGGACAUUAGACCGGUGGAAAUCUGUCCUUUGGUCUGAUGAGUCCAAAUUUGAGAUUUUUGGUUCCAACCACUGUCUUUGUGAGACGCAGAGUAAGUGAACGGAUGAUCUCCACAUGUAGUCCCCUGUAGCUCAGUUGGUAGAGCAUGGCGAUUGUAACGCUAGGGUUGUGGGUUCGUUUCCCACGGGGGGCCAGUAUGAAAAUGUAUGCAAUCACUAACUAAGUCGCUCUGGAUAAGAGCGUCUGCUAAAUGACUAAAAUGUAAAUGUAAAUGUUCCCACCAUGAAGCAUGGAGGAGGAGGUGUUAUUGUGUGGGGGUGCUUUGCUGGUGACACUGUCAGUGAUUUAUUUAGAAUUCAAGGCAUACUUAACCAGCAUGGCUACCACAGUAUUCUGCAGCGAUACGCCAUCCCAUCUGGUUUGCGCUUAGUGGGACUAUUAUUUGUUUUUCAACAGGACAAUGACCCAACACACCUCCAGGCUGUGUAAGGACUAUUUGACCAAGGAAAGUGAUGAGUGCUGCAUUAGAUGACCUGGCCUCUACAAUCAUCCGACCUCAACCCAAUUUAGAUGGUUUGGGAUGAGUUGGACUGCAGAGUGAAGGAAAAGCAGCCAACAUGUGCUCAGCAUAUGUGGGAACUCCUUCAAGACUGUCGGAAAAGCAUUCCUGGUGAAUACCUAAUGAAGCUGGAUGAGAGAAUGCCAAGAUUGUGCAAAGCGGUCAUCAAGGCAAAGGGUGGCUAUUUCAAGAAUCUCAAAUAUAAAAUAUAUUUGUUUUGUUUAACACUUUCUUGGUUACUACAUAAUUCCAUGUGUUAUUUCAUAGUUUUGAUGUCUUCACUAUUACUCUACAAUGUAGAAAAUUGUAAAAAUAAAGAAAAACCCUGGAAUGAGUAGGUGUGUCCAAACUUUUGACUGGUACUAGAUAGACACACACACACACACACACACAGUGCAUUCGGAAAGAAUUCAGACUCCUUGACUUUUCCCACAUUUUGUUACGUUACAGCCUUAUUCUAAAAUGGAUUACACACAAUACCCCAUAAUGACAAAGUGAAAACAGGUUUAUAUAAGUAUUCAAACGCUUUGCUAUGAGACUAGAAAUUGAGCUCAGGUGCAUCCUGUUUCCAUUGAUCACCCUUGAGAUGUUUCUACAACUUGAUUGUAGUCCACCUGUGGUAAAUUCAAUUGAUUGGACAUUAUUUGGAAAGGCACACACCUGUCUAUAUAAAAUGUCCCACAGUUGACAGUGCAUGUCAGAAAAAAAAACAAGCAAUUAGGUCGAAGGAAUUGUCCGUAGAGCUCCGAGACAGGAUUGUGUCGAGGAACAUAUCUGGGGAAGGGUACCACAAACCUUCUGCAGCAUUGAAGGUCCCCAAGAACACAGUGGCCUCCAUCAUUCUGAAAUGGAAGAAGUUUGGAACCACCAAGACUCUUCCUAGAGCUGGCUGCCCGGCCAAACUGAGCAAUCGGGGGAGAAGGGCCUUGGUUAGGGAGGUGACCAAGAACCCGAUGGUCACUCUGCCAGAGUUCCAGAGUUCCUCUGUGGAGAUGGGAGAAUCUUCCAGAAGGACAACCAUAUCUGCAGCACUCCACCAAUCAGGCCUUUAUGGUAGAGUGGCCAGACAGGAUGUUUUUCGGAGGCAGGGACUGGGAGACUAGUCAGGAUCGAGGGAAAGAUGAACGGAGAAAAGUACAGCGAGAUUCUUGAUGAAAACCUGCUCCAGAGCGCUAAGGACCUUAGACUGGGGCGAAGGUUUACCUUCCAACAGGACAACGACCCUAAGCACACAGCCAAGACAACGCAGGAGUGGCUUCGGGACAAGUCUCUGAACGUCCUUAAGUGGCCCAGCCAGAGUCCGGACUUGAACACGAUCGAACAUCUCGAGAGAGACCUGAAAAUAGCUGUGCAGCGACGCUCCCCAUCCAACCUGACAGAGCUUGAGAGGAUCUGCAGAGAAGAAUGGGAGAAACUCCCCAAAUACAGGUGUGCCAAGCUUGUAGAGUCAUACCCAAGAAGACUUGAGGCUGUAAUCACUGCCAAAGGUGCUUCAACAAAGUACUGAGUAAAUGGUCUGAAUACCUAUGUAAAUGUAAUAUUUCAAUUUUUUAUUUGUAAUACAUUUGCUUUGUCAUUAUGAGGUAGUGUGUGUAGAUUGAUGAGGGGGAAAAAAACCAAAUCCAUUUUAGAAUAAGGCUGUAUUUAUCUAUCCAUCCAUCCAGGUUGUACAUAUACACACAGACACACACUUCCUAGUAAAAAAGCUUCAGAGAAUGACUGUUAGAUAUUGAUUUCCCCAGACACCUCAAGACAGCAGAUAUUUAAUAAAACAAAGAGAGUAGCUUUCACAUGGUAACCGUAAUUUAGUAUGACUAGACCUUUCAGAGACUUAAUGCACCUCAGUAUCAUCAGAGAUGGCACCAUUCAGUUAGAGUUCAUUUCCUUCAAAGGCGUAAAGCCUGGAAGAAAGCCUGAGGGCUCUAGCUAAUUUCAGAGCUUGCAUCUCAGUUCAGAUACAGUACAUUUCCGUUAGCGCGGUUAAUUUCUUGUAAGGCAUGUGGUUUUCUUCAGGGUACAUGGACAUCUAGCACUUAAUGUUUUCCCUUCUCCUUCAGCUGAGUGCUGCCUUGUCAUUAUUGGAAGAUUACAUUUCUGUGAUAUCGAAACUUCCUCAUUCAAACCUAGGCCUCAGCAGCUUUGUGGAAGUGAACUAUAUCUUGGCAGUUAGCACCCAACUCCUUUUAGCCCCACAAUGGCAUCUGAUAUAGUUAACCCUGCACCUUAAUCCACAGGCCAAAACCCCUCUCCCAAUUACUUUACAUUUUAGUCAUUUAGCAGACGCUCUUAUCCAGAACGACUUACAGGAGCAAUUAGGGUUAAGUGCCUUGCUCAAGGGCACAUCGACAGCUUUUCACCUAGUCUGCUCGGGGAUUAGAACCAGCGACCUUUCGGUUACUGGCACAAAACUCUUAACCACUAAGCUACCUGCCGCCCCUCCCUUAUAAAAUGCUAAGACCUCAAAUAAAACAGUAUUUGGCACCAUACUGAGAGAUUAGUGGAGUUCCUGGCUUAAAAUACAGGUGUAUUCAAAUGUAUUCACUGGCGUUGUGCUCUGGAUACAGGCGGCCUCUUUCUUUGGGGCAGCAAGGAGAAAAAAGGUUGGGAUCAAACAGAUGUAAACAUAAUUUAUCUCUGGUUGCAAAUAUGGGAACAGAUCUGGUGACACUAAUUGCCUAGCUGCAGAGACAGGUAGGAUAAUGCAACAGGCCUCAGAGACUAACAAGGUGAGCAGAACCAACCAAUCAACCAGAUUUGUUUACAUGACUGUGAAAGCCAAGUAUACUGAGCCUGUUUGUCAGAUGAGUGACUUGGUCAGGUGAGUGUAUGAGAGUGUUUGGUGUUUUUGAGUGAGUUUGACCGAGCAAGGAAGUGGGUACACAGUGUGUUUGAGUGUGUAUGCAUGGGUGCGAGAAUGUUUGACUGAGAAAAUGUGGUUUAAAAUUUGUAGUACAUGUUUUCUUUGUAAGUACAAUGUGUGUCUGAGUAAAUACAGUAAGCAUGUGCGUAUGUGUGUGUCGUGUCGUAACUUAAUCUCUGCCAGCUCCUGCCAGUCUAACACCUCUUGCAGGGUAUUGCUGAGGGGACAAUCUGUCUGUAUGCCAAGGGUCUAGCUCAUAUAUCAUGUUCACCAGAGUCAGAGGGGAAGACCGAUCGCCUCUCUUCCCAAAGCCCAACUCUGCUGACGGACUGUAACACUGGGCCAGCGUUAGCGCUACGGUAACGUGCUACUGGCAAUCAGAGCUGCUAUCUGAUAGGGGCUAAACUAAUGCUAACUCAUACACACAGUGACUCAACCUGGCUGAACACCAGCUCAAUGCUAAAAUAGCUUAGCUCAUCACCGUUAGCAUCUCAAGUAACUGACCUAAAGUAAAUUCACUGUGGGGCUUCUAGAUACGUUUAUUGAGACCAAUUCUCUCCAGUCUAACCGCAAUUUGACAGAUCUAAAUAUGGAGAUGGAUAUGUAAUUACCAAAAACCACAGCAUUUUUGUGCUGUGAGAAUCUCACUCUUUCCUUUCUGCAUCAGACCACUCACUGGAGUACCUGACCAACUGUUACUCUCAAAACAUUUUCAUGUUUUAUAUCCGACCUGUGACAGGGUCUUAAAACCCGAUGCACAUUCAGACACAAAUACAUCAUAUCUCAACCCUGCUUGUCCCCACAGGGCAUAAUAACACAAACAAUCAGGAGAAGAAAAUAAGCUUCAUUAUCUUCUGGCUGUGUGAGUGUCUUGUUAGGCAUGUUCAAGAGUGGGAGAGAACCGGUAAUGAUGGUGACUUUCUCAUCCAGUGUAAUUUUCUGCUUCACUUAAACAAAAGGGAGGAGAGUGGGAGAGGGAGGUGGGGGGGGGGGGGCACGAGGAGGCUGGACGGGAAGAAGCGCUGCAUGGCUCACAAGCCCACUUAAUGAAGCACCUGUGCCAGUAGCCUCCCCUAUGGGCAACGAUCUGUGGGUGGGUUGUGGCAGGUAGAUAAGAUGGAUGGGAGGGAAGGAAGGAUGGAUGAGAGGGACAGAGGGAAGAGGCAGCAGGGAGGCUGAGAUGGUGGAAGGGAUAGAGGCAGCAGGGAGGCUGAGAUGGUGGGAGGGAUAGAGGCAACAGGGAGGCUGAAAUGGUGGGAGGGAUAGAGGCAACAGGGAGGCUGAGAUGGUGGGAGGGAUAGAGGCAACAGGGAGGCUGAGAUGGUGGGAGGGAUAGAGGCAACAGGGAGGCUGAGAUGGUGGGAGGGAUAGAGGCAACAGGGAGGCUGAGAUGGUGGGAGGGAUAGAGGCAACAGGGAGGCUGAGAUGGUGGGAGGGAUAGAGGCAACAGGGAGGCUGAGAUGGUGGGAGGGAUAGAGGCAACAGGGAGGCUGAGAUGGUGGGAGGGAUAGAGGCAACAGGGAGGCUGAGAUGGUGGGAGGGAUAGAGGCAUAGUCCACUUCCUCUCUCCUCAAACUGUGCUUGACCAUAUCAGCCCACUUAGGCCUGAAAGCUGAUCUUGUAUCCAUAUCUUGGCUAAUGGUGUAAUCUCCUCAUCUAAUGGUGUCACAGCGGAUGUUAAGAGGUGGGGUCAGAGACAAGGCGCUCCACACAGGUCACCAUCUGAUUUGUCAGGAUCACUAUUGUCUCUGUACUGGACUCUUUAGACUUCACCUCAUGCCCAUGGAGAUGUAUAACAUCCACUGUAGCUACCACCAACCCCCCCAAUUCUGGAGCCAGUUUACAGACAACAAAUAAGUCCAUAACAUAGAUUUAUAGAUAUAUACAGUGAGGGAAAAAAGUAUUUGAUCCCCUGCUGAUUUUGUACGUUUGCCCACUGACAAAGACAUGAUCAGUCUAUAAUUUUAAUGGUAGGUUUAUUUGAACAGUGAAAGACAGAAUAACAACAACAAAAUCCAGAAAAACGCAUGUAAAUUUUUUUAGAAAUUGAUUGGCAUGUUAAUGAGGGCAAUAAGUAUUUGACCCCUCUGCAAAACAUGACUUAGUACUUGGUGGCAAAACCCUUGUUGGCUGUUACGGAUACAGGUAUCCUGUGUUUUUGUGUGUUUCUACUCCUUCUGCCCUAAUCACAGGUGUCCUGUAUGUUCCUGAUUGGUGGUCGUUGAGGUGUCUGCUGAUUGGACCAAUCAGUGAACAUUCCUGUGCAUUGCACCACCUGUUACUCGUUUUUUCAAUCACACAUCCCAUUAUAUAAAAACCAGUUACUUGUGUUUGUUGUGAGAGAGAGACUAUUUCUGUAUGUGAGUAUGGACACUGUGGUGUCCUGUUUUUGUUUACUCACUAAGUUGCCGGUUACUCUGGUUGGUAAUUUUGUUAGACCACUGUUUUGUAUGUGAGUAAUGGAUACUGUGAUGUCCUGUGUUUAGAGUACUCAUUAAUUUGCUGGUUACUCUGUGUGGUAACUAUUGUGUGUUUCUGGGAAAAGGGGAGUUUGAGCUAGCUGCCCUUGGGCAUACAUUUCCCGUAGAAAGAACUGUCUAUAAACACUAGUUAGACCUGAGCGGACCACCCACUGUAUUUUUGUAUGGUAGCAGUAGCCUAGCGGUUCUUGAGGCAGGCAAGAUCAGUUUAGGGGUGUUUUACACUAUUGUUUCAUUUCUUGGGUCCUGCUCAGCCCUUUUUCCCAAACCUUUACCGUGUGUUCAGAAAUAAACCAUUUGUGUUUGACGGUAGUUCAUGGUUGUUGUGUCAUUUUUGUUCUCACUGUUCCAUGUCACACUCCUAAUUUGCAUAAUUUAUGUUACGGGUCUCAUGUCCAUCCACCCUAGAUGUUUAGAGCCACGGGGUUCGUAACAUUGGCAAUCACAGAGGUCAGACGUUUCUUGUAGUUGGCCACCAGGUUUGCGCACAUCUCAGGAGCGAUUUUGUCCCACUCCUCUUUGCAGAUCUUUUCCAAGUCAUUAAGGUUUCGAGGCUGACGUUUGGCAACUCGAACCUUCAGCUCCCUCCACAGAUUUUCUAUGGGAUUAAGGUCUGGAGACUGGCUAGGCCACUCCUGGACCUUAAUGUGCUUCUUAUUGAGCCACUCCUUUGUUGCCUUGGCCGUGUGUUUUGGGUCAUUGUCAUGCUGGAAUACCCAUCCACGACCCAUUUUCAAUGCCCUGGCUGAGGGAAGGAGGUUCUCACCCAAGAUUUGACGGUACAUGGCCUCAUCCAUCGUCCCUUUGAUGCGGUGAAGUGGUCCUGUCCCCUUAGCAGAAAAACACCCCCAAAGCAUAAUGUUUCCACCUCCAUGUUUGACGGUGGGGAUGGUGUUCUUGGGGUCAUAGGCAGCAUUCCUCCUCCUCCAAACACGGCGAGUUGAGUUGAUGCCAAAGAGCUCGAUUUUGGUCUCAUCUUACCACAACACUUUCACCCAGUUCUCCUCUGAAUCAUUCAGAUGUUCAUUGGCAAACUUCAGACGGGCCUGUACAGUUGAAGUCGGAAGUUUACAUAGACUUAGGUUGGAGUCAUUAAAACUCGUUUUUCAACCACUCCACACAUUUCUUGUUAACAAACUAUAGUUUUGGCAAGUCGGUUAGGACAUCUACUUUGUGCAUGACACAAGUAAUCUUCCCAACAAUUGUUUACAGACAGAUUAUUUCACUGUAUCACAAUUCCAGUGGGUCAGAAGUUUACAUACACUAAGUUGACUGUGCCUUUAAACAGCUUGGAAAAUUCCAGAAAAUGAUGUCAUGGCUUUAGAAGCUUCUGAUAGGCUAAUUGACAUCAUUUGAGCUAAUUGGAGGUGUACCUGUGGAUGUAUUUCAAGGCCUACCUUCAAACUCAGUGCCUCUUUGCUUGACAUCAUGGGAAAAUCAAAAAGAAGUCAGCCAAGACCUCAGAAAAAUAAUUGUUGACCUCCACAAGUCUGGUUCAUCCUUGGGAGCAAUUUCCAAAGCCUGAAGGUACCACAUUCAUUUGUACAAACAAUAGUACGCAAGUAUAAACACCAUGGGACCACGCAGCCGUCAUACCGCUCAGGAAGGAGACGCGUUCUGUCUCCUAGAGAUGAACGUACUUUGGUGUGAAAAGUGCAAAUCAAUCCCAGAACUACAGCAAAGGACCUUGUGAAGAUGCUGGAGGAAACCGGUACAAAAGUAUCUAUAUCCACAGUAAAACGAGUCUUAUAUCGUCAUAACCUGAAAGGCCACUCAAAAGGAAGAAGCCACUGCUCCAAAACCGCCAUAAAAAAGCCAGACUACGGUUUGCAACUGCACACGGGGACAAAUAUCGUACUUUUUGGAGAACUGUUCUCUGGUCUGAUGAAACAAAAACAGAACUGUUUGGCCAUAAUGACCAUCGUUAUGUUUGGAGGAAAAAUGCGGAUGCUUGCAAGCCGAAGAACAUCAUCCCAACCGUGAACAACGGGGGUGGCAGAAACAUGCCAUGGGGGUGCUUUGCUGCAGGAGGGACUGGUGUACUUGACAAAAUAGAUGGCAUCAUGAGGAAGGAAAAUUAUGUGGAUAUAUUGAAGCAACAUCUCAAGACAUUAGUCAGGAAGUUAAAGCUUGGUCGCAAAUGGGUCUUCCAAAUGGACAAUGACCCCAAGCAUACUUCCAAAGUUGUGGCAAAAUGCCUUAAGGACAACAAAGUCAAGGUGUUGGAGUGGCCAUCACAAAGCCCUGACCUCAAUACUAUAGAAAAUGUGUGGGCAGAACUGAAAAAGCGUGUGCGAGCAAGGAGGCCUACAAACCUGACUCAGUUACACCAGCUCUGUCAGGAGGAAUGGGCCAAAAUUCACCCAACUUAUUGUGGGAAGCUUGUGGAAGGCUACCCGAAACGUUUGACCCAAGUUAAACAAUUUAAAAGGCAAUGCUACUAAAUACUAAUUGAGUGCAUGUAAACUUCUGACCCACUGGGAAUGUGAUGAAAGAAAUAAAAGCUGAAAUAAAUCUCUCUACUAUUAUUCUGACAUUUCACAUUCUUAAAAUAAAGUGGUGAUCCUAACUGACCUAAGACAGGGAAUUUUUACUAGGAUUAAAUGUCAGGAAUUGUGAAAAACUGAGUUUAAAUGUAUUUGGCUAAGGUGUAUGUAAACUUCCGACUUCAACUGUAUAUGUGCUUUCUUGAGCAGGGGGACCUUGCGGGCGCUGCAGGAUUUCAGUCCUUCAUGGCGUAGUGUGUUACCAAUUGUUUUCUUGGUGACUAUGGUCCCAGCUGCCUUGAGAUCAUUGACAAGAUCCUCCCGUGUAGUUCUGGGCUGAUUCCUCACCGUUCUCAUGAUCAUUGCAACUCCACGAGGUGAGAUCUUGCAUUGAGCCCCAGGCCGAGGGAGAUUAACAGUUAUUUUGUGUUUCUUCCAUUUGCGAAUAAUCGCACCAACUGUUGUCACCUUCUCACCAAGCUGCUUGGCAAUGGUCUUGUAGCCCAUUCCAGCCUUGUGUAGGUCUACAAUCUUGUCCCUGACAUCCUUGGAGAGCUCUUUGGUCUUGGCCAUGGUGGAAAGUUUGGAAUCUGAUUUAUUGAUUGCUUCUGUGGAAAGGUGUCUUUUAUACAGCUAACAAACUGAGAUUAGGAGCACUCACUUUAAGAGUGUGCUCCUAAUCUCAGCUCAUUACCUGUAUAAAAGACACCUGGGAGCCAGAAAUCUUUCUGAUUGAGAGGGGGUCAAAUACAUGUUUCCCUAAUUAAAAUGCAAAUCAAUUUAUAACAUUUUUGACAUGCGUUUUUCUGGAUUUUGUUGUUGUUAUUCUGUCUCUCACUGUUCAAAUAAACCUACCAUUAAAAUUAUAGACUGAUCAUGUCUGUCAGUGGGCAAACGUACAAAAUCAGCAGGGGAUCAAAUACUUCCCCCCCCCUCAAUGUAUGUUCAGAAUCACAUAGUACUACAAUCAAUCACUCCCCUGUCUUGCAAAAACACUCAUGUUUAGUUUAAACUCUGUUCAACCCCGGCUCUCCCGGGCUUAACCUGAAGACCGAUUGUUGGACAUGACAGGUCCCUAAAUCCUUGAAACAUACACCAACCCCACCCCAUCAGCCAAGGAGAGACAAAGGUCUAGCCCAAACUCCAUUCAACCCUGGUGCCUCUCCCUUCACUGUGUUUGAAGAGAGAAACAAAAGGCCACAAGCUAGGUUCAGUCUCUGAUGAGAUAAGACAGCCAUGGAUUUAAGUAAGAGCAAGCAAUUUAACCCUAGGUCAGAUUCCCUCUUUACCCCCACACACACAGUGAAAUGACCCAAUUAAAUUCCUGGCCCAGUAACAAAUACUUCUAACUCUAUGUUUGUGAUUACCCCAGUUUUAUCUCAUAGUCCAUUAAAUAUACACAUCAUAAAUAGCCACCCUUUUCCUUGAUGACAGCUUUGCACACUCUUGGCAUUCUCUCAACCAGCUUCACCUGGAAUGCUUUUCCAAAAGUCUUGAAGGAGUUCCCACAUAUACUGAGCAUUUGUUGGCUGCUUUUCCUUCACUCUGACGUCCGACUCAUUCCAAACCAUCUCAAUUUGGUUGAGGUCGGUGGAUUGUGGAGGCCAGGUCAUCUGAUGCAGCACUCCAUCACUCUCCUUCUUGGUCAAAUAGCCCUUACACAGCCUGGAGGUGUGUUGGGUCAUUGUCCUGUUGAAAAACAAAUAAUAGUCCCACUAAGCCCAAACCAGAUGGGAUGGCGUAUCACCAGCAAAGCACCCCCACACCAUAACGCCACCUCCUCCAUGCUUUACGGUGGGAAAUACACAUGCAGAGAUCAUCCGUUCACCCACACAGCGUCUCACAAAGACACUGCGGUUGAUAACCAAAAUCUCAAAUUUAGACUCAUCAGACGAAAGGACAGAUUUCCACCUGUCUAAUGUCCAUUGCUCGUGUUUCUUGGCCCAAACAACUCUCUUCUUCUUAUUGGUGUCCUUUAGUAGUGGUUUCUUUGCAGCAAAUUCGACCAUGAAGGCCUGAUUCACACAGUCUCCUCUGAACAGUUGAUGUUGAGAUGUGUCUGUUACUUGAACUCUGUGAAGCAUUUAUUUGGGCUGCAAUUUCUGAGGCUGGUAACUAAUAAACGUAUCCUCUGCAGCAGAGGUAACUCUGGGUCUUCCAUUCCUGUGGCGGUCCUCAUGAGAGCCAGUUUCAUCAUAGCGCUUGAUGGUUUUUGCGACUGCACUUGAAGAAACGUUCAAAGUUUUUGAAAUUUUCCGGAUUGACUGACCUUCAUGUCUUAAAGUAAUGAUGGACUGUCAUUUUUCUUUGCUUAUUUGAGCUGUUCUUGCCAUAAUAUGGACUUGGUCUUUUACCAAAUAGGGCUGUCUUCUGUAUACCCCCCCUACCUUUUCACAACACAACUGAUUGGCUCAAACGCAUUAAGAAGGCACACCUGUUAACUGAAAUGCAUUCCAGGUGACUACCUCAUGAAGCUGGAUGAGAGAAUGCCAAGAGUGUGCAAAGCUGUCAAGGCAAAGGGUGGCUACUUUGAAGAAUCUCAAAUAUAAAAUAUUUUGAUUUGUUUAACACUUUUUGGGGUUACUACAUUAUUCCAUAUUUUUGAUGUCUUCACUAUUAUUCUACAAUGCGGUAGUGUAUAACUCAGCAAAAAAAGAAACAUCCCUUUUUCAGGACGCUGUCUUUCAAAGAUAAUUCAUAAAAAUCAAAAUAACUUCACAGAUCUUCAUUGUAAAGGGUUUAAACACUGUUUCCCAUGCUUGUUCAAUUAACCAUAAACAAUUAAUGAACAUGCACCUGUGGAACUGUCUUUAAGACACUAACAGCUUACAGACGGUAGGCAAUUAAGGUCACAGUUAUGAAAACUUAGGACACUAAAGAGGCCUUUAUACUGACUCUGAAAAACACCAAAAGAAAGAUGCCCAGAGUCCCUGUUCAUCUGUGUGAAUGUGCCUUAGGCAUGCUGCAAGGAGGCAUGAGGACUGCAGAUGUGGCCAGGGCAAUAAAUUGCAAUGUCCGUACUGUGAGACGCCUAAGACAGCACUACAGGGAGACAGGACGGACAGUUGAUCGUCCUUGCAGUGGCAGACCACAUGUAACAACACCUGCACAGGAUCGGUACAUCCGAACAGCACACCUGCGGGACAGGUACAGUAUGGCAACAACAACUGCCAGAGUUACACCAGGAAUGCACAAUCCCUCCAUCAGUGCUCAGACUGUCCGCAAUAGGCUGAGGGCUUGUCGGCCUGUUGUAAGGCAGGUCCUCACCAGACAUCACCGGCAACAACGUCGACUAUGGGCACAAACCCACCGUCGCUGGACCAGACAGGACUGGCAAAAAGUGCUCUUCACUGACGAAUCGCGGUUUUGUCUCACCAGGAGUGAUGGUCGGAUUCACGUUUAUCGUCGAAGGAAUGAGCGUUACAUCGAGGCCUGUACUCUGGAGCGGGAUUUAUUUGGAGGUGGAGGGUCCGUCAUGGUCUGGGGCGGUGUGUCACAGCAUCAUCGGACUGAGCUUGUUGUCAUUGCAGGCAAUCUCAACGCUGUGCGUUACAGGAAAGACAUCCUCCUCCCUCAUGUGGUACGCUUCCUGCAGGCCCAUCCUGACAUGACCCUCCAGCAUGACAAUGCCACCAGCCAUACUGUUCGCUCUGUGCGUGAUUUCCUGCAAGACAGGAAUGUCAGUGUUCUGCCAUGGCCAGCAAAGAGCCCGGAUCUCAAUCCUAUUGAGCACAUCUGGGACCUGUUGGAUCGGAGGGUGAGGGCUAGGGCCAUUCUCCCCCAGAAAUGUCCGUGAACUUGCAGGUGCCUUGGUGGUAGAGUGGGGUAACAUCUCAUAGCAAGAACUGGCAAAUCCGGUGCAGUCCAUGAGGAGGAGAUGCACUGCAGUACUUAAUGCAGCUGGUGGCCACACAAGAUACUGACUGUUACUAAUUUUGACCCCACCCUUUGUUCAGGGACACAUUAUUCCAUUUCUGUUAGUCACAUGUCUGUGGAACUUGUUCAGUUCAUGUCUCAGUUGUUGAAUCUUGUUAUGUUCAUACAAAUAUUUACACAUGUUAAGUUUGCUGAAAAUAAACGCAGUUGACAGUGAGAGGACGUUUCUUUUUUUGCUGAGUUUAUAUAAUAAAAGAGCGCGAGAGAGACAGAGUGAGUGAGUGUGUGUGUGAGUCAGUGAGUGAGUGAGUGAAUGAGUGAGAGAGAGAGAGAGAGAGAGAGAGACUCCUCGUGGGUAUCGGAAAUCCUCCAAAGUCCCAACAAGUAUAGUAAAACAAGGAAGUUUCUCCCUCGUGGGGACAUUUCCCAGCUAUUUUAGACUUAGGGGUUAGGUUUAGAGUUACAAUUAGGGUGAGGGUAAGGUUUAGGGGUCAGGGAAAAUAGGAUUUUGAAUGUAAAUAAAUUGUAUGUCCCCACAAGGAUAGUAAAACAUAUGCUGUUUGAGAGAGAUAGUCUGUCUGCAUUAGGCUUACCUUAUUGUGUCAUCCAUCAGGCGGUCAGAGCUGAGAGUGAGAGAGACAGAGACAGAGAGCGAGAGAAGAGAUGAAGAGAGAAGAAAGUGACGGUUAGUUUCUGAGGUGAGGCAGCAUCUCCACAUCUCUCUGUGAGUCAUGGUCAGGGAGGCAGCAAUCGAUGCCAAGCUUCCCAGAAUCCUGAUCAGGUCCCUGGCCUCGCUGCGCUGGGCCGGGAACCCCCCUCCCUCCCCAGCAGCACCCAGCCUAACAGAGCCGUUGGGCUGAAAUACUCAACUUCGAUUUAUGUUGUGGGCCUUCAUUCCAAUUUCCCAUUGACUUCAAUGCAUGAUUUACAAGAAAAUAGAGUUGCUUUUGUGCAUCUUGAGUUAGGAUGAGGAACCACAAUGUGUCACAGGGCACGGUUGGGGUCAUAAAGCCAUAUGAUUUGAUGGGAUGGCUUAUGACAGCUGUUGUGUCACCUGUGUCAUCUUUAUGACAACUCUAUGACAUUGCAUUCACUGAAGCAAAAGGUCACAUCAAACAUUAAUUACAGGAGUCAUGUCCUGUCCACACACACAUCAGUCUGCAGUCGGGGAUAGCAUUGUCAACACAGUAUAGUACUACUAUGGCUUUCUCUAUAGCCGACGACAUACAGUAGACUUUAUUGGCUACAGCAGCAUUCCAGUUAUCUUCACAAAUGAAAUCUUUCUUCAAUGAAGAAACAUAUGAUUUCCAACAUACAUACAGUGGAGAAAAAAAGUAUUUAGUCAGCCACCAAUUGUGCAAGUUCUCCCACUUAAAAAGAUGAGAGGCCUGUAAUUUUCAUCAUAGGUACACGUCAACUAUGACAGACAAAUUGAGAAAAAAAAUCCUGAAAAUCACAUUGUAGGAUUUUUUUAUGAAUUUUUUUGCAAAUUAUGGUGGAAAAUAAGUAUUUGGUCACCUACCAACAAGCAAGAUUUCUGGCUCUCACAGACCUGUAACUUCUUCUUUAAGAGGCACCUCUGUCCUCCACUCGUUAUCUGUAUUAAUGGCACCUGUUUGAACUUGUUAUCAGUAUAAAAGACACCUGUCCACAACCUCAAACAGUCACACUCCAAACUCCACUAUGGCCAAGACCAAAGAGCUGUCAAAGGACACCAGAAACAAAAUUGUAGACCUGCACCAGGCUGGGAAGACUGAAUCUGCAAUAGGUAAGCAGCUUGGUUUGAAGAAAUCAACUGUGGGAGCAAUUAUUAGGAAAUGGAAGACAUACAAGACCACUGAUAAUCUCCCUCGAUCUGGUGCUCCACGCAAGAUCUCACCCCGUGGGGUCAAAAUGAUCACAAGAACGGUGAGCAAAAAUCCCAGAACCACACGGGGGGACCUAGUGAAUGACCUGCAGAGAGCUGGGACCAAAGUAACAAAGCCUACCAUCAGUAACACACUACGCCGCCAGGGACUCAAAUCCUGCAGUGCAAGACGUGUCCCCCUGCUUAAGCCAGUACGUGUCCAGGCCCGUCUGAAGUUUGCUAGAGUGCAUUUGGAUGAUCCAGAAGAGGAUUGGGAGAAUGUCAUAUGGUCAGAUGAAACCAAAAUAGAACUUUUUGGUAAAAACUCAACUCGUCGUGUUUGGAGGACAAAGAAUGCUGAGUUGCAUCCAAAGAACACCAUACCUACUGUGAAGCAUGGGGGUGGAAACAUCAUGCUUUGGGGCUGUUUUUCUGCAAAGGGACCAGGACGACUGAUCCGUGUAAAGGAAAGAAUGAAUGGGGCCAUGUAUCGUGAGAUUUUGAGUGAAAACCUCCUUCCAUCAGCAAGGGCAUUGAAGCUGAAACGUGGCUGGGUCUUUCAGCAUGACAAUGAUCCCAAACACACCGCCCGGGCAACGAAGGAGUGGCUUCGUAAGAAGCAUUUCAAGGUCCUGGAGUGGCCUAGCCAGUCUCCAGAUCUCAACCCCAUAGAAAAUCUUUGGAGGGAGUUGAAAGUCCGUGUUGCCCAGCGACAGCCCCAAAACAUCACUGCUCUAGAGGAGAUCUGCAUGGAGGAAUGGGCCAAAAUACCAGCAACAGUGUGUGAAAACCUUGUGAAGACUUACAGAAAACGUUUGACCUGUGUCAUUGCCAACAAAGGGUAUAUAACAAAGUAUUGAGAAACUUUUGUUAUUGACCAAAUACUUAUUUUCCACCAUAAUUUGCAAAUAAAUUCAUUAAAAAUCCUACAAUGUGAUUUUCUGGAUUUUUUUUUCUCAUUUUGUCUGUCAUAGUUGACGUGUAUCUAUGAUGAAAAUUACAGGCCUCUCUCAUCUUUUUAAGUGGGAGAACUUGCACAAUUGGUGGCUGACUAAAUACUUUUUUCCCCCACUGUAAAUGUCAUCCUCUUUUUUUUUAAAAAUAAAACAACCUCUCAGAGCCGCAUAAAACAGUGUUAAAUAAAUCUUCAGUCUAAUUCUAUAGAAUGUCAUGUCAUUGUCAGGUGGUUUCAGGGGAGCUGUGGCAGACGUAUAGCUAUACUGUGAUCUGUCGAUCUCAUAAAAAGGAGGGAUGACUGUCUAGCAGGUUUCAGCUCCAUUACAUGUAUAAUAUGUAGGAGCGAGAGGAAGGCUGCAAUUAGCUCUUGAAGUGCUUUUCCUUUGCUCUCUCCCUCCAUCCCUUGCUCUCAGCUAGCUUAGUGCUAACACAACAGCUAACACUUUGCAUGCUAAUGCUGCAUGACCAGACAGGAGGGAAGGAAGGAGGGGGUGAGGGACCCUCUCCUGAACGUAUAUCUGAAAUGAUAUGAGAGAUGUGUGCUACAGAAUUUCCUUUUCACUGUCAGGCUUACGUGGCCAAUAUAUACUGGACUUAAAUAUAUAAUAUCAUAAUAAUAAAAGAUGGGGGGGGGGGAAAAAAUAAGAAAGGUUUAUAAAAAAUAAAAAUAAAAAAUAACACACACACACACAGGAAAUAAAUAUAGUGAACAAAAAUAUCAAACGUAACAUGUAAAGUGUUUGUCCCAUGAGCUGAAAUAAAAAGAGCGAAGAAAUUGUCAAUAUGCACAAAUAGCUUAUCCCUCUCAAAUGUUGUGCACAAAUUAGCUUACAUCCCUGUUAGUGAGCAUUUCUCCUUUGCCAAGAUAAUCCAUCCACCUGACAGGUGUGGCAUAUCAAGAAACUGAUUAAACAGCAUGAUCAUUACACAGGUGCACCUUGUGCUGGGGACAAUAAAAAUCCACAAAAAUUUGCAGUUUUGUCACAACACAAUGCCACAUAUGUCUCAAGUUUUGAGGGAGCGUGCAAUUGGCAUGCUGACUGCAGGAAUGUGCACCAGAGCUGUUGCCAGAGAAUUGAAUGUUAAUUUCUCUACCAUAAGCCGCCUCCUUCGUUUUAGAGAAUUUGGCAGUACGUCCAACCGGCCUCACAACUGCAGACCACGUGUAACCCCGUCAGCCCAGGACUCCACAUCCAGCUUCUUCACCAGCGGGAUCGUCUGAAACCAGCCACCUGGACAGCUGAUGAAACUGAGGAGUAUUUCGGUCUGUAAUAAAGCCCUUUUGUAGGGAAAAACUUAUUCUAAUUAGCUGGGCCUGGCUCCCCAGUGGGUGGGCCUCUGCCUUCCCAGGCCCACCCAUGGCUGCGCCCCUGCCCAUUCAUGUGAAAUCCAUAGAUUAGGGCCUAAGGAAUUUAUUUCAAUUGACUGAUUUCCUUAUAUGAACAUUAACUCAAAUCAAAUUAUUGAAAUUGUUGCAUGUUGAGUUUAUAUUUUUGUUGAGUAACACUUUGCCUUGAUGACAGCUUAGCACACUCUUGGCAUUCUCUCCACCAGCUUCAUGAGGAAUGCUUUUCCAACAGUCUUGAAGAAGUUCCCACAUAUGCUUAGCACCGGUUGGCUACUUUUCCUUCACGCUGCGGUCCAACUCAUCCCAAAACAUCUCAAUUUGGUUGAGGUCGGGUGAUUGUGGAGGCCAGGUCAUCUGAUGCAGCACUCCAUCACUCUCCUUCUUGGUCAAAUAGCCCUUACACAGCCUGGAGGUGUGUUUUGGGUCAUUGUCCUGAUGAAAAAACAAAUGAUAGUCCCACUAAGCGCAAACCAGAAAGGAUGGCGUAUCGCUGCUGAAUGCUGUGGUAGCCAUUCUGGUUAAGUGUGUCUUCUAAAUAAAUCACAGACAGUAUCACCAGCAAAGCACCCCCACACCUUCACACGUCCUCCGUGCUUCAUGGUGGGAACAACACAUGAGGAGAUCAUCCGUUCACCUACUCUACGUCUCACAAAGACAUGACAGAUUUCCACCGGUCUAAUGUCCAUUGCUUGUAUUACUUGGCCCAAGCAAUCUGAGGUGCAGUUAACUCUAAUGAAUUUAUCCUCUGCAGCAGAGGUAACUCUGGGUCUUCCUUUCCUGUGGCAGUCCUCACAAGAGCAAGUUUCAUCAUAGCGCUUGAUGGUUUUUGCAACUGCACUUGAAGAAACUUUCAAAGUUGUUGAUAUUUUCCAGAUUGACUAACCUUCAUGUCUUAAAGUAAUGAUGGACUGUCGUUUCUCUUUGCUUAUUUGAGCUGUUCUUGCCAUAAUAUUGACUUGGUGUCUUACCAAAUAGGGCUAUCUUCUGUAUACCAGCCCUACCUUGUCACAACAAAACUGAUUGUGAAGAUGGCGCCGGAGGAGAUGGCUGCCGCUUUACGGCCCUCUAACCGAUUGUGCUAUUGUGUGUGUUUUUUCGCGUUAUUUGUAAUUUAUUCUGUACAAGUUUCUGCCACCGUCUCUUAUGACCAAAAAGAGCUUCUGGAUAUCAGGACAGCGAUUACUCACCUCGUGUUGGACGAAGAUUUUUUCUUCAACGAGUCGGAGGCGAAGGAUAUUCUACAGACACCCGACAAGUCCCAAUUCCCCGUCAUUGCAUGAGAAAGAGACAUCGUGGACGUAGGUAUGGGUGCUUUGUAAGGAUGCGACGGCGAGCGAGUAAGCUGCAUCUUCCAUCAAUCCUAAUAGCCAACAUACAAUCAUUUGAAAACAAAAUGGACGACCAAAGAUCAAGAAUAUCCUACCACGGGACAUUAAAAACUGUAAUAUCUUAUGUUUCACGAGUCGUGGCUGAAUGACGACAUGGAUAACAUACAGCUGGCGGGAUAUAGGCUACAUCGGCAGGAUAGAACGUUUGACUCCGGUAAGACAAGGGGUGGCGGUCUCUGUAUAUUUGUAAACAACAGCUGGUGCAUAAAAUCUAAUACUAAGGAAGUCUCAAGGUUUUGCUCGCCUGAGGUAGAGUAUCUCAUGAUAAGCUGUAGACCACACUAUUUACCAAGAGAGUUUUCUAUAUUUGUCGUAGCUGUCUAUUUACCACCACAGGGAAACUUACAUCCGUUCAACCUAAUUUCUACCAGCAUGUUAAAUGUGAAACCAGAGGGAAAAAACACUCUAGACCAUCUUUACUCCACACACAGACACGCGUACAAAUAAAUCCCGCUAUGCCCUCCAAUGAACCAUCAAACAGUCAAAGAGUCAAUACAGAACUAAGAUUGAAUCGUACUACACCGGCUCCGACGCUUGUCGGAUGUGGCAGGGCUUGCAAACUAUUACAGACUACAAAGGGAAGCACAGCUGCGAGCUGCCCAGUGACACAAGCCAACCAGACGAGCUAAAUCACUUCUAUGCUCGCUUCGAGGCAAGCAACACUGAAGCAUGCAUGAGCGCAUCAGCUGCUCCGGAUGACUAUGUGAUCACACUCUCCGUAGCCGAUGUGAGUAAGACUUAAGCAGGUUAACAUUCACAAGGCCGCAGGGCCAGACGGAUUACCAGGACGUGUACUCCGAGCAUGCGCUGACCAAACAAAUAACUUUCUUCUGAAAAUCGUCAGUCUAUUCUUGUUCUGAGAAAUGAAGGAUAUUCCAUGCGAGAAAUUGCCAAGAAAUUGAAGAUCUCGUACAACGCUGUGUACUACUCCCUUCACAGAACAGCGCAAACUGGCUCUAACCAGAAUAAAAAGAGGAGUGGGAGGCCCCGGUGCACAACUGAGCAAGAGGACAAAUACAUUAGAGUGUGUAGUUUGAGAAACAACUGGCAGCUUCAUUAAAUAGUACCCACAAAACACCAGUCUCAACGUCAACAGUGAAGAGGCGACUCCGGGAUGCUGACCAUCUAGGCAGAGUUGCAAAGAAAAAGCCAUAUCUCAGACUAUACAAUUAAAAGAAAAUAUUAAGAUGGGCAAAAGAACACAGACACUGGACAGAGGAAGAUUGGAAAAAAGUGUUAUGGACAGAUGAAUUGAAGUUUGAGGUGUUCGGAUCACAAAGAAGAACAUUUGUGAGAUGCAGACCAAAUGAAAAGAUGCUGGAGGAGUGCUUGAUGCCAUCUGUCAAGCAUGGUGGAGGCAAUGUGAUGGUCUGGGGGUGCUUUGGUGGUGGUAAAGUGGGAGAUUUGUACUGGGUAAAAGGGAUCUUGAAGAAGGAAGGCUAUCACUCCAUUUUGCAACGCCAUGCCAUACCCUGUGGACGACCCAAAGCACAGCUCCAAACUAUGCAAGGACUAUUUAGGGAAGAAGCAGUCAGCUGGUAUUCUGUCUAUAAUGGAGUGGCCAGCACAGUCACCGGAUCUUAACCCUAUUGAGCUGUUGUGGGAGCAGCUUGACCGUAUGGUACGUAAGAUGUGCCCAUCAAGCCAAUCCAACUUGUGGGAGGUGCUUCAGGAGGCAUGGGGUGAAAUCUCUUCAGAUUACCUCAACAAAUUGACAACUAGAAUGCCAAAGGUCUGCAAGGCUGUAAUUGCUGCAAAUGGAGGAUUCUUUGACGAAAGCAAAGUGUGAACGACAAUUAUUAUUUCUAUUAAAAAUCAUUAUUUCUAACCUUGUCAAUGACUACAUUUCCUAUGCAUUUCAUGUAUGUUUUCAUGGAAAACAAGGACAUUUCUAAGUGACCCCAAACUUUUGAACAGGUAGUGUAUAUAUUCCUACCACUCCUAACUUCCUACUACCCACGGUGCCUCAUCCUAUCCCACAAACAAAUAGUUCUGUGAUCUGUGAAACAGUUCUGUUAAUCACUGAGGCAUUGUGUGUUUGUGUGUUCUUUUUCUUUAGAAUUUUCAAAUAAACUUGACGUGUUUUAUGAUUAAUAGUGAUGUUGUGCUUGUACUAUUUUGGACACACUGUCCUCAGGCUCCAGCUUUAUGUUGUAUGUUGAUCGUAUUAAUACGAUUGUUUAAUGCCCCUAUACCGGGGCAGAGCAAGUAGGUCAAGCACGUGCAGCCAAUGAGCUACUUUGUUUUGCCCGCGAUAUUUAUUACGGCUUCUACUUUUAACAUUAUGUGCUUUGGCACCCUCAUUGCCCCAAUAUGUCUCUGUCAAAAAAGAGAAAAGUGGACGCAGAGUGCAGAGUGUUCCAAGAAAGAUGGUCAUCCUAUUUAUUCACGGAAUUGAAUGGGAAAGCUGUAUGUUUGGUGUGUUCAGAGCAUGUUACAGUGCUGAAAGAAUAUAACCUUCGUCGCCACUAUGUGAGUCUUCAUGCUGACAAAUAUGACAACUUUCAAGGACAGCGGAGAUGAGAGAAGGUGAAUGAACUGUUGGCGGGUCUGAAGAAACAGCAGUCUGUGUUUACUCACAGUCGAGACAUCAGUGACGCUGCAGUGAAAGCUAGCUACCUCAUUGCUAAUGAAAUCGCAGUGGCUUCAAAACCAUUUAGUGAGGGUGAAUUUGUAAAAACAUGCAUGAUGAAGGCAGCGGAGAUUGUGUGCCCUGAAAAGCGGCAGGCUUUUGCAAAUAUCAGCCUGACAAGAAACACAGUUGCAGACAGGAUUUCCGAUCUUUCAGUGGAUUUGGACAGCCAGUUGAAGCAAAAAGUAAAGUCAUUUAUUGCGUUUUCGGUUGCAAUUGAUGAAAGCACGGACAUUACAGAUGUUGCACAACUGGCCAUUUUCAUCCGCGGAGUUGAUGACACAUUGACCGUCACCGAGGAGUUCGUGGAGUUGGUGCCGAUGACAGAUACGACAGCAGCUGAUAUUUUUACCGCACUCGUCGGCGCGCUGGACAGGGUUGGAGUGGACUGGUCCCGCGCUGUCAGCCUGGCUACAGAUGGUGCGCCCUCAAUGAUCGGGAAAAAAGCAGGCGUUGUGACAAAGUUCAGAGAGAAACUGCAAUCUGCAAAUGGAGGAUGUGAUUUUUUGACUUUUCACUGUAUUUUGCACCAGGAGGCUUUGUGUUGCAAGUCAUUAAAGAUGGAUAACGUCAUGAAGGUGGUCAUCCAAACUGUUAAUUUCAUUAGAUCCAGAAGCCUGAAUCACCGUCAGUUUGACAGCCUUCUCAGAGAGAAAGACCACAUCUAUGGCCUGCCAUACCACACUGAGGUAAGAUGGUUAAGCCGAGGUGCUGUGCUGAGGCGUUUCUUUGAUUUACGAGAAGAAAUUGAACAGUUCAUGGAAGAAAAGGGCAAACCAGUGUUAGAAUUUCAUUCCGCAGAAUGGAUGCAGGACCUUGCAUUUAUGGUGGAUGUUACAGAGCACCUGAAUAACUUGAACAAACAGCUGCAAGGGCGCAACAAAGUUGUCACGCAAUAUUAUGACAGCAUACGUUCUUUCAAGUUGAAGCUGUCAUUGUGGGAGACGCAACUUGCCGGUGGUGAUGCAGCUCACUUCCCCUGUCUGAAAAAUGUGUGCGCGACCCAACAUGUGGCAGACAUGAAGCGGUUCAAAGAUAAAAUAACGGGACUGUUACGGGAGUUUGAGCAACGCUUUCAGAUUUAUGUUUAUAUGUUUUUAUGUUGAUGUGCUAUUGUUUUUAAUUGAUUUUAUUUGUAUAUUUAACCUAUUCUUGACUCUGUGGUUCUUGCACUUGUUUGGCGAACAGGAUUUCAUUAUUUUUAUCUACAUUUCUGCCUGAGAAAUGACACCCUGAUAUAGUUCUGUGAUCUGUGAAACAGUUCUGUUAAUCACUGAGGCAUUGUGCGUUUGUGUGUUCUUUGUCCUCAGAACUUUCAAAUAACUUGAGGUGUUUUAUGAUUAAUAGUGAUGUUGUGCUUGUACUAUUUUGGACACACUGUCCUCAGGCUCCAGCUUUAUGUUGUAUGUUGAUCGUAUUAAAACAAAGAAAACAAUCUGAAGUUGUUGUUUUUAAGUUAUAUAUAUCAUGAUUUUUCCGGUCCGGCCCACUUGGGAAUAGAUUUUCCUCCAUGUGGCCCCUGAGCUAAAAUGAGUUUGACACCCCUGGUCUAAGGGAUAAAAGGGUAGGCUAGCCUCUCACCUAGGGUGGGAGUUCUGUAACUAAGUAUCUAUUGAUGAAACCAAACGCAACAAAAACAAGUCUUUACUGCUAUUAUUAUCCCAAAUUGUUGUUACAGAGCUCUCUUUAGGCAGCAGCAUGUAAUUGGCCAACUCCCUCAUUUCCCCUAAGAUCAACUCCAUUAUGGAAUUUUCUUUGAUUGCUGCUUAUUGCUUUCUCUCGCUCCUCAGUUUAACUUGAACUAGGGCUGUGGCGGUCACAAAAUUUUGUCAGCAGAUGAUUGUCAAGCAAAUAACUGUCGGUCUCAAGGUAAGUGACCGUUAAUUAACAAACACAUUUAGCAUCUCCUGGCCUCCACACAUAGCCUACAAGUCACUGAUGCAGACCAUUGGAACAUCUACAUUAAAAAAAAAGUCUAAUAAAUCCAUGUAAUAUAGCCUACAUUAUUUAUUUUAGACAGGUCUAAAGAAACAUAUGAAGAAAACGUAGUCUAUUUCAGAAGAACAGAAUAGCAUACUUUGAGUUGUCCAUAUGUUAGGUCCUGAUCUGGCUAUGCCAUACGGCUGUGGUCUACACUAGUUCAUUUAGCAGACAAGAUUUGGUUAGAAUUCCGUGGCCUUAUUUUAUUUUAUAGUAUGAAGAAUACAAUUGAACAAAGCUGAAUAAAAUAGAAAGGAUAUUUUCUCCAAACAAUUUGAGGGAGUGCGCACAUGUGGCUAUUCUGAGUUUAUCGGUUAACAAAGAAAUAGGUACUCCUAUAUGCUUAAUUUAGAGUUAUUAAUGUAACUUUAGUUGUUCUAUAAAAGUUGGGCUAUAUGUUUUUUAUUUUUAAUACAUUGUAAGGCUGCAUUAUGCAAAUAAUGAUGAUUUGAAAAAAGUCGCUUGAAAGGCAUGAACUCAGCAUUUUUUUUUGCGCAGGCUGUACACACUUCAUCAGUCUCUCAUUCACAAUUUGACAAGCACUUGAUAAUGCCUUGAAUUUCCCGGCGGCAUCCCCUUUGUGUGGCCGUAAUGCACCCUAAAAAAAUCCAUGCCUUUUGCGGCCAGUGGCCAUUUUUCCCAUCUCCCUGAGUGCUGCGCAAUCCAAAGGGUCUUUCUCACAGGCUACAAGUGAAGACAGACACUUAGGGGACGCAAAUGGGCGCGUCCUUAUGCAAUUCCGAGGUGCAUAUUGAAGAUAUUGGAAGAACUGUCCACAUUUAAUUUUCGUCAGCCAACAAGAUGAGUAGGCCUAAUGAACAGCAAAAGCACUAGCCUAUGUCAAUCUACUGUCCCCCAUAGUACAAAAGUCAACCUAUUCUAUUCUGUGCGAGAAAUAAAUAUUCCAAAACAUAGUCUGGGACAGUUCUGGGGUGCAAUAGAUCCCAAAUUAAUACAACCACUAGCGUCAAAACAUUUUUUAUGCAAUGUGGCUGAUGCAACAGAUCAGAACGUUUAGCUUAAAAAUUUUGAUACACUAUUAGGCUAUUUCUUCACAUUAUAAAGCUCAGCAAUGCCCACAUGGAAGUAGACUACAAGCACGAAUGUUCCAUUAGCGGGAAAACACCAUUAUCAAAAGUGAGCGCAAAUGUGAUUAUGCAUGUAAUGCUUUUAUUAUAAAAAGGUGCAUUUUUAUGGUGAAAAUGAUCUUCUCCAAAUUGAAACAUAUGUAUGCCAGUUAGGCUCUAAACCCCUUGUAAAGCGGAUUAAUGUGCUUCAUUUUAAGAAGUUAUGUGGCCACUUCAGUUGUGAUACAAACCUUAUCAAAACAUAUAGGAUACAUGAGGUGUGCGACUAUGAUUAGAAAAGGUCGCAAAAAAAGGCAUUGUUUCUUGCCUUAUGCUGGGCAUCAUUCACAAGUGAUAGGCUAAUAUUGUCACCCAUCAGACUAUUCUUGACUAAAUCUUGUCUUUACAUAUACUAAAUAAUAUGUGUGUGAAAUUUGUUUUGAUUUAGAAUGGACCAUUAUCAUGCACCUGUCUCGAAACGGGGCAGCGGGAAAAAUACAUCUAUGCACUUAAAUAGCGGAUGGAGGACGCUUUUCUUGUGGUUCAUUUUCAUGCUAGCCAGGUAGGCUAUACUCCUGUUGUAAAGAUAAACAAUGUGCUUAAUAUUAGGAAAGUUGAGAAAUAAAUAUAAUAGGCCUAGUCUGAUGGGAUCCUCCUCGUUUUAGUAGAGGCCAUCACUCUGUUUUCUCUCGCAAUUGCAUAGCCUAUAGAAAUGUUGCGCAACAUGAGCUCAUGGGCUCUCAUGAAGUGUUUGAUUAGAUUUUCGAUUACAUUUGCAUUGAUGUCAGAAUGAUUAGAGGGACAAUAGAGUGCUGAGUACCAGGCAGUUAGCAAGUUCAUGACUCGUGACCGCCGGUGUGGCGGUAAUACGGUCACCGCAACUUGAACACAUUUUCCGGAUGGCUGUCCUUCCAGUGCAGGUGUGAUGAGAUGGCUAUUAUAAAUGGCUAACAUGGUGAAGUGACUGAACAGACUGAGAAAUAAUAAUUGUUGUGAAUCUGAUCUACAGUGAAUACAACACUUAGCCAGCUGCACACAAAGACCAGGCACUGCAUCACUGCAUGUCUCAAAUGGCACCCUAAUCCCUAUAUAGACAGUGAACUACUUUUGACGGGCCUUGGUCAAAAGUAGUGCACUAUAUAGGGAAUACGGUGCCAUUUCAUCACAGUGGAAGAGAGGAGAAGAGCCAGGAAGCAUUGCACUUCCUGUAUAUAUUACAGCAUUAUGGAUGCUAACCAAUUAGAAUGGAGCUAGUGGUGGGAUGAGAUGACUGUUACAGUAUAUGGGCACUGGGCAGCAUCUUACAUUAAAUAGUGAUGUGAUGGAAAUACUGUACGCAUAAUGAAGACAAGGCAAUUUGCUGCUGCUGUUGCUCUGUGUGGCUUUUAAAGGAGCACCCCCACCCCACCCUUUUCCUGGACCUAGAGAGAGAGAGUGUUGACAGGUUAAUUAAACCAGAGGUAUGUUGUUGUGAUGUUGAUGGAACCAGGCAGUAACAUCUAAGCUAGAGAUAAUAAGGUUUAGCUGCAGUCAGUCGGAGUAAAUCAUUUGUUUUGUCUUCCAGGCCCUGGAUGACUAAGGGGGAGGCUGGGCUCAGGAGAACCAGGAACCUGCUCCCCUGAGUGGGAGAGUCCCUAGAGUAUACUGCCUUACCCUGGAGGAAGAGGGCAUGGCGAGGAGAACUCUCCUCCAUCUAGUCCCACAGAGCCUAAUAACCUCAGAGCACGCACGCAUACUCUCCUAGUGUCAAGAUCCCCCCUUGCGGCUCAAGUUGCUCAUCAAAAACAAAUGGUCUCAGCACUUUAUUUCCUAAUUAAAUCAACACAGAUAAUGUUUCAGAGAAAAGAGGAUAAACAAAAACAAAGUAGCAGUCAGUAGUGAGUUCAGUCCUCCCUUCAGGGAACAGGACACCAGAGAGUAUAGCUAGGUCAUUGGUGGACAAAUCUGAAAAUAACAGGAAUAUAAUUGUCGGAACAAUAAUGAUUUUAUAUUCUGCCAGACAGGAUGUGAUUGUGAUAGUCCAGCCAAUUGGAAUCAUGUUGUACACAAAAGUACUAUACAAUGAUGUCUCAGCUUUACGCAAGCACACACACACACACACACACACACUUCACCCCCUAUCCCCCCCAGUGAUGAAUGUCCUCCGGGGGCAGUAGGGGAUGCGGGCACGGGCAUUCUUCCAUUCUGUGUCACCUGGCUUUACUGAGAUUGUCAAAUCUAUGACUGGCAAGGUUCCCUUCUCACUAAUGGGUUGACCCCUGCCUGGCAAUGACAUAUUUUAUGGUUAGGACAGGAAGGAACAGCACAACUCAAGUAGAGGGAGAGUGGGGGGGGGGGGGGGGGGGGGGGGGGGGGGGGAGGGGCAGCAAGACUCAAAGAGAGAAGGGAGAGAGAGGGAGAAGAGAGAGGGAGCGAGAGCGAGAAGAGAGAGGGAGAGAGCGAGAGAGAGGGUGCGAGAGAGAGAGGGAGAGAGAGCCGGGGAGGAGAGUAUAGAGCUAAGUGUGUCUGGCUCGUGUCCAAGGUGAAGAGACAUGGAGGUUGUCAAAUCAGGGUGGAGAGCUUGAUAAUCAGGGUGGAGAGAGUGAGUGUUGACAAUACAGUAGGAGGGGAAAUAAUUGUAGGGUUAUUUAGUGAGGCGUUUUAGACUAGCAUGCUCUUUUUUAUCACUUCCAACAAAUAGCUACACAAGUUAUGUUCCCAAACAAAACUCUGUUGUAUCUUCUUAUCAAACCAUUAUGGGUACAACUGUAUUUAGUGAGAUGGUUUAACUAACCACGGUUUCGUCUUUUCAUCGAUUCAGAAAAUAACAUGUCCGUUAUGAUGCCUUGAUUCCUGUUUGUAUGAUUUGUGUUCCUGUUUAAAAACUUACUAUAACAUAAAAAAAAAGGGGUUGUUAUGGGACAUUGGCUGCGUUCCGAUUCUCUACCCUUCUCCUGAAGUGUGUACUUAUACACUCCCCCUCAUGGAUUUAAAAGGAAUGGACUGGUGUGCGGAAUAUGGUGGAAGCUCCUUCCAGCUAUGCUUGCACCAAUCCAAUGUAUGAUUGGGAGUGAAAGAGCGCACACCUUGAGAAGGGUAGAGAGUCUGAACAAAGCCAGGGUGUCCAUGUGAAGGGACCAUCUGGAAGUUAGGUGUCAGGACAGGAGGACCAAUAGGAAUGCAUCAAAUGACUAUGAGGAGGCAGAGGAUAAUGGUUUAAAAGAAUUACUCUGCAAAGUCAUUGGUGAAGGGACACCUUAGCCAAAAGGCCUUGUCCUCAUAUGGCACCUGACCGCAGUCAGACCUCUGAAGCCCAGAUGGGUCACACACAGGUGUUCCAUCCCAAUACAAACUGUCUUAACCUCGUACAAUUACAUCAGCCAAAGCAGCACACAUGUACCACCAAAACAUAGCCCAUGGUAAAAAAAAAAAGUCUGGACACUGCAUUAUGAAUUAACCAUAUUAUAUAUAUGGUAUUUACCCCUUUGUUCGCACAGUUUUCCCAUUUUGUCAAGACUAGAUAAAUGUUGCCCCAAGAGGAGAUAAAAUAUAACAAAACGUCCGCCCGCCUCUUGGUUUGGUAAAAGGCUGAGGGAUGGGGCUGGAGAUCUACUCUCAUAUUCAUAGACAGACCUAUGGAUGUAAAGACUGCCCAUCCAUGAAAUGAAAAUGAUAGUUUCACCAUGUUUGAAUGGUUCUGAUUGGUUAAGAAAGUUGAACUAAUCUCAUGUGGCAUAAGUUAUAUUCUUCAAGAAUCAAUGGCUAUAUUUCAGAAAAGUCCCAAAAAUGAUGUAUUAAAUCGCAGACUGUAGCUUUAAAAGUUGCUACGACCAAAUGCUUCCAGGGUCUAAGGCAACAAAAUUGUGAAAACUGCAAAUCCACCUACAUUCAUAGAUUAUCAAAUUGUAAAACUGUUUUUGUAAAACUUAGCAUGCACGCACGUACAUCUUGGUUCAGGAAAAUACACAGGCGUCUGAUUCUCGCCAUUGCUUGUUAGUCAAGAACCAAAUAGCAGUACUGGUACCUUGACAUCACUGAACACACACAGCUACAACAUUUCCACCCAGUCAGCAGAUAAGGUCUAUUGCACUUGUUAACUCCAUAAAAGCCGUAAUGUUGAUCAUGUUAUUUUGGGCUCAUCACAGGCAUAAGAGAGUCAGAAUCGAGCAGAAAAGCCAUCAGACAGAAAACGAGACAACACAAAUCAAUGUGAAACAACUCUCUCCACCCGGUAGAAUGAAGGUAGUGUUGCUCCUGGCUCUACUGGCUCCUGUGGCCGUCCACUCUCAGUAAACCCUGCCUUUAGACUGUGCUGACAUCUACAACCAUGACAACACCCAACCCAGCAGCAUCUACCCCAUUGGCCCAACGUCCGGCGUGCAGGUGUACUGUGACAUGGCCACUGACGGCAGGAUGGACGGCACAGGCGAUGGGAUCACUACAAGAGAGGGUUUGACAACGCAGAUGGAGAGUAUUGGCUGGGGCUGGAGAACAUCUUCCAUCUCACCCUGAGGAGGAAUUAUGAGCCGAGGUUGGACAUGGAGGACUUUGAGGGAAACAGAGCGUUCGCCAAGUACUUCUCCUCUGUGGGUCCAGGAUCCGACGGCUACACACUGCAUUGGAUUCACCAACGGGGAAGCAGGUGACUCGAUGUCCUAUCGCAGGGGUCAAAAGUUGACAGAGAUCAAGAUAAGACUAGUGAUUUUAAACUGUGCUAGAGUUAAUGGGGGCAUUCUGGUAUAAUAUUUGUGCUCUGACAAGCCCUAAUGGGGAGUUGAUGAUUACUUCCUUCCAGUUGGUGUUAACUGGCGUUGCUGGAAAGAUGACUACUCUCUUAAAUCUAUUAGUAUGAAAAUCAGACCUGCUGUCUCUCUGUCCACUCUAGAGGAGUAGUGUGACAGUGUCUUAUAAUAUAAUAUAAUAUAAUAUGCCAUUUAGCAGACGCUUUUCUCCAAAGCGACUUACAGUCAUGUGUGCAUACAUUUUUACGUAUGGGUGGUCCCGGGGAUCGAACCCACUACCCUGGUGUUACAAGCGCAUUGCUCUACCAAUUGAGCUACAGCUAGUCUUACAGCUGUUGGUGACCUAAAGCCUCAUUUAUACCCUUUGAAAGUACGCAAUGCAAGACCACAAUUAGCUACACUGUGGAGCGUUAAAGCUUGAGUGAAGAUCAGAAUCAAAUGAGCUUGGAAACUAUUUAGGACUAACUAUUUGGCUAGAGACAAAGACAUAUAGGAUGUAAGCCAUAUACAGGUGACAAAAUCAAUAUAGUGUCUUAAUAGGGCGUUGGGCCACCACGAGCCACUUCAAUGGAUAGAUUGCAUAGAUUCUACAAGUGUCUGGAACUCUAUUGAAAGGAUGCAAAAAAAGUACUUUUUUUUUUUUUUUUUUAAUCACAAAAUGAGUCAAAAAAAUUAAAUACGAAAUCGGGAAAAACCACCUGACACAGCUGUUAUGGGAGGUUGGGUGAAUGAAUAAAAGGCAAGGUGGCAGAUGAAGGGAUGAAGGAGGAGGAAAGAAAGGAGGACUGGUAAAAGUCUGGGCUUCACAGUCAGUCUGCUAUGGUGCUCAGCUAGUAAAUCAUUAGGUGCGGGGGGGGGGGGCGGAGGACGACAACUGUUGAGAGCUGCGGCUGGAGCUGAUUCAUGGCAUUUUUAUAAGCGCCAAUGAGACGGGGGACGGAUUUAUGUGUUGCGCACUCGCUCUCAGGCUAUAUGGUUCAGUUGUAGAGAGGGGGUUGAGGGGAGCUAGGACAAGAUAGGGAUUGGUGUAUCCUCGCGCCGAGCACAGCUACGACUAGGGUGUUCUCCAUUCUGACUCUUAGCUCAGUGCUGUGCUCAAAAAAAUCUGCCAUCAGAACAUUUACAUUUACAUUUUAGUCAUUUAGCAGACGCUCUUAUCCAGAGCGACUUACAGUUAAGUGAGUGCAUACAUUUUCAUACUGGCCCCAUGUGGGAAUCGAACCCACAACCCUGGCGUUGCAAACGCCAUGCUCUACCAACUGAGCUACAUCCCUGCCGGCCAUGCCCGCCCCUACCCUGGACGACGCUGGCUAAUUGUGCCCCGCCCCAUGGGUCUCCCGGUCGCGGCCGGCUACGACAGAACAAAGCUAAUUCCCUGUGGUAUUGUGAUUUAUACUCUAGAAACCUCAAUUUUUCUAGGAGCAAAACCUCACAGCCAGUGCAGAGAUCAAUGACUCAGUGAAGAACUAACAUACAGUAACAACUGCAUUGUGGAAGGCAUCCACACUACUGCAUACUGUCACACACUGUCCACAAUGCCUCCUAAAUCAGAAAGAAACUAGUGGGUUUAACCUGCGUAACUUUUCAGAUAGAAACUUCUGUACUGUCUUCAUAACUUUUCUGAGACAAUGGGGGUGAGUGAGCGGAUCGAUGCCAGAUUAGAAAAUCAAAUAGCUAAUUAAAACAGGCAUGGCUCCAAGGCUCAGUGGAGCUGUCAAUCAUCCAGUGAGGAAAAUUGACCCUGUUAUGUGAUCAAUCAAAUUGGACCUCAUGUGAUUCAUCAACCAUGAUCAAUCAGCCUCAGCUCUGCUAUGAGUAUGUCCGUUUCAUUGAUGGACCAAAUAAGACAUAUUGGAGAAAGAUACUUUUUAAACAAAAAUAAAAACCUAACACACACACACACACUUUGUCUUGCUACAGCUUCUCAUUGGGACUGGGACUGUGUGUGUGAGAGAUUUAUGUCCAUGCUAUUGAGAACUGACACAAACAGAUGGAGGGAGGGAGAAGGGGAGGGGGAGAAGGGAGAAAUGGUGUGUGAGAGAGUACUGGUACGAGAGGGGUGAUGGGGAGACUGCAUGAGAGCGAAAAAGAGGUAGAGGAAAUAGCGUGAGUGUGAAAAAGACUGAGUGUACAAAAAAAAAGGAAAACUUCCUAAUAUUGAGUUGCACCCCCUUUUGCCCUUGGAACAGCCUCAAUUUGUCGGGUCAUGGACUCUACAAGGUGUCGAAAGCGUUCCACAGGGAUGCUGGCCCAUGUUGACUCCAAUGCUUCCCACAGUUUUGUCAAGUUGGCUUGAUGUCAUUUGGGUGGUGGACCAUUCCUGAUACACAAGGGAAACUGUUGUGUGAAAAACCAAGCAGCGUUGCAUUUCUUGUCACAAACCGGAGCGCCUGGCACCUACUACCAUACCCCAUUCAAAGGCACUUAAAUAAUUUGUCUUGCCCAUUCACCCACUGAAUGGCACACAUACACAUUCCAUGUCUCGUCUCAAGGCUUAAAAAUCCUUCUUUAACCUGUCUCCUCCCCUUCAUCUACACUGAUUGAAGUGGACUUAACAAGUGACAUCAAUAAGAGAUCAUAGCUUUCACCUGGAUUCACCUGGUCAGUCUGUCAUGGAAAGAGCAGGUGUCCUUAAUGUUUUGUACAUUCAGUGUACAUGUACAGGACUCUAGGUUGUUCACUUUUCAUGCCAAUAAAGCUUCUUGAAUUGAAAGAGUGCAUGAGAGAGCACUUUCUCACUCAUUCCACCACUGCGGCCCACCUCCCACUAAUGAGGAAGAACAGAACUAUGUGAAACCACAGUAGCACUUAUUGGUCUCUCUGCUUCUGGGUGUCAUAAAGGUACAAGGCACAAAGACAAGCCAUCACACCACUGAGCCAGUACCCACUGAGCCAGUACCCACUGAGCCAGUACCCACUGAGCCAGUACCCACUGAGCCAGUACCCACUGAGCCAGUACCCACUGAGCAGGGAUGAAAAGUGGUGUUCUAUAAAUUGAGGCAACAUCAAGGAUGCAAUAUUUUUGCCUUGCCUAGGUCAUAUCCGUAGCCUCUCCACUUAGUUAUGAGGUUUGAGGUUAAAAUAAAUCACACAAGCAUGUGUAUAUACAGUGCAUUCGGAAAGUAUUCAGACCCCUUCCUUGACUUUUUCCACAUUUUGUUAAGUUACAGCCUUAUUCUAAAAUUGAUUAAAUUGUUUUUUUUCUACACACAAUACCCCAUAAUGACAAAGCAAAAACAGGUUUUUAGAUUUUCUUGCAAAAAAUACAAACAAUAAACUCAGUACUUUGUUGAAGCACCUUUGGCAGUGAUUACAGCCUCAAGUCUUCUUGGGUAUGACGCUACAAGCUUGGCACACCUGUAUUUGGGGAGUUUCUCCAUUCUUCUCUGCAGUUACUCUCAAGCUCUGUCAGGUUGGAUGGGGAGCGUCGCUGCAAAGCUAUUUUCAGUUCUCUCCAGAGAUGUUCGAUCGGGUUCAAGUCCGAGCUCUGGCUGGGCCACUCAAGGACAUUCAGAGACUUGUCCCGAAGCCACUCCUGCAUUGUCUUGGCUGUGUGCUUAGGGUCGUUGUCCUGUUGGAAGUUGAACCUUCACCCUAGUCUGAGGUCCUGAGCGCUGUAGAGAAGGUUCCCAUCAGGGAUCUCUCUGUACUUUGCUCCGUUCAUCUUUCCCUCAAUCCUGACUAGUCUCCCAGUCCCUGCCACUGAAAAACAUCCCCACAGCAUGAUGCUGCCACCAACAUGGAUGGUAUUGGCCAGGUGAGGAGCGGUGCCACCUGGUUUCCUCUAGACGUGACGCUUGGCAUUCAGGCCAAAGAGUUCAAUCUUGGUUUCAUCAGUCCUUCAGGUGCCUUUUGGCAAACACGAAGCGGGCUGUCAUGUACCUUUUACUGAGGAGUGGAUUCUGUCUGUCCACUCUAUCAUAAAGGCCUGAUUGGUGGAGUGCUGCAGAGAUGGGAGAACCUUCCAGAAGGACAACCAUCUCCACAGAGGAACUCUGGAGCUCUGUCAGAGUGACCAUCGGGUUCUUGGUCACCUCCCUGACCAAGGCCCUUCUCCCCCGAUUGCUCAGUUUGGCCAGGCAGCCAGCUCUAGGAAGAGUCUUGGUGGUUCCAAACUUCUUCCAUUUAAGAAUGAUGGAGGUCACUGUGUUCUUGGGAACCUUCAUUGCUGCAGACAUGACACCCAGAAGCAGCGAGACCCAUAAGUGCUACUGUGGUACACUACCCCAGAUCUGUGCCUUGACCCAAUCCUGUCUCAGAGCUCUACGGACAAUUCCUUCAACCUCAUGGCAUGUUUUUUGCUCUGACAUGCACUGUCAACUGUGGGACCUUAUAUAGACAGGUGUGUAGAAACAUCAAGGAUGAUCAAUGGAAACAGGAUGGACCGGAGCGCAAUUUCGAAUCUCAUAGCAAAGGGUCUGAAUACUUAUGUAAAUAAGGUAACUGUUUAUUUUAAAUAACAUUUGCUAACAUUUCUAAAAACCUGUUUUCACUUUGUCAUUAUGGGGUAUUGUGGGGUAGAUUGGUGAGGCCAUUUUUGUAUUUAAUCAAUUUUAGAAUAAGGCUAUAACGUAAGAACAUUUAAAAAAUUGAAGGGGUCUAAAUACUGUACGCGUUUGUCUGUGCGUCACAUACAGUCACAAAGAAACUCAUGCAUGCCAAAAGAUUAAUCCAAUCACGACACCAACAUGAUUCUCCAAAGUUUUGCUGUCUGUCUGGUGUGUCGUGACAGUAGAGGAAUCCAAGGUCGUGUUGAUUCUCCUCUAUACAACUGAGUGGAUUACUAAAAGGGCCUGUGGAUCUGCUGUUGUUUAGUAAUUUUAUCUCUACAGCCACAGAUAAUGCCUCUAGACUCCUGUUCUACAGAACUAUCCCUGAAAAAAUGUGAGCCUUAUGUAGAGAAACAUAUGGCUCUGUCCAUAUGGCUCUGUCCAUAUGUUUUCUGCUACACAAGGACAAAGACGGACUGACACGACGACAGACAAUGCACACAUCCUUUUCCAUCUGGCAAAGAAAUUAACACAUUCAUGCUGCAUCAUCACAUGUAGUAAGAGUACUAACAAAUAUAAUGUUACCAGUUAUAUUAUAAGCCAAAAGCUUCAGCAAAAACAAGUGCUCUGCUAUGAAAGGCAAGCCUGGUUAACAUCAAUAUCAACAUUAUACCUGGAGUGACAUUGUGGAGGUGUACGUGCAGAUCUUGCAAAGGCCAUCAUGCAAACACAUACACAGGUGUGUAUGCAUGCACAAACAUCAGCAAAAACAUACAAGGACACCUUGCCCCUCUCCCCCACAAACACCUAACACAUUUAAAACAGUCACACCCAUGUACAAUCUCACCCAUAAGCACAAGGAAAGCACCUAUGCUGUGCAAUAAAAUGCAUUUUGAAUUGGAUUUAAGGAAUUAUAAAAUGCAUUAUGAAGAGAGUAUCCACACUUAAAACAUGUUUAAUUCUGAACAUCAUGACAUAGUGGCAGGUAGUUACUCAGCACAGACUGGGUAUGGGGGGGGACGAUGACGCUAUUGCUAACUCCAGUACCUCCAGUACAGGGUGGGACUGGCUCUGUCUCUACCCGCUCCCGAGCUGUUCCUGGGCAGAGAGGAGGCGCAGCUGCGACUCCCUCUCUGGUUCCCCAGGGCUCUCCCCACUCAUGCUGAUUACAUUAACAUAUCUAGAGCUAACAUAAAAUGCACAAGGCCAGCCACAGGAAGUGCAGUGGUCGGAGAGAGUGAGAGAGAGAGAGGGAUGAGGCAAUAUAAAUGGAACGAGAGCGCCAGUGGGAGACAGAGUGUAUGAGCUUGCUUGCGUGUGUGUGUGUGAAAACACACAGAGAUAUAGUGGGUGAGGGAGAGGGGGAGCAGACAGAAGAGAGAGUGUGGAGGGAGAUACAGAAAGAGUUAGAAGCGGGAGGGGAAAAUGGAGCGAGAGAGGGAGAAAGAGCAUGGAGGUAAAUUCACAGAAAGAGAAUAGAUAAACAUAAUGAGAGAUGGGAUAGGUUAACAGAGAGAGAGGAAGAGAGAUUGAGAGAGAACUAGGGCUGUUACAGUGACCGUAUUACCACCGGUCACGAGUCAUGAUGGCAGUAAAAUUCCACUUGACCGGUUAGUCACGGUAAUUAGGCUUCUCCAAGCUCUGAUGCUGUUGAUGGUCAUUAGUAGCAAAUGUGAAUCUGAAAUCUAAUCAAACACUUCAUGACAGCCCAUGAGCUCAUGUUGCGCAACAUUUCUAUAGGCUAUGCAAUUGCGUGAGAAAAUUGAGUUUUGAUGGACUCUUCAAAAGAGGAUCCCAUCAGCUUUCUAUAGGCUAGGCCUACUAUUUAUCAACUUUCCUAAUAUUAAGCACAUUGCUUCGCUUUACAACAGGAGUAUAGCCUACCUAUCUUGCAUGAAAAUGUGACUUGUUUCAGGAAACUAGGCAUAUGUCGCCCGUCACUACUUCACAGGAGCGGCAUUUGAAUGUAAACCUUUUUUUAUUUUUAUGAAAAUGUGUUUUUGGACAGAAAUUCCUUCUGGAACAUGUGAACUUUCAUGUGCCUUCAUAACAAACUUGUAUUCCAUCCAUAAAUACAAAUACAAUUGAUAAAUUACGAGCCUAGUUGGUUUAGCCACGGAAAAAGACAGGAACCUUCCCGCUUGCCAUGAUUGGCUGUGAUAAUGGAUGGGCUGGACAUGCCGAGAGAUGAGUUUGGAUUGGUCUGCCAUGUAGCAUGCGUUUGUCUAUAACGUGAGCUGUUCAGUAUGUGUUGACAGUCCUUUCUACCGUGCCGUUUUUGAAAGAUAUAACGUUUGCCAUCCAGAACUACAAAAGUUUAGCUACUUUUCUCAACAACAUUGAUGCCCUGAAUUUAGCAUGCGCUAUCGACAGAUCAGUUGGAAAAAGUGAUGGGCUACUUUCUGCACACGCCACGGUCAGUAUGAAUCGGAUUGACUUGACAACACUGGCCAAACAAGACGUAGCUACAAACAAAACGGAGUUAAAUGGUUCCAGUCUGCCGUGAAGCGUUCAUCCAUGUAUACGGGUAAGAGUCUAGCAACAUUCUCAGAUAAAAGUUUCUAAUUUAGUCAGAAAGUCGUUUUUAUUGCUAGUUAAAGCAUACUGUUAGCUAGCAAACGUUAGCUUGCUGGCUCGCUAGCUAACGUUACGUGUAUGAUCUGUGUAGUAAUAUUCGAAAUCAGAAAUCCAUUUGCACUGCUAGCUAUAGCCUAAUGUUAGCUAGCUAACAUUGAAUCUAUUUUGUUAGCUUUAGCUACCUGCAGAUUCAUACUGUAGCUUUAACAAUGUUUGUAUUGGUAGUAGUAGGAGUUGGGAUUAUGCCGGUUCAUUAUUUAGCUACCUAGCUAGCUACAUGUCUAAACAAAAGACUCCACUUCGGCCAGAGAUGGACCCGAUCACGUGACGGGCAUUGGCUACAUCUGAGCGAGUAAUGUAUGACAAUGUAUGCACUCACUAACUAAGUCGCUCUGGAUAAGCGCGUCGGCUAAAUGACUAAAAUGUAAUGUGAGUGAGAGGUGCUUCGGAGCAAGGCAGCCGGGAGAAGGGAAUUAUCAAAAUUCGAGACCUGGUGAGAAUAUUAUCAAGGCCUUGUCAAAUUGUGAAUGAGAGACUGAUGAAGUGUGUGCAGCUUGCGACUUGUUUCAAAUCAUCCCAUCAUGUAGCCUUAGAAUGUAUUAAAAAUCAAAUAUAUAGCCCAACGUUUGUAUCACAACUAAAGUUGAAUAAAUAACUCUAAAUUAAGCAUAUAGGAGGACCAGUUUCUUUGUUAACCACUCAACACAGAAUCGCUGCAUGUGCGCACUUCCUUUGAAAUCGUUUGGAGAAAAUAAUAUUUCUGUUUUAUUAAGCUAUGUUCAAUUGUAUUCUUCAUACUAUAAAAUAAUAAAGAAUUCUAAGCAAAUCUUGUCUGCUAAAUGAACUAGUGUAACCCACAGCCAUAUGGCAUGGCCAUAUCAGGGCCUAACAUAAGGACAACUCAGAGUAUGCUAUUCUGUUAUUCUGAAUAAACUACAUUUUCUUCAUAUCAUGUUUCUUUAGACAUGACCGCCACAGCCCUAGAGAGGACUAGUAGUCCAGAGAAACAUCUAAGCCAUAUGUCUGUUUAGGCCGGAGUCGAUACGGCAGACAUUCAAUCACCAGUGAGAGAGAGAGAAUCAAUUACAGAAAGAUAACAAAAUAACGAGAGAGAGGGAGAGAGAAGUUAAUCUCUCAUUGCUAGUCUCCACUUUCAUUGAAAAACGGAGUGCUGAGUCAUUGGCCUGCAGGCCCCCAGCCAUCUUUGUUUCUUCUGUCCACGAGAGACUACAGAUUUACAGCCCUGAAAAGGUAUUUCCCAAUAGAAAAGAAAGGACUGGAUCCCUUGCCUCUUUCCUGUCUCGAACAGCACAUAAAUAAUAGGAACAUGUUUUGCCUUUAAGCAGUACAGGAUUCUGCUGGAGGCUAGACUGAAAUGGCCAGGGAUGGAUGAUUACCUGGCUGGAAACAGAGAAUGAGCGAACAGCAGUGAAAGAAAGCAGGAAAGGAGUAGAGGGAGGGAGAACAGAGUGAGAAAGCGAAAAAUCUGUAAGGGAGCUGCAAUCAGAACAGCCCCAACCAACAUCAGUUCCAGUCACUCUGGACUGAUUGGUGCUGCUGCCUGCUCCUCCCUUCUUCCUCACAUUUAAUCAGGACCAGACAGACAGAGAGGAGAGACAGAGCGCGAGAGAGCGAGCGAAGGGCAAGGAAGAGGCUAUGUAAUGGAAAGAGCGCACGAGUGGGAGACAGUAUGAGCGUGUGUGUGUGUGUGUGUGUGUCUGCGUGUCAGCGUCUGCGUGCAUGCAAGAGACAGAAAGACAUGAGCCUAAACACUACUGCACAACACACUUCAAGGCCCCAGCCAUACCUGAUAAGACAAGUGUUCUCUUUGGGGACAACAAACAGACUAUCCCUCUCUCCCUCCCAUCCUACUCCUACUCUCUGAGAGAGGGGGAACCAGGGAGUAGCGGAGGCCAAAACACGUCACAGGAGUUCCCCUAGCCAUUUUGGUUCCUAGUGAAAAGUCUACUCUCCAACUUCACACAGCCAGUCACCUUCCAUCCAGAUCUGAUUACAACGUGGAUCUGUUUUAAUAGAUAUUACAUGUAAUGUACACUGAUUUUAACAUAGGUUGUAACAUACACAACUUAGAUAUAGGCCUACAGUGUUUUCAGAUCCCCUUUCAAUCAAUGAGUAUCCACAUCUAAAACUAGGCUUCUUCACCAUUCACAAAUACUAUGGCUUCAGAUGGGACAGUGGAUAAUGAUGUUUAUAAUAUCGCACAGUGACACCAGACUGCACCAAGCAGGGGUCCCAGGAAGUAUUUAAUGUUCUGUGUGGUUUUAUAUGGUGCCCAUUCAUUUAGUCUGUUCCUCAAUGAAACAUUGUUUGUCCUUUUGAACAGUAUCUGCCUACAGGUCAACAAGAAAAUAUAGAAAUUGGAGUUAGUAAUGAAUAAAUAAAGAAAUAACUCCUGUAGGGACAGUGCUCUUCAAAAUGCUUCUCAAAAUGCUGCCUCUGCAUUUCUGGCCUGGGCAUGGGGAUUCUGUGUGUAUCCUGACAGCCUAUCAUACUCAUCUGCCAAGGUAAGGUUUACCUCCUGUAGAGUAGUGUACUUAGGGCAAGGUGUUUUUCCUGACCAUGGAAAAUUGGGCACGCACGCACACCCUACCUCCCUUCAAAAAAUGUCCAGUGCUCUACGCAGCAGAGCUGAAAACCUUGAUAGAGGCCGAAGGAAGAAAUGCUAUCCAUUUGUUUGUCUAUAAACCUCUUUAGGCCAUUACCACAGCAGCUAGUAACACAUUUCAUCCCUUCUUUUCACCAUCCCCCUUUCCUUCCCUCUCUUUAAUACAAUAGCUCUAAGGUAACAGAAUCAUGCCCACUAAGCUACAGCUCUCUCUCUUCUCCUCCUUAUCAGUCAUUGGUGCAGUAGAGGAAAGUACUCUCUGGUAUCUCCUGUGGUUAACAUUGUAUUAUCCCUAAAUCACUACAUCAUAAUAUCAUAUGCUGCUCCCAGCUUGUCGUGUGGUUGUGUGGUGAGGCUGGGUACCGGUACUGCGACAGCAAAUAUGACAACAUUUUCCAAGAUUGUAUUGUACAGUGCAUUCAGAAAGUAUUCAGACCCCUUGACUUUUUCCACUUUGUUACGUUACAGCCUUACUCUAAAAUGGAUUACAUACCAUUUUUUCCUCAUCAACCUACACCCAUAAUGACAAAGUGAAAACGGCUUAGAAAUGUUUGCUAAUGUAUUAAAAAUUAAAAGCUGAAAUACCUUAUUUAGAUAAGUAUUCAGACCCUUUGCUAUGGGCCUUGAAAUUGAGCUCUGGUGCAUCCUGUUUCCAUUGAUCAUCCUUGAGAUGUUUCUACAACUUGAUUGGAGUCCACCUAUUGUAAUUUUAAUUGAUUGGACAUGAUUUGGAAAGGCACACACCCACCUGUCUAUAUAAGGUCCCAAAGUUGACAGUGCAUGUCAGAGCAAAAACCAAGCCAUGAGGUCGAAGGAAUUGUCCGUCGAGCUCCGAGACAGGAUUGUGUCAAGGCACAGAUCUAGGGAAGGGUACCAAAAAAUUUCUGCAGCAUUGAAGGUCCCUAAGAACACAGUGGCCUCCAUCAUUCUUAAAUGGAAAAAGUUUGGAACCACCAAAACUCUUCCUAGAGCUGGCCGCCCGGACAAACUGAGCAAUCGGGGGAGAACGGCCUUGGUCAGGGAGGUGACCAAGAACCCGACGGUCACUCUGAAAGAGUUCCAGAGUUCCUCUGUGGAGAUGGGAGAACCAUCUCUGCAGCACUCCACCAAAUCAGGCCUUUAUGGUAGAGGGGGCCAGACGGAUGCCAGUCCUCAGUAAAAGGCACAUGACAGCCUGCUUGGAGUUUGCCAAAAGGCACCUAAAGGACUCUCAGACGUUGAGAAAUAGGAUUCUCUGGUCUGAUGAAACCAAGAUUGAACUCUUUGGCCUGAAUGCCAAGAGUCACGUCUGGAGGAAUCCAUGCACCAUCCCUAUGGUGAAGCAUGGUGGUGGCAGCAUCAUCAUGCUGUGGGGAUGUUUUUCAGCGGCAGGGAAUGGGAGACUAUUCAGGAUCGAGGGAAAGAUGAACGGAGCAAAGUACAGAGGGAUCCUUGAUGAAAACCUGCUCCAGGGUACUAAGGACCUAGACUGUGGCGAAGGUUCAACUUCCAACAGGACAACGACCCUAAGCACACAGCCAAGACAACGCAGGAGUGGCUUCGGGACAAGUCUUAAUGUCCUUGAGUGGCCCAGCCAGAGCCCGGACUUGAACCCGAUCGAACAUCUCUGGAGAGACCUGAAAAUAGCUGUGCAGCGACGCUCCCCAUACAACCUGACAGAGCUUGAGAGGAUCUGCAGAGAAGAAUAGGAGAAACUCCCCAAAUACAGGUGUGCCAAGCUUGUAGCGUCAUGGCCAAGAAGACUUGAGGCUGUAAUCGCUGCCAAAGGUGCUUCAACAAAGUACUGAAUAAAGGGUCUGAAUACUUAUGUAAAUGUGAGAUAUAUAUAUAUAUAUAUAUAUAUACACACACACUACCGUUCAAAAGUUUGGGGUCACUUAGAAAUGUCCUUGUUUUCGAAAGAAAAGCAAUUUUUUGUCCAUUAAAAUAACAUAAAAUUGAUCAGAAAUACAGUGUAGACAUUGUUAAUGUUGUAAAUGGCUAUUGUAGCUGGAAAUGGCUGACUUUUAAUGGAUUAUCUACAUUAUAAGCAUAAUAGCCCAUUAUCAGCAACCAUCAGUCCUGUGUUCCAAUGGCACGUUGUGUUUGCUAAUCCAAGUUUAUCAUUUUAAAAGGCUAUUUGAGCAUUAGAAAACCCUUUUGCAAUUAUGUUAGCACAGCUGAAAACUGUUCUGCUGAUUAAAGAAGCAAUAAAACUGGCCUUCUUGAGACUAGUUGAGUGUCUGGAGCAUCAGCAAUUGUGGGUUCGAUUACAGCCUCAAAAUGGCCAGAAUCAAUUAACUUUCUUCUGAAACUGAGUCUAUUCUUGUUCUGAGAAAUGAAGGAUAUUCCAUGCGAGAAAUUGCCAAGAAAUUGAAGAUCUCGUACAACGCUGUGUACUACUAGAACAGCGCAAACUGUCUCUAACCAGAAUAAAAAGAGGAGUGGGAGGCCCCAGUGCACAACUGAGCAAGAGGACAAAUACAUUAGAGUGUCUAGUUUGAGAAACAGAUGCCUCACAGGUCCUCAACUGGCAGCUUCAUUAAAUAGUACCCACAAAACACCCGUCUCAAUGUCAACAGUGAAGAGGCGACUCUGGGAUGCUGGAGUUGCAAAGAAAAAGUUGCCAAGAAAAAGCCAUAUCUCAGACUGGCCAAUAAAAAUAAAAGAUUAAGAUGGGCAGUCUGAGAUAUGGCUUUUUCUUUGCAACUCUGCCUAGAAGGUCAGAAUCCUGGAGUUGCCUCUUCAAUGUUGACGAUGAGUGUAAUGCUGGUGAUAUCAAUGCUGAGAAGUGGGCCCUACCGUCCGAGGCAACUGCUGAGACACAGUCACACUCACAAAAACCAUGGGUCUCCUUACACCACCUUUACUAUCAAAUUACACACAGAAAGAUACAGUACUUGAAUGAGCACAUUCAGUGCAGUGACUGCAAAAAUACCAUUCAGCCAUUUUGUGACAGAACAGUCACAUUUUCUUCUAAUGAAUGGAGGUUUGGGUGUAACUGGAGCAACUGCUAUUUGGGGCUUAUCCUGCAGUGUUUUAUUUUAUUUCACCUUUAUUUAACCAGGUAAGCCAGUUGAGAACAAGUUCUCAUUUACAACUGUGACCUGGCCAAGAUAAAGCAAAGCUGUGCGAUAAAAACACUGGGGUUAGUAGGAGAGAAGACCAAUCAGAGUUCUUUAUAGUUCUCCGUUACGCCUAAUUUGUCCCCUCAGUCAGAUGAAGGUUUGCAAGGUCUCCGUCCUGACACUCGCCAUGACCAAUCAGAGUUCUUUAUAGUUCUCCGUUACGCCUAAUUUGUCCCCUCAGUCAGAUGAAGGUUUGCAAGGCCUCCGUCCUGACACUUGCCAUGACCAAUCAGAGUUCUUUAUAGUUCUCAGUUAUGCCUAAUUUGUCCCCUCAGUCAGAUGAAGGUUUGCAAGGCCUCCGUCCUGACACAUGCAACUCUGUAGUUUGUGUGUGUGUGUGUGUGUGUGUGUGUGUGUGUGUGUGUGUGUGUCUGUGCACCACACUGAUAGCCAUUUACCCUCACACACAGGGUGUCUCCAACACCUCUGCGCACCAAAUGCCUACACAGAGGUAAACAAAGAAUUAACCCUUGAAUCCAAAUGCCCCAUGCCAGUCCAUUAAAGUUGAGAUAAAUUAUAAAAUGACAGUUCUAUUGCUGUGUUGCACUGUGUGGUGUUUACGGUCUGACCUUCUACAGUAUGUCCACACUGAAUGUGAGUAACCUUCCUGAACUCAAAUGUAUAGUUGUGCUAUAAAGACAUGACCGAGUGUGUGUGUGUGUGUGUGGUGGGGCUUGACUUUUAGGAGUUAUUGCCUUGCUAUUUUUAUGGGAGAAUAAUACAUGGCGUGAAGUGAAUUUGUUAUUUAUGAAUUAGUCUGAAUUAAUUCAUUUGCAUGCAAAGCCAAUUAGGCCUAAAUGACCCUUUACCUUAAAUCAAUUUUUCCCUCUUACAUUUCCUUUAAACAGAUCAUUAACUUAAGCAGCCAACUUGCUGUCUACGAAAAUAAACUAGCCAGAAAUGUCAGUGAAUCAAGAUGACACUCGCUGAUUUAAACACCAAAACAUCCUAACCCCGAACUCAACCUUUAAAAUGAAAAACCCAAACAGCUUCCAUCUGUCUUUUUGGGGGCAGAACUACUUAAGCAGUGCUUAGCAAGCAAACAGCAAGAGCAGGGAGAUCAUUUUAGAGUUAUUCAAAAUGGCUGACUUGGCCCGUCAACAUGCGUUAUCCCAGCACUGUGCUGCUCUGAAGACCGCUAUUGGCCUGGCUACAGCUCUGAGAACUGCUCUGGGUACAGCAGAGACACCGUACUUGGAAUUGCCAAAAGCAAAAUGCCAACUUGUUUAUAAGAACUUCAGAUAAAGCUGGAGAGAAUAAUUGUGAGAUGAUAGUAUGGGUACUCUGAGAAUACUGCAAGAUGAUUUUGCGAGGUAAUCUGGUCAUUUAGGGGCACAAAAAGGAGCAGUGUGUGUGUGUGUGUGUGUGUUCGUUCAGGAUCUUACUUUCUCAGGUGUUCAUGCUCCUUCAGAAACAGUUCUGUUCUUCUGUUGUUCACUCCUGAGCCACUCUUGUAUGUCCUGUUGGACAGAAAGAGAGAUAAUGGGUUUAAUUCAUAUAAUACUGUGCAUAUAAAUUAGUCAGACACACAAACAACUCAAGAUGACAUCACUGCUAUGACCAUCUGAAAUAUGUAUUACCAAAUCAUUGUGACCAUUUGAAACAAGGUUAGUCUAUGCCGCUACAGUCCAAGCAGACAGUCACAGUAUGGUAAAAGGACUAGUUAAUGUAUAAUAGGAGGACAGCCAUGCUGUGGAGGUGGUUUAAAAGAGCCAGCCUGGCCUGAAUGGAAAACACUGAGGAGGGUUUCUCCUGCUGUCAACAUCACCAUGUAGGCUAAUGGGCAGGGCAAUGCAGCUCCCCCUCCCUCCCUCCCUCCCUACCACCACUGCUGGGGGGAGAGCAAAAGAGAGAGCGAGUCAUUAGAGCGAAGAGUGUAAUUAGAGCGAAGUAGCAGUGUGGGAGAAGCACAAUGGAAAUGGGCGUGAAGAGAUAGUAAUGGAAUGGUCCACAUCUCAGUAACAACCUCAGUGGUCCUGCUGGUCAUUGCGCUAACACUAGCUAGCAUUGGCUCGCAAAACUACCUCUAACUUCCUUCAUACUGGACACAGAUGCCUAAAAAUGAUAUCCACUAGUACAUCUGACUCUUGGGAAAGUAGAUACCACUCAAAAUCCCAAAGUAUCCCUUUAAGAUGGCUGGAGCCAUGUGUGUGUGUGUGGUAUUGUUGUUAACAGACAGAGCCCUCAUCUCCUGACUACUUAAGCAGCCACAAACACCCAGUCAGGUCUAAUGCUGCAGAUGGGUCUACUGCCACCUGGUGGGCAACAGGGGAAUGUGUGCUGCAUUUCCAUUUACGCUUGUAUAACAAUGGUUUACAGUUACAAGAAAGACACCACUCAGGUUUUCUAGACCCUUUUAAAUUAUGAAGUUUGAGCUGAAAUGGUAAAACAUCACAAAAUAUCCAAAGAUGCUAUCAAAAUCCCAUCAGUUUUACAGGAUUGGCUUUCCCAAACCAUACUAUAUACAGUCCCAGUCCAAAGUUUGGACACAUACUCAUUCCAGGGUUUUUCUUUAUUUUUUACUAUUUUCUACAUUGUAGCAUAAUAGUAAAGACAUCAAAACUAUGAAAUAACACAUAUGGAAUCAUGUAGUAACCAAAAGUGUUAAACAAAUCAAAAUAUAUUUUAUAUUUGAGAUUCUUCAAAAUAGCCACCCUUUGCCAAAUAGCUUUGUACACUCUUGGCAUUCUCUCAACCAGCUUCAUGGGGUAGUCAGCUGGAAAUCAUUUCAAUUAACAGGUGUGCCUUGUUAAAAGUUAAUUUGUGGAAUUUCUUUCAUUCUUUAUGCGUUUGAGCCAAAUCAGUUGUGUUGUGACAAGGUAGGGGUGGUAUACAUACAGAAGAUAGCCCUAUUUGGUAAAAUACCAACUCCAUAUUACGACAGUCCAUCAUUACUUUAAGACAUGAAGGUCAGUCAAUCCGGAACAUUUCAGAAUUAAGGAAAAGCAGCCAACAAGUGCUCAGCAUAUGUGGGAACUCCAAGACUGUUGGAAAAGCAUUCCUCAUGAAGCUGGUUGAGAAUGCCAAGAGUGUGCAAAGCUGUGAACAAGGCAAAGGGUUGCUACUUUGAAGAAUCUCAAAUAUAUUUUGAUUUGUUUAACACUUGUUUGGUUACUACAUUAUUCCAUAUGUGUUAUUUCAUAGUUUUGAUGUCUUUACUAUUAUUCUACAAUGUAGAAAAUAGUAAAAAUUAAGUAAAACCCUGGAAUGAGUAGGUGUUUCCAAAUCUUUGACUGGUACUUUAAUACAGUGAGGGAAAAAAGUAUUUGAUCCCCUGCUGAUUUUGUACGUUUGCCCACUGACAAAGAAAUUAUCAGUCUAUAAUUUUAAAGGGUAGGUUUAUUUGAACAGUGAGACAGAAUAACAAAAAAAAAUCAGAAAAACGCAUGUCAAAAAUGUUUUGAAUUUAUUUGUAUUUUAAAUGAGGGAAAUAAGUAUUUGACCCCUCUGCAAAACAUGACUUAGUACUUGGUGGCAAAACCCUUGUUGGCAAUCACAGAGGUCAGACUUUUCUUGUAGUUGGCCAUCAGGUUUGCACACAUUUCAGGAGGGAUUUUGUUCCACUCCUCUUUGCAGAUCUUCUCCAAGUCAUUAAGAUUUCGAGGCUGACGUUUGGCAACUCGAACCUUCAGCUCCCUCCACAGAUUUUCUAUGGGAUUAAGGUCUGGAGACUGGCUAGGACACUCCAGGACCUUAAUGUGCUUCUUCUUAAGCCACUCCUUUGUUGCCUUGGCCGUGUGUUUUGGGUCAUUGUCAUGCUGGAAUACCCAUCCACGACCCAUUUUCAAUGCCCUGGCUGAGGGAAGGAAGUUCUCACCCAAGAUUUGAUGGUACAUGGCCCCGUCCAUCGUCCCUUUGAUGCGGUGAAGUUGUCCUGUCCCCUUAGCAGAAAAACACCCCCAAAGCAUAAUGUUUACACCUCCAUGUUUGACGGUGGGGAUGGUGUUCUUGGGGUCAUAGGCAGCAUUCCUCCUCCUCCAAACACGGCGAGUUGAGUUGAUGCCAAAGAGCUCGAUUUUGGUCUCAUCUGACCACAACACUUUCACCCAGUUCUCCUCUGAAUCAUUCAGAUGUUCAUUGGCAAACUUCAGACGGGCCUGUAUACGUGCUUUCUUGAGCAGGGGGACCUUGCGGGCGCUGCAGGAUUUCAGUCCUUCACGGCGUAGUGUGUUACCAAUUGUUUUCUUGGUGACUAUGGUCCCAGCUGCCUUGAGAUCAUUGACAAGAUCCUCCCGUGUAGUUCUGGGCUGAUUCCUCACCAUUCUCAUGAUCAUUGCAACUCCACGAUGUGAGAUCUUGCAUGGAGCCCCAGGCCGAGGGAGAUUGACAGUUAUUUUGUGUUCCUUCCAUUUGCGAAUAAUCGCACCAACUGUUGUCACCUUCUCACCAAGCUGCUUGGCGAUGGUCUUGUAGCCCAUUCCAGCCUUGUGUAGGUCUACAAUCUUGUCCCUGACAUCCUUGGAGAGCUCUUUGGUCUUGGUCAUGGUGGAGAGUUUGGAAUCUGAUUGAUUGCUUCUGUGGACAGGUGUCUUUUAUACAGGUAACAAACUGAGAUUAGGAGCACUCCCUUUAAGAGUGUGCUCCUAAUCUCAGUUUGAUAUCUGUAUAAAAGACACCUGGGAGCCAGAAAUCUUUCUGAUUGAGAGGGGGUCAAAUACUUAUUUCCCUCAUUAAAAUGCAAAUCAAUUUAUAACAUUUUUGACAUGCGUUUUUCUGGAUUUUUGUUGUUGUUAUUCUGUCUCUCACUGUUCAAAUAAACCUACCAUUAAAAUUAUAGACGGAUCAUUUCUUUGUCAGUGGGCAAACGUACAAAAUCAGCAGGGGAUCAAAUACCUUUUUCCUUCACUGUAUAUAUAUAUACACACACAUACACACAUAAACACACACACACACACAAUUAUAAACUAGGUGGUUUGAGCCCUGAAUGCUGAUUGGCUGAAAGCCAUAUACCAGGGGUAUGACCCCAAAAAAUUUUUGUACUGUUCUAAUUACGUUGGUAACCAGUUUAUAAUAGCAAUAAGGCACCUCAAGGGUUUGUGGUACAUUCGGUAAGUAUUCAGACCCCUUGACCUUUUCCUCAUUUUUUACGUUAUAGCCUUAUUCUAAAAUUGAUUAAAUUGUUAUUUUUCCUCAAUCUACACACAAUACACCAUAAUGACAAAACUAAAACAUCACAUUUACGUAAGUAUUCAGACCCUUUAUUCAGUACUUUGUUGAAGCACCUUUGGCAGCGAUUAUAACCUCAAGUUUCUAACAUUCUUCUCUGCAGAUCCUCUCAAGCUCUGACAGGUUGGAUGGGGAGUGUCGCUGCACAGCUAUUUUCAGGUCUCUCCAGAGAUGUUCAUUGGGUUCAAGUCUGGGUUCUGGCUGUGCCACUCAAGGACAUUCAGAGACUUGUCCCGAAGCCACUCCUGCGUUGUCUUGGCUGUGUGCUUAGGGUCGUUGUCCUGUUGGAAGGCGAACCGUCGCCCCAGUCUGAGGUCCUGAGCGCUCUGUAGCAGGUUUUCAUCAAGGAUCUCUCUGUACUUUGCUCCGUUCAUCUUUCCCUCGAUCCUGACUAGUCUCGCAGUCCCGGCCGCUGAAAAACAUCCCCACAGCAUGAUGCUGACACCACGCUUCACCGUAGGGAUGGUGCCAGGUUUCCUCAAGAUGUGAGGCUUGGCAUUCAGGCCAGAGUUCAAUCAGACCAGAUAAUCUUGUUUCCCAUGGUCUGAGAGUCUUAAGGUGCCUCUUGGCAAACUUCAAGCGGGCUGUCAUGUGCCUUUUACUGAGGAGUGGCUUCCGUCUGGCCACUCUGCCAUAAAGGCCUGAUUGGUGGAGUGCUGCAGAGAUGGUUGUCCUUCUGGAGGUUCUCCCAUCUACACAGAGAAACUCUGGAGCGCUGUCAGAGUGACCAUCGGGUUCUUGGUCACCUCCCUGACCGAGGCCCUUCUCCCCCGAUUGCUCAGUUUGGCCAGGCGGCCAGCUCUAGGAAGAGUCUUGGUGGUUCCAAACUUAUUUCAUUUAAGAUUGAUGGAGGCUACUGUGUUCUUGGGGACCUUCAAUGCUGCAGAAAUGUUUUGGUACACUUCCCCAGAUCUGUGCCUCGAAACAAUCCUGUCUCGGAGCUCUACGGACAAUUCCUUCGACCUCAUGGCUUGGUUUUUGCUCUGACAUGCACUGUCAACUGUGGGACCUUAUAUAGACAGGUGUAUGCCUUUCCAAAUCAUGUCUGUUAUGUUUUCAUAGUGUGGUGGGAACCAGGUUGAAUUUAGUAGAAAGUGACUUGCUGCCACACAGUCUGAACACCAAGGAUUCCGUUAUGUCAAGGGAGAUUACUGAUGUUUAUCUUAGAAUGAUUGAUGGAUAUGAUAUAUUGACUUGGGGUACAACGGAAUAACAUCAGAGAAGGGAGUGCACACGGAUGCUUACCAGAUGUGGUUGAAGAAACGUGUAACAGAGGGUAUAUAAAUGAGAGGGUUUCUUUGUCUAGUUAGUUCGGAAUGGCAAGAGGCAAAGCACUGUCCUUUUGUUAUAACGAACAAUGGUACCUAUUAAAUAUUUAUAUGAACUCCCCAGCUAAGUGUUAAAUAUCUUCUUGCAUCAUGAAUUAGUUGAUACCAUAGAAACUCAUAACAAUGUCCAAUCAAUUGAAUUUACCACAGGCGGACUCCAAUCAAGUUGUAGAAACAACAAGGAUGAUCAACAUAAACAGGAUGCACCUGAGCUCAAUUUCGAGUCUCAUAGUAAAGUGUCUGAAUACUUAUGUAAAUAAGGUAUUUGUUAUUUUUUAUAAAUGUGUGCUAAAAUUUCUAAAAACCUAUUUUCGCUUUGUCAUUAUAGAGUAAUGUGUGUAGAUUGAUGAGGAAAAAAAAGUAUUUAAAUUUUAGAGUAAGACUGUAACGCAACAAAAUAUGGAAAACGUCAAGGGUCUGAAUACUUUCCGAAUGCACUGUAUAUGGCCAAUACACUACGGCUAAUGUGUCAUCGUUAUGUUGCGUCGUGCCUAAGAACAGCCCUUAGCUGUAAAUAUACCACACCUCCUCGGGCUUUAUUGCUUAAUACUAUACUGUUCACCAAGUAGCCUAUACAAACGGCACAUUGUUGUUUAGGCCGCUCACAGAGUCGAUAUGAGCACCCAACAACCCCUGUCGAAAGCUCAUUAGCGCUACUCUCAAUUCCCACUGCAGUGGCUGCUAUAGGAAGUGGCUGCUGGACUACCUAUAGGCUGUAAGCCCAUAAGCACUUUAUUGAUGCUCUCCUUCCUUUCCACUGACCUGGGGAAAAGAGAGGUAGCCAUUGUUUCAAUACUUGAUCCAGGAGGGGAUGAAUGCAUAGAAUUAGGAAUUAGAAUACUAUUAGUAAUUUAAUAGGAUCUCUAUGAUCGAAUGUUUCUGCUGUAACCAAGAAGCUUGAUCUUGACAUCUAGCCACUUAGCUAGCAAGUUAGCAAACCAAAUGCAUAGAUGGAGCCCUGUGCUGGAUAUAAUUUAAUUGACACAUCAAGUUAUAAUUAACUUCUAGUUAUAAGCAGUGGCGUAGCACGUACCCCCCCCCCCCUUUUAUUUUUAUUACAGUAUUGAAAAUCAUACCAGUAUUUCGAAAUAUACAGUUUUUACCAUAUACCAGGGUAUCGCCCAAGCCUAUUAGAGAUGGAACAUCCAUGGUGGAUAAUGUGUCAUUAUGUCAUGCUGGCAGGGAUCUUUUAAAGAUGCUUAUUAGGGGGUUUGGCAUUGUGUGGUUACAGUAAGUAAUACAUUAUUUAAGAAAUAUUGCAAACAGUACUGAUAAGAUAAGAUGAUUGUAUGGUGAUCUUAUAAACAGUCCAAUAUACUAGAUUGAUUCAAAGAAGCCCAACAACGGUAGGCGACAUUACAGUGGACUUUGACAUAUAAGCGAAGUAACUAGGAUGGCCAGCAAACAAACAGUUGCAAGCUGCCAUAAUAUUGAUCAACACAUAACAUGGAUUUAUGUGGGAAGGCUCAAAGGAGAACAUUGGACGACACAAGAGGCUGAAAAUGUGCAUGAUCGGGUUGCCAUGAUGAUUUACCAAUACAGUCUAAAGUCUGUAUGAAGCUUGAACAUACUGUACAAUAAAUGGGUAGAAACAAGAGGAUACAACAGUUCUCUUAUACUAGAAGAUAUGCUGAAUUCUCCUAUUUAUAGUCAGGUCAGCGAAGUAGUAGAGGAGUGAAGACAAAAUGACUAUAGGUCCAUUUCAUGACUGUAUAGCAUCAUGUAUAGCUGUAUCAGAGAAACUGAAAUGGCCUUAGAACUUGUGGACCUUGACAAAAUCAACAACUGUUAAAGAAUAGUGGUGAAGCAUCCCAGUGGUGCCCUGACAGACUACCACUUCUAUCAUCUCAGUCUCUCUCAAUCUGUCCAUCUCUCUCCCUCCUCUUUCCCUCACUUUCUCUCGCUCUGAGUUUCCUGGAAAUGGAUGCUCCAAGUUUCUGUAUGACUGCCUGUGUCUCUUCUCUAGUGGUGCUGUGUUGGACCAGGACUGCAGCUAGAACCACGAGCUGACAGCCCAGCCUAAGGUCGUCUCUCCAGUCUAGUGCUCACGGCAGCGCUCUAGCCUCCUGGCAUCCAUCCACCUUACCGCCCUCCCAGGAGGAGUCCCACUAUGAUGCCAACUCAAUGCUUCAUAGUAUAUAGUACAAGACAAUAGGGGUUCUUGUUAGCUUAGCGCUGUUGUACUGAUUAUUAGCACUGUCGUUCGCUUCAGUAGCUUGGCUAUUAGUGUGUGUUAGUUCAGCGUUAGCACGCCACAAGAUUCAAGCACAUGGGCUUUGAAAGCAUUACAACACCCGUCUAAAUCCUUGAGGAGCAGCAUGUAUGUAGCAUGUCAUUUCCAAAUGUGUACGUUAAUGAUUACAGUAAUCAUACACCAUGUAGGCUACAUGGCUCAGAUUGCACACAAUAAUAAAAAUGGUCCUUUGGGGACUUCAGUUUUCUGAAAACUGUGAUGAAAGGACAGGAAUACCACUAAAAUAAAGCUCACAUUUCCCAUCACAUUGUGUGGGUGGGCAGUAAUGUCCUUUUCUCAAGCGGAACAAUUAUAAAUUCAGUCCACAGCCAACAGAACAGUGAAAGGUUCAUUCCCAGGCACUAUGAUGUAUGGUUAAUGUGGAGCACAUGGAGAACACGCAUGACUGCAGGGAACAACAGCGAGUGCUGAUGAAUAAGGCUAUCUGCAUAUAUAAGGAGGGGUGUGUGCCGUGUGUGUGUGUGUGUGCUCAAUAGGAAUCCUGCAGUGGUCUCAUGGUGUGGCCUGCUGCAUCUUAGAUAGAUCAAUAAGCCAUUAAAAAACACAGACAAGAGUCAUGGUCUGGUUGCCCAGCCCUCAUUUCAAUCUCCUCAUUCACUACCAAGCCAAUCAGUGGAGCACUGAGAACCUUCUCUCUCUCUCAUUACAGAGGCCCAUGGAGGUAGGGCUGGGCGGUAAACCAUAAAAAACGAUAUUGGUAUCAGUGGCGGUUAGAGCCGUUUAUGAUGAGGGAGGACAAUUUUUUUCUUCAUGAGCAUGGCCUUAUUUCUAUUACAGCAUGUUGGAUGACUGUCAUUCAGAUUCCAUUCACACAGUUCAAUGAAACGUCGAUAGGUUAAGGCUACUACAUGAUACUCUAAUUUUCCCAAUACCCAUCAUGAGUUUGCUACAACCUAGCCUAUGAAUUAAAGUUUACAAUGUAGGUGCAAAAAAUUUGAGAUGACAGACAGUGACACAUGGACAGUGACACAUUCAAUACCGCCUUGCACACUCUUGCCUGCAUCUAGCUGAUCUAGGGUGUAAUCAUUAGUCCAACAGUUGCAAAUGAGAGUUUCUAUUGGACAAAUUCUGGUAUUUUCAUCCCCGUUUCGUUUGCUUCCGUUUAAGAAUUUUUUUUUUCAACAGAAUCGGCGGAAUGAAUACACCCCUAAUCACGUAUAAACAGAGUUCACUUUCAUAGCAGCCACGUUAUAUUCCUUCUCGCCUCUAUGCACUCUCCUCCUUUCACCUUUUCCCUUCGUUUGUGGACUUCAAUGAACAACACAUGAGCUGUAUGUGACCAGGCAAAAAAAACUUUCCAAGCCAUGUCAUAACCGCUACAAAUGCGUUCAUUCUCUGAUCCUUUGAUUGGGUGGACAACAUGUCAGUUCAUGCUGCAAGAGCUCUGGCAUACUAUUACAAAAACAAAAAGUGACAGUGUGUAAAUGAUAAAUUACUGCAGGAAAUGAAUUUAUGAAAAAGCUGUAAGUGAAUGCUGGAAUUGAACAAAUAACUAUGGAAAUGGGAACCAUUGGUCGAGUAAAAGAGUUUGAGGUUACAAAAGAGGACUUUCAUUCCUAUGCAAUGUUCUACAAAUAGGACUACUUCAAAGUCAGUUUUGUCCUCCUAUUAUUUUUGGUUGAAGUUUAUUUGAACAGUAUAAAGCAAUCAGAAUGGAGAAAGCCCAUUAAAACAACAGAUAAUUAAUUUGUUGCCAUGCACUACCCCUAAGCAUAUUUAGAACUUGUUUUACUCAGAAACAUCACAUUUGAAAACUACGGUGAUAUGAUAAUUUUGGCCAUAUCGCCCAGCCCUACAUGGAGGACAUGAUUCCUGAAGGUUUUACAAGUCAGCAGCGUAUGUGGUGAGUGUGAAAAUGCCUAUAAAGAAAGGUUAAAUGCAGUGCUUUACCCUUUCAUUGUAUAUGCUUUUGUCACCCCACCCGAAGUGAGUGAAAUGUCACUAAAACUUUUUUUUAAAAUAAACUUCAGCAUCUAAACAGCGUGCAGGACUUGUAUUCUAUUCUCUUUUGUUUUCACUGUCAAGCGAUUAGGAUUUGAGACACAAAUGAGGGAGUGUUUUUACAUACAGAACCAUAAUAAUCAAUAUGAAUGGAGGGAUGGCUGGAGGGAGAGAUACUCACUCAAUGUCUUUGCGGACAGACCCUAGCAAAUCUUCUCUCUCCCGGAUGGCAAGGAAGUUGGCUUUUGUUUUGUGGAAUUCGUGAGUGUAGUCCUAGGGUACAGCAAAAAAAACAGGAGUUAAGGGAAUGCAAAACUAUUAACCCUAUGGGAGUUGAAAUGAUGCAUGCAGAUCUCAAGUUAGGACUAAGUCCUGAGAGACGAAUAGACGAGAGACAGGGGGAGUGAAACAAAGAAAGAGGGAGGGAGAUAAAGAAAGAGAGAGAAACAGGAAGGUAGAAAGAGUAAGAGAGACACAGACUUGCAAGAUGUCUCUGUGUCUCUGGAGCGUGUGCAUCAGGGCUGCGUUAAGGGACGUCACCCCCGGGGUGCUGGUGUACUCCGCCAUCUUGUCGUUCACACCCGUGAGCUGA